CUUGGACAAGUGGAUCACAACAUCGUGCAGCUUUACUUUAUAGGAAUAUCUAUCAAAAUCCAUUUAGGAAAUGGGGCUUCUUCUUCUUCUUCUUGUUCUCUGCUCCAGCCUCUGGUCCAGCCUUGGAGAUUCUUCAAAAAUGUAAGAUUUGUCAAUUUAACUAUUUUGAAUACAUUUUAAGCAUAAAAACAAUCUGGAGGAACAGCCUUUCAUAACAUACAGCACACCUUUAACUAUAUGGUUUUCUUUGAGCAAAAAAUACUACAAGAUUGUAAGUAAGUAACCUUCCAGUGCCCCUAUAACUCUAACAUUUUAACCCCUUAAUUACACAUGACGGAAAUAUUCCGCCAUGAUUCCAUGUUAUUCCAGAAGCUGUGUCCUUAAGGGGUUAAUUUGUGUUUACCAGGUAUGAGGUGUGCUUUAACUAUUUGUUAAGUUUGUGUGUUUUUCUGCUUUACAGAAAAAGUAUUUCAAGUUUUUUAAAGAAAGACUGGGAUAUAGUUUUCAUUCAGCCUUUUUAAGCUACAUGACCUCACUCAUAUAAUGUGUAUAAACAUAUAAUCACUCAAAAAAUAUUAUCACUUAUUUUAAAAAAACAAGGUUCAUAAUUUAGCAAACAGUACGCUGCACACAUUCCCAUUAAUGUAAGUUGCUUUCCUUGUUGAAAAAUGUGUUACAUGAAAAAGUCAAUCAACUCUUAAAUUUUGUUUUAUAAUUAUUUUUUCAAUCAGCUUAAACAUAAAGUUUAUGAUUUUAAAAGCUACAGGAUCAUGGUGGGUGGGAUAUCUUUCCCUCUCAUACUAUGCUUUUUACUUUCGUAAACAAUUUUUUAUUUUUUUUUGUGAAAUAUGGACUAGACUUGUGUUUAUUUUAUUUAUAUUUUAUGUAUUACUUUUGUAGUCCCCUGCUAAAUAUUCAUAUGAGAAUUGGCUGCAUACUAUCUGUUCAAAAUGAUAUAUUGAUCUAAUUAUGUGCCUGAUUUAGCUUUUAUGGAAAGAUGACUGCUGUAUGGUGUAUCAAUACAUAGACAGCAGAGAUUCACUCUGUAUGUCUUAAUGUUUGUACCAAUGUAAGAUUUUAACCGAUUUUCCCAUUAGUGGUAAAAUGACAAAGAGAAAGAAAUACCCAAAUAUUUUCUACAAUCAGUAAUCCUUAAAAAAUAUUGGUUUGUGUUUACCUUUAAACAGGAUAUUUGCUUACAUUUUAAAUAUUUGUCUCUUGAUGGAGGUUCAUAAGUAAAGACUUUUCUAUUUUAUAUGAUGAAAACCAGGGUGAGAUAGCAUUAGGAAAAGUAAAGAAAAACGGAAAAGAAUACCCUGGAACACUCAAAGGAUUCCAUGAAAUGGAUGAGAAGAAAGAAACAAGAAUGUUGUAUUUUAAACCCCAGUACAAUAAAUUUGAAGUCUGAAAUUCAGUUCGGCAAUACAGCUCAGUCAUAACAACUCACAGUUUAGUAAAUAAUCCCCUCUGAGAAAUCUAAGUGGUAAUAUAAUGUCAACAGUGUGUCUAAAGAAGGAUGGAAUGUACAGGUGCAGCUAAAAGUGUAAUUAGUUUAAUUAAUCGCUGAAGCCAAGAGACAGCCUGGCGCCAGUCAUGGAACGAGACUCAGCUGAAUGAGGACAUGUGAGGAAGGAAUUGUAAGUUAGAAAAUGAAAUAAUAACAUUAAAACUGAAGUUAACAUCAUAUUCACACAUUAUUGCAGGUAUUACGUAUUGCUGGUACCAGCUGAGGUGCAUUAUCCCUCCACAGAGAAAGCAUGUGUACAUGUGAUUGGAGCUCGAGAAAACCUGACUCUCACAGUCACCUUACAGUCCGAGAGUGAGGAUAUUAUAUUACACCAGCAGGACAUGACUGGUCCAUUGCUUCAUCACUGUAUAAAUUUCCAGGUACUCAACCUUCAUUCUGAUAAAUUUGUAUUUGUACAAAUAAAUUUGUAUUUACCAUAUUCCACCACUCUUUCUUUCGCUGGUAGAUCCCUGCCCCAGCAGAUGAUGUGGAGGAAGUUGUAUCAAUCCAUAUUUCUCUGCUGGGCAAAUUCACUGACGUCUCAGAGAGCAAAAAUAUACAGAUACGUCACAUGGGCACGGCCACCAUGAUUGAGACUGAUAAGCCAAUGUACAAUUGUGGAGAACAAGGUAAGUUUAGGGUACAUAUUCGUUGUGUUUCAGAUAUUUCCAACACUGGCCCAAUAGCUGUAAGGAAAUUAUAUAAACUAUAUUUCAAAAAUAGCAAGAGGGCAAAAGAUGGAUAUACUUGUUCUACUUAGUGUAACACUCAACGAGUUUGGUUGGCUGCUUUCAGUAUAAGGCGAGUCGUAGAUAUAUCUUUGAGAAACUCAUUGUGUGUUGACCAGUCCUUUCCAACACACCUAACACUCAGCUAUAGGCUGCACUGUAGAAAUAAUACAGUCUGAAGGGGGGAAGAUGCCUCCUACAGAUAAUGAAACAUUUUAUUGGAGAAUACACAGCUAGCAGGUAACUCUUCACACACUGUAAGUGUCCGUUCCAUCACUUGCUGCUUUAUCUUUCAGUGAAUUUCCGGAUUCUGAGAUUUAACAUAGACUUCCUUGCUGCCAAUGACAUGGUGAGUGGGAAUGUUCCAUUAAUAGGGGACAGAUAGCAAAAUGUCACCGUAUCAGUUUAAUUUUAAAUGUAUGUCAUAUGAAAAUGAACAUUUUGUGCAAACCUCUUUUCCUUGAUGGAUAUUUACCCAAUGAUCUUGUGACCACAUUCACUGUUUCCUGUGCUAUGACAUUUAUUUCAUUACUCUCAAUUUUGGCUUGUUUCACUAACACAAUUCUCUUUUUGCUUCAUUCUCUCUGCUGUUUCUUUGCAGGUAUCACUAGUGCAGCUGAAGGUAAGUCACAGUUCUGGGUUUGGAAUCUAAGCGAUGUCUUGAGGGUUUAAUAGUGAUUUUUCAGAAACAAAAAUAGGGAAGUCUUCCUUGCAGCUAUCUCUGCUUAGCGGUUCUGAUUUUAAAGGACCACUAUAGUGCCAGGAAAACAUACUCAUUUUCCUGGCACUAUAGUGCCCUGAAGGUGCCCCCACCCUCAGGGUCCCCCUCCUGCCGGGCUCUGGGGAGAGGAAAGGAGUUAAAACUUACCUUUUUCCAGUGCCAGGCGGGGAGCUCUCCUCCUCCUCUCCGCCUCCGAUCCUCCCCUUCGGCUUAAUGCGCACGCGCGGCAAGAGCUGCACGCGCAUUCAGCCGGUCUCAUAGGAAAGCAUUUACAAUGCUUUCCUAUGGACGCUGGCGUCUUCUCGCUGUGAUUUUCACAGUGAGAAUCACGCAAGCGCCUCUAGCGGCUGUCAAUGAGACAGCCACUAGAGGAUUUGGAGGAUGAAUUAACCCAUUUAUAAACAUAGCAGUUUCUCUGAAACUGCUAUGUUUAUAAAAAAAAUGGGUUAACCCUAGCUGGACCUGGCACCCAGACCACGUCAUUAAGCUGAAGUGGUCUGGGUGCCUAGAGUGGUCCUUUAAGGACUUUCAUGGAAUUCCUACUGCGAGCAUUACUGUUGAUUGUUAACAAACGUAAUGUAAACUCUGCAGAGUAUGGAACAACAGAGCAAAAUAUAAGGAAUUUGGCCUCGUUCACAGUGGCACUUAUUCUAAUAUUUUAUUUAGCAUAUCUUUAAAUCAAAAGUAGUUUUUGUCCUCCUGAGACCCAGCCCAUUAACUUGUGUCCUCUGUACUGGACAUUUCGUUUACAUGAAUCUCCUUUUAUUCUUUGAGCUACUCUAUCAAUCCCUGCUGUAUUGUAAAGAGCACAUGCUGGGUUUUCCAGUGAUAUGUCAUGUGAUAGGCUGGAAUGCUGCGAACUUCCUCUUACUUUUCAUCACAAAUGGAAAGAAAUUGGAAAACAAUAUUUUUCCUUGGUUCCCAGGACGUUAUUCCACUUUCUCCCAUGUAAGGAAAUUACAAAAAAAAAUGGAAUUGUCCAUUCAAUAGAGAUUUGCUUCUUUCCCAAAGGAUCCAAAGGAAAAUUUAAUUUCUCAAUGGAUAAACCUGAGCCCGCAGCAAGGGAUCAUUGACUUGUCCUUCUCUCUGAGUUCUGAAUGCAUAGAAGGGAUGUACACCAUAAAGACACCAGAUGAACAGCAAGUGUUUCAAGUUCAAGAGCACGGUGCGUCAUAAUACAAUUAGUAAAUACCCACAUGUACAGAAUCCAUGUAGGAGCAGAAUUGACCAUGACACAGAUAUGUUUAGAUGAAAGAAAGGGAAGAUUACUGAAAGACUAAAAGACAACAAGAGAGUCAAGAAAAGUGAUGUAACAAAUAUACAUGAUUAGAGUUGAGCGAACCCCAACUAAAAAGUUCGGGUUUUUACCGAACAUUAAGUUUUUUGGACCCCGGACCUGAACACAGACAUAUCACUGUAUGUUCGGGUUGGAGUUCGGAGUUUGGCAAUUUAAUGACGCAUUUUGAAAGGCUGCAAGGCAGCCAAUCAACAAGCGUUUGACUCGUGUGCCCUUAGAAGCUAUCACAGCCAUGCCUACUAAUGGCAUGGCUGUGACUGGCCAGUGCAGAAAGUGACCCAGCCUCUAUAGAAGCUGGUCACUUAGUAUUAGUAAAUUAUGCCCCUACUCACUAUACCGCGAGUAGAGGCAUGUCUAUUAAACAGUGAGCAGCCUGUGGCGACGCACAAGUGGGGGCUUUUAAACUAAAGGGGGACCUAUUAUCCCCCCAGCCCCCACCCCUGAGCGGUGGGUGGGGGCCCUAAAUAACAAUAAGGGGGGGGACCUUGUGUCCUCCCUCCUGGCCCCCACCUCUGAGCGGUGGGUGGGGGCCAUAAAUAAAAAUUGGGGGGGGGGAACCUAAUGUCCUCCCCCAGGCCCCCACCCCUGUGCGGCGGGUGGGGGCCCUAAAUAACAAUGAAAAAUGUGUUACAAAAUGUGUUACAAAAAUGUGUUAAUGUCCUCCCCUCGGCCCCCACCCCUGAGCGGUGGGUGGGGGCCCUAAAUAACAAUAGGGGGGAACCCACUGUCCUCCCCCUGGCCCAAAAAAGAAAAUAGACUUACCAUUUGAUGUCAUCUUUCUUCUAAAAUCUUAUUUUUUCAGCCCCAAAAAAGGCCAAAUAAAAAUCCAGAAUAACCGACGCAGUUUAAAAAAAAACGCAAAAAAAUAACAAUCCUUCUUCACCCUGAAGGGCUCCAUGCAGACUGAGCUCUGCAGGGCAGGGGAAGGCUUAUAAAGCCUCGCCCCGCCCUGCAAUUAGGCUCAGAGCACUCUGGUUGGUGGGUUUAAGCCAUCCAAUCAGAGUGCUCUGACAGGUAAAGGAAGAGACUGACAGGUAAGUCUCUACAUUUCUUUGGAAUUUUCCCACGCUGUGUAAAAUGACACAGAGCACUCUGAUUGGUGGAUUAAGUAACCAUUCAGAGUGCUCUGUGUCAUUUUACACAGUGUGGGAAAAUUCAAAAGAACUUUCCCACGCUGUGGAAAUGACACAGAGCACUCUUAUUGGUGGAUUUCAAGCCAACCAAUCAGAGUGCACAGAGCACUCUGAUUGGUUACUUAAUCCACCAAUCAGAAUGCUCUGUGUCAUUUUACACAGUGUGGGAAAAUUCCAAAGAACUUUCCCACGCUGUGUAAAAUGACGCAGAGCACACUGAUUGGUGGAAUUCAAGCCAACCAAUCAGAGUGCUCUGUGUCAUUUUACACAGCAUGGAAAAAUUCCAAAGAACUUUUCCACACUGUGUAAAAUUCUUUGGAAUUUUCUCACGCUGUGUAAAAUGACACACAGCACUCUGAUAGGUGGAUUAAGUAACCAAUCAGAGACUGUUAGUGUAACGGAGCACCCCGUAUUCCGACCGACUACCUUCCAUUGAUGGACGCUUACUAGCUUGCGCCGAGGACCACAAGCACCACACCGGACACCACAACCACCGCAGACUCCACAACCACCGUAGCUUAACUCCCCGCAGCUUGGUUGGGGUCUCACCGUCUCCUACCCACCCUGGACCUACGACAAGACUCUAGGUUCCAGUGGGUGAACCUCUCCUCCAAGAGAGUGAAGCAGGAACAAGCUCUUAAAAGAACUUAGUAGUGAUUAGCUAAGGGAGUAUGCAGAGCAUAGCAAUCACUUGUAGUGAUAUAGCAAUUCCCCCAAUAAGAGACAGGACUCAUAUUGAGGAUGAAGAAGAACUGUCUAAAACUUUAUUUUACUUGGGACUAGCCCAUAUGGUCAUUACAUUAGCAUUGCUGUGAAAACUCAAUAAAAUUACAAACAGUCAAAUCAUGGCAGGCAACAUACAGUGACUUAUUAUAACACAAUUACAUAUUUUUAAAGAUGUGGGGAGACAAUAAUUAACAGAAAAUGUCUCACAUGCCUGCAGAAUUAGCAAUAUGCAAAUCUACCUGAAUAUGCAAAUGAACCAGUCUUACUAUUCAGGUAGUGCAUAUUGCUGUUGCUACCAACAGAGGGCACUAGACAAGCUCCAUAGCCAAAUCCACCUAGUUGGUAGCAAACCUCAGCAGUACAGGAGAGCAGGCAAUACAUCCCAAGGGCUAUAGUCACAUGGUAGGAGGCUGGCAAUUGGUCUUCUCCAAUGCCCAGUGGCGAGGCUUGUUCCACCACAGUCAGUCUAUUUAUUUACCUGUCAGAGCUCUCUGAUUGGAUGGCUUAAAUCCACCAAUCAGAGUGCUCUGAGCCUAAUUGCAGGGCUCAGUCUGUGUGGAGCCCUCCAUGGGUGAAGAAGGAUUUGUUUUUUUUAAAAGUGCAUCGGUUAUUCUGGAUUUUUAUUUGGCCUUUUUGGGGGCUGAAAAAAAAAGAUUUUAGAAGAAAGAAUAUAUCAAAUCGUAAGUCUAUUUUUUUUUACAGGUAUUUAGACAAGGGUCCCCCCUCAUUAUUUUUAGGAUGAGGGGGGUAGGUAGGGGUAUUUUUUUGGGGGGGGGGGGGGACUAGGGGUUUGAGGACCCUGUAGUCACCUGGGGUGGGGGAUUUUUAUUUAUGGCCCCCACCCACCAUUCAGGGCCAGGUCCCCCCCCUUAUUGUUAUUUAGGGCCUCCACCCACUGCUCAGGGGUGGGGGCCAAGGGGGAGGACAUUAGGCCCCCCAUUUUUAUUUAUGGCCCCCACCCACAGCUCAGGGGUGGGGGCCGGGGGGAGGACAGUUGGUCCCCCUUCAAAUUCUUAUUAAUGGCCCCCACCCACCGUGCAGGGGUGGGGGCCGGUGGGGAGGACAGUAGGUCCCCCCCUCCACAUUCUUAUUUAGGGCCCCCAUCCAUCGCACAGGGGUGGGGGCAAUAGGAUUUUUUGUUUUUUUUACAGUGAGCAGCCACUGGCUGUUUACUGUUUAUUACUAGACACACCCCUACUCGCGGUAUAGGAAAAGUUAAAGGAUCUUAACAUGUAUAGCUUGGAGGAAAGACGAGACAGGGGGAUAUGAUAGAAACAUUUAAAUACAUAAAGGGAAUCAACACAGUAAAGGAGGAGACUAUAUUUAAAAGAAGAAAAACUACCACAACAAGAGGAUAUAGUCUUAAAUUAGAGGGACAAAGGUUUAAAAAUAAUAUCAGGAAGUAUUACUUUACUGAGAGGGUAGUGGAUGCAUGGAAUAGCCUUCCAGCUGAAGUGGUAGAGGUUAACACAGUAAAGGAGUUUAAGCAUGCGUGGGAUAGGCAUAAGGCUAUCCUAACUGUAAGAUAAGGCCAGGGACUAAUGAAAGUAUUUAGAAAAUUGGGCAGACUAGAUGGACCGAAUGUUUCUUAUCUGCCGUCACAUUCUAUGUUUCUAUGGACCAAUGAACGUGUUUUCUUAUUUAAAUGAAGGUCGAUGUGAUGUAAUGUGUGCCUACUCAUUCCUAUGUUGCAUCUUACAUGAGUGCAUUUGACACCCAUUCAAUAGCAACACUUGCAGGACCAUAAGUUCUAUCAACCUAAUAGAUGCAACUAGGAAAAUCCUCUGCUUUAAUGGUAAAUUGGGAAUUUAGUGAACCUACUUGGAUUUAGAAAUUCAUAUAAAUUCCAUAUUUAUAGGAAUUCUAUAUCCAUCUUACAUUUUACAAGUAAUGUAAACCGACAAGUAGAUAAAAAUAAUUGUAACUAUUUUACCUCAGUGGUUAAAUUGUAGUUCAGGUUUAUUAAACAUUGGAAAUCACAUUAUCAACAAGAAUAGUUUUUUUUAAAAAAAUAACAUUUACAUCAUCCCAUAAAAAGACGUAGCCAAUCCCACAGAUAUUACUGAGUCAUAAUGCCAGAGGCUCAAAGUGGACGGAAAUUAUUUUUUCAAAUGAGACUGUAACACACAUUCUUUGUGUUUUUUAAUGCUAUUCUUCUGAAUUUGUUCUAAAAUUAUACAUCCCUAUAUGAUUCUAUCUUACAGUGCUACCAAGGUCUGAAGUUCUCGUGAUGCUUCCUUCUGUGGUAACUGUUUUGGAUGAAAAUGUUAAAUACAAAAUAUGCGGCAGGUAUUGUAAAGCUGUUUCUCACGUGUUUUUCCAUAACGUAAUAUAUCACUAGAUCGAAAGAUAGAAAAGGGAAGGAAGUGACAUCACUAUUUACUAUGUAACAAAGCAAUACUCACUAAUACAACCAAGUUCAUAGCUUCAUCCCAAAUGUAAUAAAAAUGUUGAAUUUUGUAAUUAUUAUUCGUGGAUAAUUGACAUUUGAUCCAGUCACUUAUGUGAAUGAAUCUCUUAUAACACAACAUAAGUGAUAUAUGACCUUGGCUUAGAUUGUAUAGGUUUGGAUAAGAUUUUCCAAUAAAUUAAUAUUUUUGGAUAAACUUUUAAAAUAAUUUUAUCAAAAUCUUAACAUAUCCAAAAAUGUAUAAGUCUACACUGCACUUACUUGAAACACACACCGAAGCCCCUGGAAGCAAUCACCACAAUCAUUGAAAUCACCUACUUCACUAACUGGGAGCACAUCCCGCACUAACUAAAACCACUCACUGCAGUGCUUUUGGUAAAAAAAAAUGUAAUAUAACGCAUGUGAGUGUUACAAGGGCAUUCAUGGUGGCACACAUGCAUGCACGUAAAUUGACACAAAUAUAUGUUGCAUAUGAAAGGUUGGUUAUAAAAAGUGAGACUGACUGAUUUACUUAAACUCCUGGACUUCUGCACCAUUUAAGCUAUAGACUUUAUAGAUGACACCAAAAAUCCAGAUUCACGGAAAAGCAGGUACACAUUUAACACACAGGGGAGAGUAUGUAGGUUUCUAGAAAUGGGCUAAACCUGUGCUACUGUUUGCUGACCUUCCUUCCCUCUUUACUUACUUCCUAUGAAUUUUGGGAACUUGCACCAUUUAAACCAGAAUACCUGAGCCGGUAAUAUAGCAUGACAAAAAAGGAGAAUGCACACCAGAAACCACAAGUAAUAUAUAACCCGGUUCAAUAAACUAACAAUUGGUUUAAGCAUAUAAAUAACAAUAACAUGUAAAGUGACAAAAAACGGGCAAAACAUAAAUAAUAAACAAUAAUAGUUUACCAAAUUCCUCCCAAGCCUAACAGUGCAGAAACAUGAAUCCAAAAUAAGCCCCCAACGUUUCGGCACCACCUGGCUGCCUUUAUCAAGGGUGUAUAUGAUAAAGGCAGCCAGGUGGUGCCGAAACGUUGGGGGGUUAUUUUAGAUUCAAGUUUCUGCCCUAUUAGGCUUGUGAGAAAUUUGGUAAACUAUUAUUGUUUAUUAUUUAUGUUUUGCCCGUUUUUUGUCACUUUACAUGUUAUUGUUAUUUAUAUGCUUAAACCAAUUGUUAGUUUAUUGAACCGGGUUAUAUAUUACUUGUGGUUUCUGGUGUGCAUUCUCCUUUUUUGUCUUACUAUUGUUUAUAUUGGUAUUGGAGGGAGUACCAGUGAGGAAUAGCACCCAGGUAGUUUUAGUCUUUAUUAACCAGUUGUUUCUCCAUACUUUAUUCAUUAUAUGAUCGGUAAUAUAGCAUAACAUUUGAAAAUCCUCAGUGUUUUCCUGACAAUUUCACAGUUUAGUGAAUUACCUUUUUCUCUCCUAAUCUCUUUCUCUUUGACAGAUAUAGCUAUGAUAAGCCUGUUUCAGGCACAAUCACUUCCAAACUGUGCCGUAAAGUUGUGCCCUAUCACUGGAACUUUUCUAGUCGUCCUACAGAUAUUUGCACAGCUCACACAGGACGGGUGAGAAUUAAUUUUUACUUAUUAAUAAUAUGGGAAAAAUCCAAUGAACUCCUCUUCAUCACAAAUCAAUUCCCAGAAGCAUGAUGAUCUUCUGACAGCCACAAGCUAUUUCUACAUAUGACGAACUGUCAGCAUUUAUUUUUUUAAAGCACCAGUGAAUUUGAUAAGUUUCUUGUCUGUAAAUGCUUCCACUUCUGUUGCCUUUUAACCCCCCCCCCCCACCACCACCACCACCACACUCAAUAUAUUGUCUUCUAUGUAUUUGAUUGUAUUGUUAUCUCUUCGCUCUUUUCUCUUUGACCAGACGGACAAGACAGGGUGCUUAGACAUAGAGGUACCAACUGCAUCACACCAGCUUCGAUCUUAUGAUUACCAGAUGAAGUUUGUAGCUGAAGCAACCCUUGAGGAAGAUGGGACCGGUAAGCAUCAUAAAACAAAUCUUGUACCAGAACUGUCCAAGCAAACAUCCCUCCCCAAAACAAUAAAUCUGACAUCAUCUUCAGUUGUACUGAUUUGUUUUACACUAUUAAAGCAGAAACACAAUUAGAAUUUUGCCUUAUUCAGAAGAGCAGCAGGUACAAUUAAAAUUAAUUGCAGCUUUAAGUCUCUAUAAAUGAAAAUUGAUCUCAGCUAUCUUCUCAUCUUCACAGUCAUCUAGACGUGGAGAUUCAUUUCACUCCAAAGUGCAAUCCAUCUGAAUUUGGGUCAACCAGCUGAUCUUACGUAUUCCAGAACUCCAAGCCAAAAUUUAUCUAAAUCACAAACAAAUCAAGAUACGCAAUGGAAUAUCAUGUUCAUUUUUAUUCAUGAUUCAGAAUUCCGCUAGCGGUGGAAAAAAAAAGAAAAGAUGAUUGAUGUGCAAAAACAGCUGGUUUAUGGCUAGGCGACAGUCACUAAAUGUUGAUUUUUUUUUUCCACAGAUCAAGUGAAAAAAAAGUAACCAAUAGAGGGAAUAAGAAAGGGAACAGUAAAAAAAUCUAUGUUUAUAAAUGAUAUAUUAAAUAAACAUAUAAUAUAUAAUUAAAUAAAUAUUGUGAACCACAUGACAGGGAAAUGCUCCUGUCAGUGUACUGCAAAUUAUAUAGAUAAUAUUUGUAUGCAAAUUCUGAUUGAAUAUAAAUAUAUACUGAUUGAUCGCACACUUUUGGUUCGUCUAAAUCGCCAUACGGCUGAAAUUCGUCCAUCCCAAAAACGUGUUUAUUUUUGGAUGAACAUCUUGUUGAUUGUUGACACGAUUGACCUAAAUAUAGCCAUUGGAAUGUAUUUUCCAGUAAUUUCUUAAGUUCCUUUUCUCGAUGAGUUCAUCAGAUGAAAUGUUUCUUCAUUUUACACAAUGGGAGACAAUAAGCAAAAUAACACACCUGUACACUGCUGUAUGCUUGUUUUUAGGGCUGCAAAUGAAUGCCACUGGCAGCUGCCGAAUAACAGCUGUGAUCGCGAAGGUGACCAUUGAGGAUGUAGAAAUAUCAGAUUCCCAUUACAAGCCUGGACUCAGAUACAAGGGGAAGGUUAGUAGAAACACAAUCUAGUUUUGCUUAUCGGAUUUCAACUUACUCAACAUUUUUACAUACAACAAUUAUUUAUUGGGGAACAAAACAAUUGAAGAAACAGUGAAGAUACACUCACUCUUAAUUAAGCCAUACGUUGGUAUUAACAGUUAUAAGGAGCUUGUUUAAUUCUAUAACAGCUUUACACAUCUGGGUUCCAUAACAUGAUAUUUACACAUCUGGGUUAAGUGGUAUGACCACAAUAUUUUGAUUAAAGUGCCUUGUGGUCCAUUAGUUUGGAUGUGGAACUUGGGCAUACAAUAGUUGAAAUCUGUCAUGUUUUCUGAUUGAUAGUGAAGACGGUUUUAAUCAUUUCCAGGUUCUUGAUUCUAAAACACUCUAGGGACAUGAAAAAAACAGCAAAAACAAUCAUAAAAAAUCAACUAUGUGUAAAAAAAAAAGUCACGAAGACCGUGUCUAAUUUUACUUAUUUGGAAUGUGACCGCUAAAAAUUUAUAUAGACAAAAUCAUCCCUCUGUCACAAUAAGCGGUAAAGAAAAACACACACAGAUAAUUGCUACUCCCUUGUCUGUGUCCCUCCAAGUCAAUCGCGCUACCAUCUGCUCUACCUCUAAGGCUCGCUGCCUAGGUGUUCUCUUCCACUCCGACCUCAUCCCUCAUGUCCAAUCAAUCGCCAAAUCCUGCUGCUUCAAUCUCAAAAACAUUGCAUGCGUCCGUCCCUAUUUAACCCCUGAUAUGGCAAAGAUGCUUGUCCAUGCUGCUGUCCUCUCUCACCUUGACCACUGUAAUGCACUUCUCAGUGAUUUUACGUGUUCCCAAAUUGCCCCAUUAUAGUCUAUAAUGAAUGUGGUGGUGAGGCUCAUCUUCCUGUCCUUCCACACCUCCCACGCCUCCCCCUUUGUCAGUUCCUCCAUUGGCUUCCCGUAAGAUAUAUGGCUCAAUUUAAGAUCCUGACACUUGCUUCCAAAUCUCUGCACAAUGCUGCUCCCACCUACCUAUCCUCACUAAUACACAAAUAUGUCUCGUCUAGAAACUACACGGCCCCGGUGAAAAAAUUGUCCUGGGCCCUCCCCCCGCCCCACCAUUUGUAUAAUAUAACACAUACAGAUACAUACACAGACACACAUGCUAAUACACAGCCACACAGAAUGACACACGUUCAGAUACAUAGAAUAACACUUCUACAGAUACAAAAAUGACACACAUACAGAUACACAGACACACACUGACAUAUGUGGAUACACAGACACACAUACAGACAGAUACACAUAUAGACACAUGCAGACACACAUACACAGAAUGACACACAUACAGAUUCAAACAGUGACACACAUACAGAUACAUAGGGACAAACACAGACACAUAUUCAGACAGAUACACAAACAAACAGAUACACACGUAGAACACACAUGUGGAUACACAGACACACAUACAGACAGAUACACAUAAACACACACAUGCAGAUACACAGGCACACUUAAUGACAAAUAUUCAGAUACACAGAAUGACAUGCAUUCAUUUAUAAACUGUGACACACAUACAGAUACAUAGGGGCACACGGUGACACAUGCAAACAGAUACACAUACAGACAUGCAGAUACUCAUACAAACAGGUACACAUACAGACCCACAUGCAGACAGAUACAGACAAAGAUACACAUACAGACACACAUGCAGACAAAGAUAUACACAUACAGACACACACAUGCACACACACACAGAUACAGACACACACCUCCCCAGUGAUCUCCACCUGCACGACUCUCUUAGCUGGUGACGACUUCCUCCCAACGGGCACUCUGACAUAAUUACUGGGGUCCUGUCAUGCUCUUAAAGCGUCCUAGUGAUGACCAGGCCCCAGGUAAUUCAUUGCCAUCGGGUAGUCUCAAGAGCAUGGGCCAUCUGAUGGGCCCCUUCAAUGCUGCCCCCUCAAAUGACCCCUGCGACCGAGGUAGUUCCGCCACUAGCUCUGCUAGAGUCCUACGUCUAACCUCUGUUCGUACUCCUACCUCUAAUGCUCACCUUAAAGACUUCUCUAGGGCUGCACCGUUUCUAUGGAUGCCCUUCCCCUCUUUGUUAGACUCUUACCCAAUCUCCACUCCUUCAAAAGAUCUUUAAAACCUUCCUUCUUUAGGAAAGCAUAUCAAUUAAACUGUGAACAGCUUUCCCACCCCGCUCCCUGAUUCCUCUCCUGAAACUGUCAUCAAAGCAAAACACUAAGCCCUCAAUUAACACUAUCAUAGCAACCUACCUUUCUAUGCUACCCUUAUCUUUUGUGUCACAUUACCCCACUCCCUCUAGCAUGUAAAGUCAAUAUGCAGGCCCUCAAUUCCCCUGUUACUGUGUCACUACACCCCACUAACUCUAACAUGUAAACUCACUGAGCAGGCCCUCAAUCCCUCUGUUACUGUGUCACUACACCCCACUCCCUCUAACAUGUAAGCUCACUGAGCAGGGCCCUCAAUCUCUCUGUUACUGUGUCACUAUACCCCACUCCCUCUAACAUGUAAACUCACUGAGCAGGGCCCUCAAUCCCUCUGUUACUGUGUCACUAUACCCCACUCCCUCUAACAUGUAAACUCAAUGAGCAGGCCCUCAAUCCCUCUGUUACUGUGCUACUAUACCCCACUCCCUCUAGCAUGUAAACUCACUGAGCAGGCCCUCAAUCCUUCUGUUACUGUGUCACUAUAACCCACUGCCUCUAACAUGUAAACUCACUGAGCAGGCUGUCAGUCCUUCUGUUCCUGUGUGUCCAACUGGUCUGGUAACAAAUACGUGUCUGUUAGUCCACCCAUUGUACAGCGAUACGGAACUUGUUGGCACUUUAUAAAUAAUAAUUGUGACAAGACCAAUCUCACCACAUUGCAUUGGAGAAGCCUGGUUGCUCAUCUGCUGCCUUUGGACUAUGGCCCCCAUAUUAAAAGACUUUGUUUCGCCUGCAGAAAAUCUUUAUUCGUGCUUUUCUGCCGGGUGUUCGGUAGAUUCAAUCUACCGAACAACCGCACGAAUGAAUAGACCACCUAGGAGCUGGACUGUGCCGGCAAUUAACCUCCCUGAAGCUGCGGUUAACCGCAGCUUAAUUGACGAAUGCUGGGUGGCCACCAUUCGUAUCCGGAACACGAGGUCGCGGCCAUUUUAAACAUGCAAAUGCACAGCGAUGUUCGACGUUUAAUUCAUGGAACUAAAAUCGGACACAGUUUUGCGCGAACACCGCUGAAGCCGCCGACCUCCCUUCUUGUGUGGUGAAAGUACACGAACGGCCAGUGUUCGGUAGUUUUACUUGUCUAUGUUAUACCCCAGAUAGGAAUCCCAUGGAGCCCAUUUGCAUGAAACUGACUGUGUAAAGACUUUAGCUCCAUGGCGAUUAAACUGUAUUCCUGUGGUCUGAGUGCCAUUCACUUAAUAAUGUGCGCUCAGACCUGAGCUAUCUGGGGACAUGUUAAAUGUAUAAGUUUAUUGUAAUGUGUCUUACAUGGUGUAUUUUAACAGUAAUUCGUGUUUUAGUAUCCCCACGUGCAUAAUGGCGAUUUGCCUUUGUCUUGGGAGAUAAUUGAAUUACUUCUCAAUUAUCUCCAAGGCAGAGGGGAGGAAGCCAGGAUGCAUUGUGGGAAUAUAAUGUGACUGUCUGUCCUAUUUGUCAACUUGUCUGUCUUUUGUCACCUUCUCCCAUUUGGUCCCCUAGGGGAGUGUCCACCAGGUGGGAGACCUGCAUAAAUACUGGGCAGGUAGCCCUCAUUAAACAGACCACUGCUUGACCCCCAACACAGAGCCUUGUCUCGUCUUUGGGGGGAUUUACUGAAUGCUGAUAGACUGAUUGCUAGGAGUGUAAGCCGCUUGGAGGCUUUUCCUAUUCGUCUGCUAGCAGUGAUUCGUAUGGUUCCUGUUCGUGUGUUUGGAGUGCUAUAUUGGAUGCCGUUCGGGAGUUUGGAGCAUUCACUUAUUGGCGGUUCGUGUGUUUGGUGUUCUACAAUAGCUGUGCCUGCAUCUCUGGAAAGGGGGACGAUCGCCUAAACGGUUUUUACCCCUUGUGUGCAAAAGGGUCCGUUACAAUAAUAAUAAUAUCCAAUGAAGGUGUAGUGCAUCAAAGGAACAGAUUAUGAUACAUGUUUAAUCUGAAAUAAUUCAAAAUACUCAGAUAGUUCUAAUCUGAAGAUAUUUUGUGUGUCUAUGAAAUAUGCUAGUAACUCCCCACUUGGUUUGUAAAUUACUAACAGCUGUAAAUGCAAAACUUGAGUGUUUGGGCCCUGUACCAAUUAAAUCUGGUGGACAAAUUGGUCCCUUGCACACUAAAACAAGUUCUUUUAUUUAUUUAAACACAAAAAGCACAUAAAGUCAUUUCAUACAAGUUUAUCUUAAAUCUUAACUUUUCUUUUGAGCUUGCAUGUUGCAAGGAACUGUGAUGGAUUAUCCUCACAGACUUAAAAGAAACUCGUAAAAAUCUGGCAAAAACUGCAAAGUUGUAAAUUCAUGAAUUUUGAGAAAAUAUAUUCUCACUUACUACUCAUUGCAGAUACGUUUAUUUUAUUGUAAUUCUCCUGGGUACUUUACUCAUAAAACACUCCAUCAGACAGUUACAGUUAAAAAGAUGACAAUUCUUCUUGUCUAAUGAGUUGUGGUGUCCGCUUAGAAUGCCAUGUAUAUGGUCAUGGAUGCCAUCAGAUAUUCUGAGCACCCUGCACAGCUCAAGGCCUGGGCCCACCCCUAACAUCUGCCCACAGGGCUCACUCCCUAUUCCACCACUAUCUUGUAGACAUUUAGAGCUGUGAUAGGGGAUGUAAUAUGGGUUUGUAGGAGAUAUAUUGUGUGUGUUUAGGGAAUGUAGUGUAUAUGUAUAGGCACCCCAUAUUUUUAAAAGUGGGUUAUAUAUAUAUUGUGAUGCUCCAUAUAUGGGGAUUACAAGUGUAUGGCCUGUACCCCCUUGAUGGCAGCCCUGUGGUCUCUUAUCUGUCUCUCCAGAUGAAAUUAGAAGGUGCAGACGGAACCCCCAUGAAAUCUGAAACUCUGCACCUCACAGAGGAAUACAACAGGAAGAAAAAAGAACGGACGUACAUAACAGACGAAUAUGGGCAGGUGACCUUUACCUUAGAUACCAAGCCUUGGAAAAGUCAAUUUGUCUAUCUAACGGUGAGUGGGAAUAUCACAUGAUGACAACGGGUUACAAGCGAGAUAGACUUAUUGAAGGAACUGAAAUAAACACUGUUAAAUUAAGAUAUAAUGGGGGAUAGUAAAUGUUAGUGAGUAACCCAAAACAUAACGCUUUCAUUAUUAUUGCCAUACUUUUAGAAGGCAACAUAUGUAUUGGCAUUAACCAUAAGUAAGGGAAUGAUUAUUUUUGCAGGGAAAUUUGAACAAACUGAGUUUAAAAACAAAAAUUACAUUAAAAUGACAAAGCAGAUUCAAUAAUAGACAAAUUAAAAAUGAGGACAAAAAAAAUGAAAAAAACUGUCAAACUGCCCUAUUUUUAGAGUUCUUUUAAAAAAAUCAUUAUACAAAAUAUUUUGGGGGAAUUUUUUGCUGUCAUCUUAAGUCAUAGUAUGAGCCUGCAGUUAGCGAGACACAAGACUGGGAUAAAAAGAUGUAUUUACUGGGCUUAAUAAAAUAUCCAUGUUUGGGGGCUGGGAAAACACUAGGUUCCACAAUCUCAUGGGUGAGGGAUAAAGGGGACACUAGUAUGUCUCCCCAUUAUUUUAUUUUAAGCCCCGCCCGAUGCCCAUAGUAGCUGCCCGAGUUUUCAUUACAGUGAGCAGCCACUGACUGCUCACUGUUUAGUAGACAUGAAUUAGACCUCCCUUAUACUAAUAUGGAGGGUUAUAUUUAUAUUAUUAUUGAUAUUAUUAUUAUUAUUAUUAUAUUAUUUAUAAUAUCAAUAUAACCCUCCAUAUUAGUAUAAGGGAGGUCUAAUUCAUGUCUACUAAACAGUGAUAUAUUUUUAUAUUAUAAUAUUGAUGUGGGUUUAUUUUUUACAUUUCUGGUUAGCCCAAAUAAUUUCAUAUAAACAAAGGGAUUCUGCCAAACCAAAAACAGUCCAUGGCCGAGAUUCGAUCUGACCAAAUCUAAUUUUAUUUUUGCGUGAAUUGAUUCAGAUGAACUGAUUUGUUUUUAAAAAAAAAUAGCUGUACACAAAUCUGUCAAUCAGUAUCAGUCUGGAUUCACCCAACGACGUGAGUGUUAACAUGCAAACAUGACCAACCAAAAGUUGCAUCCCAAUUGGGAUGGACAAUCGGCCAAGCAGAAGGCACCAAGUGGGAUGUUUUUGUCUUCUUUCUAUUUCUUUCUUUCUUUUUUUCUCACAAACAAAUCACUUGUUGAUUAGCACAAUACUAUGAAUAGCAAGAGAUUACAUGUAAAUUGUUAAAUGGAAAUAUAUCACUCUUGAUACACACAGAUGGAUGUUUGAUCUCUGUAUUUUAUUUUAUUUUUGAGCACAUGUUAUUUUUGUAGGCCUCAUACAUGAAGGAAAAACCAGAAAUAAUCUACGGAGAGCUUAACCCUGUCUAUAUAGAUGCACAUAUCACCCUGCAGCCCUUCAGCACCUUGACCAACAGUUUCCUAAAAAUCCAACCUGCGGAGUUGCCCUUGAUCUGCCACCAGGAGCACCAAAUAGAAAUCGAUUACCUCAUCCGGGGCAGUGAGUUGAUGGGUAAUGUGGAGACCUUGGAGGUGGUAUAUGUGGUAAAAUUACUCUGUUGUACAAUUAAAUAGUUUAUAUUGAAUUUAAAAAUAAUGUUUAGGGAAAAAACAACAAUGGGAUGGGAAACAAAAGAGAAAAAGGGGAAAAUGGGGAAACAAAUUCCACCUCUACCUCAAUUAUAUAUACAAGGGAUCACAAGACAUUUCAAACAAAAAUGAAAUUUGACAUGAAACAUAAAGAAUGUGAUCAUUAUAAUUACGUUCCAUGUAAUGUAUUGUUUUAUUUUAUGUUCUAUUUGGCAGGAAUAUUAUUCAGUGGAGUUAGUAUUUUUACCAUUUUUGGAGGUUAGAUUUAGAAUUAAGAAUGUGUUUAGGGUUAAAGUUAAGCUUAGAGUAAGAGAUAUGUUUUAGAAUUUGGAAGACAUUUUAGGAUUAGAGUUAAAGUUAUUUUAAGAUAUUUGCUUAAGGAUUAGGGAGUUGUUUCUUAGCCUAUCACCAGCCUCUUGGAGGUAGAAGACUAUCACCAAGAAGAUGAUGCUCUUGAUUCAGAUGUCUUCAGAUGGAGACUGAUGACUUUGGAGUUAAACAUGUGCCAAACAGUUUAAACCCUGUUAGUAAAAAGGUGCCCGGACACCCCUGCCCCGCAUAACAACUUCAAUUUUGUUAAGAUGCUAUGUGGGUAAACUGGAUGGUAAGAGAUGUGUUUUAGUGUUAGGGUAAGUUUUACAAUUAGAAAAUCAGAUCGAUAAUCUGUUCAUAUGAGUCACUCUCUAGGCUCCAAAUAAAGUUGGAGGAUCACCCCUAUUUUAGUUAAAGCAAAGAAGGAGAAAUAAUAAUGCACGCUGUCCUAUGGUUUGCCUAAAACCAGUCUCAUCUGCCCCCAACCAUCCCCAAUAAGCUUGUAUUUAGCAAAACCCGCACUGGUUGUUAGAUCAUUAGGCUUCUGAUCAAGUAUUAGAAGGCGCCAUCCCAUAUCUAGGACAUAUCUCGGACAUUAGAGUUUUGGCCAAUAAUCAGCCCCCAUGCCCCAUUAAGCAGGUUUAAAUGGAUAGAAAAAAAUUUUAAUUUCUAGCGCCUGCGCAAUGGCUGCUCGGACUUCCCAAACAAGAGUCUCAUCCUUGUAAUGUCCUCAAACCCAAUUGCGUACAGGGUGAUAUGAAAUGAUAAGAAGACAAUAAAAUGAAAUCUAGUGCACUAUUUUCAUUGCUGGUGAUAUUAGAUGAAAAGGGAGAAAUACACUAAAAUCAGCUCCAGAUGUAUUCUCUUGGACGGUAUGAUCCGCGUCUAUGGGUAUGCUGGUAUAGGUCCUGGUCCUUUGUUAGGAGAUGUCCUCAGGCCCGUCAGUGGUGGGCAGCCAUUACAAGUUGCUGGGGAUGUUUUCUUUUAGUGCGUUGUAUUUUAGCAGCACUUGUCUGUCCCCCUUUUUCUUUUCCUGAAUUCAUUUAUAUUUAAAAUUCUCUUAAAAAGUAGUUCCUUAUACUUUAACUAUCAGGAAGGAGUUACUCUGAAAUGAGAAUAUUACUUCAUCCUUUGGUUUUCAGCUUUACUUUUUAAACUUCAAAGUGCAACCUAGCCUGCCAUCUAGUGGUGAUUUUUGAGACAUUACUAUAGUUUUUAGAAAAAAAGAAUUUGUUUGCCUCUGUAGAUAUUACAGAUUUAUUUCAAAGUGAGCUUUUCACUCUAUAGCAUCAUGGAUUUUGUGGGUGUAAAUUGUGUGAGCAUCUGUUUCCCCUUCUUGGCUUUAGGCUUUAUGGUUAGGAUUAUUCAUGGAUUGGAAGUCGAGAAUGACUCUAUACUUUGUGCCACUCAUAUUGUACAAAGUAUUGGUUGUCUUGGUGCAUGGUGUAUUGAAGUUGAAAAAUGUAGAAUUAAUACAUCCUAGCUCUACAAUCAGGGUGGUCUUACUUGGGACAUAGCACAUAUAAUAUUAUAAGUAUCUCCUAGCCCAUUUAAGUUCAAUGACAGGUAAAAUGUAUGCAAAACAAGCAAUGUGUUUUUCAUCUUGUUGAAGACGUGGUCUUCGUAACAGCAAGGAAAAAAAAUAUUCUCAACUCUUCCAAACUCACUUUAGAUAACUCUGUUCAUACAGGAGCCAGAACACUGCCCAGACACACCAAGAUUGUUUAGGCUUUGUUGUUAUAACAGGGGUGCAGUGCUCUCUGUAUCUUGGGGACCCUGGAAUGGAAAUCUGACAAUAUACAUAUUUAGCAGUACCUCCAAUUGCACUCAAACACUUAUCUAAUUAAACAAAUCACUGUGUACUUAUGUAUUUCAUUAAUGCAGUAAGCCACCAUUUUGGUUUUAAUGCAAUCCAUGUACUUAAUUUAAUUUGUUUGAAUCAGCAUCAGUUUCCAAAAUGUUAGAAAAAAAACUUUCCAAAUGAUAUAUCUACAAAACUCACUAUUAAAGCCCAGGGGUUUAGAUAUAGGAAUAAGUUCUGAUGCUGAUUCAAACAAUUAAAUUGAGGUCUAUGUUGGAAAUAUAAGUUAAAGUAAUUGUUUUUCUUUUUUUUAAGGUGGUUGCAAAAGGGAACAUUGUUUUAAAUGGGCGGAUGUCAAUAAAUGUCAGUAGGAAGUCAGGUAAUAAAACAUGAAAGCCAUCAGAGAUAUGUCGUAACCAUAGCCUGUAUCAAAGAGCCGAGUGUGAUGAAUACUGCAAUCUGCCUCUUGGUUGGAUCAUGCUAAUGUCUCUGUGUCGAUGAGAUUUCAUGUUUCACUUACCCUUGGAUCUAGAAACCUAAUGUGUCUAUAUUAAAUAAUUUAGAUUUGGUUAGAAAUUAGUUUAUACUUAACUCCAACUCUCUUCCCAAAAUAAGCCCCUCUACUCCUUAACCAGUGUAUAAGGUGGUUAUAUAUUUAUUCCGGGGGGGGGGGGUUUCCUUAGGAAAAAGAAAGAAAAUUUGCUUUGCAACAAACAGCCCUCUGCAGACCUAUACACAUCCUUCCCAGAGUACAUUCUGACACCCCCUGGUUAGCAAUGUAUCUUUCAAAGAUUUACUCCUGCUAGAUUCUUUUAAAUUCCUGACUUAGACAUAGAGGACACUUAAUGAAUAUUCUGAUAAGAGAUGCACUGCUUGUGUGGAAGACAUCAUUUAAUUAGAUGCCAACUAGCCCUUUACAAACAAAGAAGGCUUUUACAGAUUACUUACAAAUCACAUCAUUUCCUCUCCCAUGUAACACAUAUGAUGUCAAUAUAUUCUUUUUCCCAUCGUUUCCCCCACUUUAACGCCAAAGUCAUACCUGUACUUCAGGCUCCAAUUUCAGGGAAUGUAUCAAACUGGUCUGAAAGAUUUGACCACAGAAGAUGUUAAACUUCAACAACUAUUUUAAAGCACUCAGAGACUGUUUCAUCCUCCACUUCAUGUCACUUUUCCUGCAGCAUGGAAUGGGGUGCAAAAGGUUCUACCUCUCAUAAAGGAAAUGUGAUUGACAGAAAAAUAGACAUCUGUAAUUUUGUUUCGUCCUGAGAAUAUUAUUUUUUUCUGAAUUUUUCUCAAUUUGGGAAAAAUAUUCUUAAUUCUUUACAAACCAAAAUGAACCCAAAAAUUUUAUAUAUUUGUAACUAAACAAAAUCAAUUAUUUUGGAUCCAUUCUUUUUCAUAAGGUUAACAUAUUAGGGACUUAUCUACUAAACAAAGGAAACUAACAUUUUAAGGGGCUUUUUCUUACAAUAUUGCUUAAGUGACAAUUCUUAAUGAUGUCAAAGUGAAUUUCAACUUUAAAGGGACACUAUAGUCACCAGAACAACUACAGCUUAUUGUAUUUGUUAAUGAGUACAAUCAUUUCCUUCAGGCUUUUUACUGUAAACAAUGUUUUUUUUUCAGAGAAAAUGCAGUGUUUACCUUACAGCCAAGGGAUAUCUCCACAGGCCACUCCUCAGAUGGCUACUAGAGGUGCCUCCUGGGGCAGUGCUGCACAAUGUGACUGACAUUCAGUGUCUUCACACUGCAUGGAGACACUGAACUUUCCCCAUAGAUAAUCAUUGAUUCAGUGCAUCUCCAUGAGGGGAUGCUGAUUGGCCAGGCUUGUGGUGGCUCUGGCCCUGAUCUGCCUUCUUGACAGUGUCAGCCAAUCCAAUGCUUUCCCUAUUGAAAAGCAUUUUGAUUGGCUGAGAUCAUCACUUCUGAUGAUGUCAGACAAGCAGGCAGAUCAAGGUCAGAGUCAGCAGCUGUAGACUUGAAUUAAAGUAUGGUUUUACUAUAUUUAGGGGUGCAAGCGGGGCUAGAUGUUGGUUAUAUCAAUAUAGGGUCAGGAAUAAGUUUUUGUGUUCCUGACCCUAUAAUGUUCCUUUAAGGCCAAAAUAGCUGAAUUGGAAAAGUUUGGCUACUUUGAAUUCUCACUUUAGUUAAUACCCCUGGUAAUAUUGCUCUUUCAGUUGUUUAGUAAAAGCUCCCUAAUUGGGUAUGUGGGAUUGCCAUAAAUAAGGGUACCAGAUUAUAGGCUUAUCUACUAAACAGCUGAAAAGCAAAAUAAUGAAAAGGGAUUUCAUUUUGGCCUUUCACCUGUUUAGUGGAUAGCUCCCUAAUUUGCUACACUUAGUGAGUACCAUUUUUAUGGAUAACCAUUAGAAAUUUAUAUCCUAAACACAACUUCUCCCUAAUUUGAUACACUUAUGCGUGAUUGCCAUUUUUACGGAUAAAUUAGUGUGCUGUUUAGUAAAUGGCUUCCUUAUUUGGUAUUAAUUAAAUAUGACAAUCCCACAUAGGGAUCUAUCUAAUAAACAUCUGAAACACAAAAUUAGUAAAAAAAAAAAUCCCUUUUAUUUGUGAUUUUACAGCUGUGUUUAGUAGAUAUCUCCCUUAUUUGGUACUCGAUUUUUAAGAAUACCAAAUUAGGAAACUAUAUGCUAUUUACAAAUUUCAUUUAGUCCCAAAUUGUUAAUUUUCAAAUUGCAGAAGAAGCAAGAAUUGAAAAUUAACAAAACAUACAGUCAGGUCCAUAAAUAUUGGGACAUCGACACAAUUCUAAUCUUUUUGGCUCUAUACACCACCACAAUGGAUUGAAAUGAAAUGAACAGGAUGUGCUUUAACUGCAGACUUUCAGCUUUAAUUUGAGGGUAUUUACAUCCAAAUCAGGUGAAUGGUGUAGGAAUAACAACAGUUUGUAUAUGUGCCUCCCACUUUUCAAGGGACCAAAAGUAAUAGGACAAUUGGCUGCUCAGCUGUUCCAUCACCCGGUGUGUGUUAUUCCCUCAUUAUCCCAUUUACAAGGAGCAGAUAAAAGGUCCAGAGUUAAUUUCAAGUGUGCUAUUGGUAUCAGGGCCGUCGCUACCUCUUAGGCAGACUAGGCAGCUGCCUAGGGCGCCCCUUGGGAAGGGGCGCCGCCAGGAGCACCGGCCCCCCAUGCUGCAGCCGUCCGAGUGCUCUGUAGAAAGCCUCAGGCGGCUGCAGCUUUGCCCGGGCGGUGCGUCCAUGAGGGCGGACCGCACCGCCCGGGCGCAGCCUGAGGGGAGGGGCUGACAGGAGGGAGUGCUCAGCGCUCCCUCCUGUCACUCCCUCUCUGUAGCGUGGCCGGGCCCUGCAGCAUGAUGGUCCGACGGGUACAGGGAGCAUCUGUCUCCUGUACCCGGCUGGACUAACAGGAAGUACACACUGAGUGUGCACUUCCUGUUAGUCCGGCCGGGUACAGGAAACAAAAGCAACCUGUACCCGCGGACCAUCAUGCUGCAGGGCUCGGCAACGCUACAACAAAGAUGGGGGGGAGGAGAAAGAAAUUGGGAGGGAACGGGGGAGAAGAAAAGGGGAGGGUGGGAGAAGAAAUUGGGAGGGAGGGGAGAAAUUGUCAGGGAGGGGUAAGAAGAAAUUGUGAGGGGGGAGAAGAAAUUGUCAGGAGGGGUAAGAAGAAAUUGGGAGGGGAGGAGGGAGGGAAGAAGAAAUUGGCAGGGGAGGGGAGAGAAGAUUGGGAGGGGGGGGGAGAAGAAAUUGGUAGGGGAGGGGGAGAAGAAAUGGGGAGGGUGGUAGGGAGGGGGGAGAAGAAAUGGGGAGGGUGGGAGGGUGGGAGUAAAAGAAAUGGGGAGGGUGGGAGAAAAAGAAAUUGGUAGGGGAGGGGGGAGAAGAAGAAAUUGACAGGGGGGAGAAGAAGAAAUUGGUGGGGGGGAGAGAUUGACAUCCAUCACACACACAUGCAAUGCACCCCUUGCACACAGAAAAACACACAAUGGAUUACACACUCACAAACAAUGUAACCCUUACACACAAUGCAUCCCUUACACACACAGAAACACACAAUGCAUUCCUUACACACACUCAAUGCACCCCUUACACACUCAAUGCACCCCUUACACACGCACACACUGCAUCCUGUACAUACACAGAAACACACCUUGCAGCCCUUACACAUACAAACACAGAUUUACACAAUGCAUUCCUUACACACAUAUCAGGACAUCCCCUACACACUCCACCCCCUGUGAAAAAACUCAUUGGUGGAACAUGAAGGUGGACCCUGGGACCCAGACCUUGAGCUGUGUAAAGGGCCGCCCAAAAAUGGAGCUGCUUCCCGUUCUCCCAGAAUAUUGAUUUUUGUGACCACAGUUACAAACAGCCUCCAGAGAGCCUGUUGUACACCAGACCAGUGGAGCCAGACUGCAGCUAGAGCCCAUCAUCAUCCUCAUCUCGUUGUAAGUAGGCAAUCUAGUAUAUUAUUUGUGGCACUAAUCUCUAAUUUACCUCACAUUAAAGAAACACUAUAGUCCCCAGAACCACUGUAGCUUAAUGUAGUUGUUCUGGUGUCUAUAGCCUGUCCCUGCAUGCCUUAUAAUUUAAACACGGCGGCACUGCAGCACUGGCGUUAGUUAACAUGGCAGAUCAUAUGGGUGGAGCAUUGUGAUGUCACAUGGGAGGGGGGGCGGCAAACUUUACUUUUGCCUAGGGCGGAAACAAUCCUUGCACCGGCCCUGAUUGGCAUUUGGAAUCUGUUGCUGUCAACUCUCAAUAUGAGAUCCAAAGAGCUGUCACUAUCAGUGAAGCAAGCCAUCAUUAGGCUGAAAAAACAAAACAAACCCAUGAGAGAGAUAGCAAAAACAUUAGGUGUGGUCAAAUCAACUGUUUGGAACAUCCUUAAAAAGAAAGAACGCACUGGUGAGCUCAGUAACACCAAAAGACCCGGAAGACCACGAAAAACAAAUGUGGUGGAUGACCGAAGAAUUCUUUCCCUGGUGAAGAAAACACCCUUCACAAAAGUUGGCCAGAUCAAGAACACUCUCCAGGAGGUAGGUGUAUAUGUGUCAAAGUCAACAAUCAAGAGAAGACUUCACCAGAGUGAAUACAGAGUGAAGAUGUAAGCCAUUGGUGAGCCUCAAAAACAGGAAGGCCAGAUUAGAGUUUGCCAAACAACAUCUAAAAAAGCCUUCACAGUUCUGGAACAACAUCCUAUGGACAGAUGAGACCAAGAUCAACUUGUACCAGAGUGAUGGGAAGAGAAGAGUAUGGAGAAGGAAAGGAACUGCUCAUGAUCCAAAGCAUACCACCUCAUCAAUGAAGCAUGGUGGUGGUAGUGUCAUGGCGUGGACAUGUUUGGCUGCCAAUGGAACUAGUUCUCUUGUAUUUAUUGAUGAUGUGACUGCUGACAAAAGCAGCAGGAUGAAUUCUGAUGUGUUUCGGGCAAUAUUAUCUGCUCAUAUUCAGCCAAAUGCUUCAGACCUCAUUGGACGGUGCUUCACAGUGCAGAUGGACAAUGACCCGAAGCAUACUGCAAAAGCAACCAAAGGGUUUUUUAAGGGAAAGAAGUGGAAUGUUAUGCAAUGGCCAAGUCAAUCACCUGACCUGAAUCCGAUUGAGCAUGCACUUCACUUGAUGAAGACAAAACUGAAGGGAAAAUGCCCCAAGAACAAGCAGGAACUGAAGACUGUUGCAAUAGAGGCCUGGCAGAGCACCACCAGGGAUGAAACCCAGCGUCUGGUAAUGUCUAUGCGUUCCAGACUUCAGGCUGUAAUUGACUGCAAAGGAUUUGCAACCAUGUGUUAAAAAGUUAAAGUUUCCCACUCUCCCCCCUCCUGUUUACCCUAUGCCUGGAACCAUUCCUGCGAGCGGGCAGAUGGACGGGGGUAUCUCUGGGUUCACCAUGAAGGGCACCAUACACAAGAUAGCGGCAUACGCAGACGACUUAUUAUUCUUCGUCAGCAACCCCUUGGUGUCACUACUGAACAUCUUAAAAGCAUUUCAGGAAUACGGACAGGUAUCGAACUUAAAACUUAACACCGACAAAUCAGAAGCAAUGCUCAUUGCCACCGAACCGGAGGAGGCCACCCACCUACGCACGCAAUACGCAUUCAUGUGGUGCACCACCAAGUACCUCGGUAUCUGGCUCCCGACAGACCUCUAGUACCUAUACACCCAUAACUUAGCUCCUAUCACACUACCACUCGAGGGGAGGGGGGGAAGAAAUUCCCACCUUGACUGAUUUACACAGACAGACAUGGUACGCUGGUCUAGCCUAUGCGUCUCCUGGUUCGGCAGAAUGAACGCCGUCAAAAUGAAUCUCCUCCCCCGCCUACUGUAUUUAUUUCAAACGAUCCCAAUCAGCCUACCCACGACUUUUUUCCGACAACUAGAUUCGGAUAUUUGUAAGUUUGUAUGGCGCAACCAAUCGCACAGAAUUUGCUGGACUCUGCUUCACAGAACGAAGGAACAGGGAGGAACGGGUCUACCAUCGAUGAGGGUGUACCACAGAGCCACACACCUAUUACGUAUUGUCGAGUGGCAUAUCCCACACACGCCCAAGCACUGGAUAUGCAUGGAAAAGGCAUUGAUGGAGGAGAGGAUCCCGGCACUAGUCUGGAGAUACGACCUCAUGAAAACUACCCAAGCCCAGAACCACCCACUCAUCUGAGCAACACUGAGAAUCUGGAAAGCAAUUUGGACGAAACUCUCUCUUACCACACUACCAGGGCCAAUGACCCCGGUACUCUUUAACCCCGAGGUAGCAUGGGGGCUCCUACCCAAGGAUGUAGCAGCCUUUGGCGAAGCGGGCCGAACCCACAUACACCAAUGGUGCACCACGGCUCAAACAACUACCCGACGUAAUGGAGAACAAGACUCCCAACAGGGCUAGAGAGAUUUCGGUACCUCCAAAUCAAGAAGUACUAUAAUGUCCAACAAGGGAGACAUCUCUUUCACAGGCCCCUUACAGAGUUUGAGAAAUAUUGCGACAGCGGGACGCACAGUGCCCGGGGGAUCUCAGUCCUUUACUCUAAGCUCAGGUCGAAGGUCCAGCUCGAACCAGCGAAACACACAGCACGGUGUGAGAGAGUGACGGGAAUGGAGCUCACUGACGCCCAGUGGACCAAAAUAUAUAUUCUCACGCACCAGAGCUCCAUGUGCUCCAAACUACAAGAACUAAACUACAAAUUACUCAUUGGCUGGUACCGCACCCUGGAAAGGCUCCACCGCAUGCUGCCUGAAGUCCCAGACACAUGCUGGAGAUGUGGGGAGAGACCAGGAACAGACCUCCACAUCUGGUGGUCGUGCGAAAGGAUAGCCCCCUACUGGCGGGAUAUCCACGGAGCUAUCCGAGAGAUACAGGACACCGAGCUCCCAUUUCAACCGCUCCAGAUGCUGCUCCACCACACCCAGACACCACUCUCGCAGUAUAAAAAAACCUUGACAAAACACCUCCUCAUGAGGCAAAGGCUAUGAUCCCGAACUAAUGAAAAUCAGAACAAACACCCACACUCCAGCAGUGGAUGGAUAAAGUCAAAGAGCUACACAAGAUGGAAAGGCUCACGGCAGUGAUAAGGAACAACAUGGAAAAAUAUCAACAGUGCUGGAUCCCCUGGAUCCUCUAUCUAGCCAGAAGAUAAACGGAGCAGGUAAAACACAACACGGACGGCAGAGGCCCGCCGGAUCUGGGCUGCCUGCGGCCUGCGGGUGGGGAUGGGGCCCGCCGGCCUUCCUCCCCACCUCUACACCCACCUAUGGUCCUCCCCUUCCCUACCCUCCCAUCCACACAAGAGGCGAGCCGAGCAGUGGCGGUCGGAGGCGAGGCACCAUGGAUAGGCAUAUUGACAGUAUUCCAACACAGGAAACACUAGAUUGUGAAGAGAUGACCCCCCCACGGACUUUAGGGAAACAAACCACACACGACAUCCUGCACACACUUAACAUAAGGAGACAAAAAUAAGCACUCCACUCGCAGACACGAAAGAACGAAAUGGGACAACCAACCCCCCUCAGGAAACAGGCCUCAGCCACCACCAGACAGACAGACAGAAAAUAGGCCUUACACUACUGACACAGAAUACGUUUAGACUGUCUGUUGCUUCUGAAUGGACACCUUUAUGACCCAAUGAAUGCAGAGGCCCUGCGUAUGUUUUAUGGUGGGAGUCCCACCUUGACUGAUUUACACAUAAAAUCAGCUCACAACCCAGACAACAGAGCUUGGGCAUUACAAAGUUAUUACACCUGUGUUUAUUACGAAAGCCACAGUAAUAUGUAGAAAAAACAAAUAAAACAAUGACUAUCUAAAGAACAUAACAGAGGUCAACAAAUCUGAUAUACCGCACUACUAAACUUCAAACACAAUUAGUUAUGACUCACUAAACCGAUCAUUUUGUACUGCUCAUGACAUGUAGGCAACCAAGAAUAUGACAAGACAAUCUCGGUAUAAGAUCUGUCAAUAGGUUUUAACUUAGCAUUAUCUCUGUUGUAUCCAUUGUCGACCUAUAUAGGUACCAAAUGUAAGCUGAUUGUUAUAAUUUGGAAAAAUAUCAAUAAAAACAAAAUAAUUGAAAAAAAGUGAAAGUUUGAUUUAUGACUGUUAAUCUGUCCCAUUACUUUUAGUCCCUUAAAAAGUGGGAGGCACAUAUAUAAACUGUUGUAAUUCCUACACCGUUCACCUGAUUUGGAUGUAAAUACCCUCAAAUUAAAGCUGAAAGUCUGCAGUUAAAGCACACCUUGUUUGUUUCAUGUCAAACCCAUUGUGUUGGUGUAUAGAGCCAAAACGAUUAGAAUUGUGUCGAUGUCCCAAUAUUUAUAGACCUGACUGUAAUAAAAAAAUCCUAGGACAUCUUUUAACAACAAGUCUUUAUUAUAAUCAAAUGAAAAUCACAAGACAAUGACAGGGUUACCUUUGUUUUGUCUUUUCUUCCUUUUUUGGUUUAUUGUCACUUUCAUUGUGGAAAUGAUCAGCCUAUGUUGCCUUUUAUAUCUCAUGUAACUUGUGUGUAGAUUACAUUUUUUUCUUGAUAUUUCUGAAUUUGAAUAAAGCGUAAAAGAAAAUUACACCUAUUAUUUCUAUUAUAACCCAGAUGUAGAAGACACUUUCUGCAUGUAUUGUUUAAAGCAGGAGUACACAAACGGUAAAUCCCCAGAUGUUGUAGAACUACAAUUCCCAUGAUGCUUUGCAUGCUUCUAGAAUGACAAAGCUUAAUGAAAGCUGUAGUUUUAAAAUAUCUGGAGAACUAUAUUUUGGUCGCCACUGGUUUAAAGUAUUUCUCAAUACUGACACUCGUAUCAUUUUAUUAACCCCCUUUUAUUCAGUUUUAUUUUUUCAAAUGUCAACAUUUUUAUUUAAUAGUUUUCAUUACAAAUUACACAAAUUACUAAAUCUAAACAGAAUCAGACUAACAAUCUUUCAUACCUCCAUAUUUUUAAAUACUUUUCUUCCUUGGAAUUAAUAUAUGUCACAUACCAUAUAAGUCAUUUGUCAUUUACCAUAUAAGUCAUUUGAAUCUUCCCACGUACAGUUGUAACAGGGACUUUACAGCUCCCCCUGAUGGUCACUGCUGACAUUGCACCGCUGAUGUACAUGUUGGUUUAUACAAUGCUGAACAAUGGUCAGAUGUCAGCUGAUACUGAACGGUUCCAAGUCGAAAAGUGCUUUAACAACAAAGUGAGAAAAUCUCUGUUUUUUAAAAUUAAUUUGGGGCAAACCCAGAACAUGCAUUUCUCAGCCGUGGUGCUGUCAUUGACACCAACAUUUAUACAAAAUAUAGAUUAAUGAACAGUAAACACAAAAAUACAGUUUAAUAAUCUUUAUUUGAUACAGAACAGAUAUAUGAUAUGCAUUGUAAGUAUAUACAUCAAAACACUAUCACUUUAAUUGUUUGGUUUUGAUACUGUAUUUAUUUAAAUACUUUUUCAGAAUUGUGUUUUUUUAUCACAUUAAUUUUGCAUUAUAGAUGUUCAUAAUGCUAUUAUAACAGAUUAAUUAAAUACUCUUUAGUUAAUUUAGCACUAUUUAAUUUGUCUCAGGCAUUAACAUGAGUAUAGGACCCCAUGAUAUUGAGGUACUGUGAAGUAGUGGGGGCUUCACACGAUAUGGCCAUGUGGUGCAACUAAAUCCCCAUAUUUAUGAUUUUAGCCUUGUAAAAUGUAAAACUGUAUUUUUAGGUUUCCUUAAUCUGUAUUCUGUUUAUACAUGUUUGUCUCUGACUGUCCAUAUACUUGUCUUUCUGCUUUCUGUCUGUCUCUCUGUCUGUCCAUCUCUGUUUGUCUGGGCCAGUGUAUCUAGUGACUCUGUAUAAUGUAUGUUCCAGUUUAUCUGGAGUCUACGUAUAAUUCCUGGUCCAGAGCCUUCUGAAUCUCUGUAUAAUGUGUGGUCCAAUAUCUGCUGUGUCUCUGUUUAAUACCUGGUCCAGUAAUUCUCUGACUACAUCCCUAGGUGACCCUGGAAUUCUCAGACGAUGAGGUUACCCCUGGUUCAACUGUCUCCAUGCACCUCACAGCAGCUCCUGGAUCUCUCUGUUCCAUCAAAGCAGUCGACGAAGGUGUUUACUUCUUGAAUCCCAAAGCUGAGAUUUCUACAGACACGGUGAGUCUAAUUUACUUUUCAGAUUGUAUUAUUUUUAAUAAGGUUAAGUUAGUAUUUAUUUAACACUAUUAUCCAGAUUGAUAGCUAUGGGAUGACCAUUAAAUGCGGAUUUUAUUUACAAAUCAAGUGAAAGGUUAUGAAUUGAGGAGGAAAAAAGGAGGAAAAAAAAACAAAUAUAUUUAUAUAUUUAAUACAUUUAUAAAAUGAAUAAAAUAUAUAUUUAAAAGGGACACUCCAGGCACCCAGACCACUUCUGCCUAUUGGAGUGGUCUGGGUGCCAACUCCUACUACCCUUAACCCUGCAGCUGUAAUUAUUGCAGUUUUUAUAAACUGCAAUAAUUACCUUGCAGGGUCAACUCCUCCUCUAGUGGCUCUCUACGCUAUGUGAGGACCUCCAGCAUCACUAAAAUCCCCAUAGGAAAGCAUUUAAAGCAUUUUCAAUGCUUUCCAUGGAGAGGUCUAAUGCGCGUGCACAGCAUUGCCACGCAUGUGCAUUAGGUCUCCCCUGCCAGCGGCCACGUAUGUGCAAUUGGUCAUCCGGCGGGGGAUGAGCGUGGACAGAUCCUUAACCAGCACCGAGGGACAUUGGCGCUGGUCUCAGGUAAAUCUCUGAAGGGGUUCUAACCCUUUCAGCAACUUGAGAUGGGGAGUGGAAGGGAGAGGGGACCUGCAGUGCCAGGAAAAUGGUUUGUUUUCUUGGCACUGGCGUGUCUCUUUAAUAAAUAUGUAAAUAUAGAUUGUUUUACUGCCCCUCCUAUUUUUCCCUGAAUUGGAUACUUUUUCUUACUUGCUCUGUGAGCCAAAUUGUGCGUAUCUGUGUACUGAAAAAUAUAUAGCUAAUAUUUAUAUUAUGUAUCUACCUUACAGCACACUGAUUGGCCCGUUGUAUUUACCCUUUUUGGUUUGCCCAGGUUGAAUCACCAACUAAACCAACUGUUGGAGGUCCCAAAUUAAAUUAAUUUUUCUGCUCAAAAUGGUUGAGCCGAACCAAAUUUUUGAACCAUGAACAAGUCUUGAAAUUACUCAUAGAUUGGGCUAUAGAUGGUAUUUCACCAAUGUUUAAUUUAUUUUUUUAAAUACAAUGGACUAACUGAAGUGAUAAAAUGCUAGCCCUCUCCUGUUUAGCCUAUGCCCCAUGCUGCUUAUAUUCUGCUCCUAGAAUCCUCAAGGGAAUGCAAUAGUGUUAGGAAUGCAAACCUGUAUUCCUAAUGCUAUAGUGCUCCUGUCCCUAGAUGUAUUCAGAACCUACAUUUAUUUUUCCACUAAAAAGUAAGAAAAUAAAAGUUCUACUUACCUUUUUCCAGCACUGAGGCUCCCUUUCCAUCUCCCUCUCCAUCUCCUGCAAGUCAUGGCCAAUCCAAUGUUCCUCGUAAAUCCAAAGGGAGCAGAUGAAAGCAACUGCACACGAAUAGCUUAAUACCUCUGCUACCAGAUGUGUAACGCACCACCAGCAGCAUCAUUGAGGCUUCCUUUAGAGACAGCACAGAACAUUGUUCUGUGCUGACAUAUCAGUCCUGUGCAGAAUUGGCAUCUGACACCAGCAUGUGUUCAGCAUGGUAGCUUCAGACAGCCAACAGUGGUACACCCCUCUCAGUCUGUCCUUCCUGACCUCCAUUCCCCUUGAGAGGAAGCAACAUCAGUUGUUGAGGAUGAGCCUGCAGGGAGAACUUGGCCUUGGCUCUGUAAAAAAUUUUUUAUUAUUUUAUUUCUGUUUUACAUUUGGGGGUUUAACCACCAUAGCAAGAGUAACAAGCUGUAUAUUCAAUACAGUGUAAGGUUCUUAGUGACUAGAUUGUGAUGAUGGCAAACUAACAUUUGUUCUUUAAUGGAGAGAAUCUUCAAACUCACCCUUGUUUUAAUCUUGCAAUGCAGUACAAGGUUUACGAAGAGAGGAUGUGAGCAAACUAUUUUUUUAGUUGUGCUUAAAGGGGCACUCUAGCCACCAUAACUACUACAUGACAAUAUAGUGGCUAUGAAGCCAAUAGGCUGAGGACACUGUUGAACCAUUUUUAAGAUGUUUGACCAAAGCCUGGGGUCCUCACCUUGGCUAAAGCUAAUGGUGAAGUGCCCCAUCACCCGCAAUUAAUAAGGUAGCACAUGGUCCUAUAUCUUCUCAUUGACUAUAGAAUGAAUAUCCUGAGAUCCAAGUCUAAGAUAUCAGACUAUAAAAUUGGGAAGGGGUAAUGCUGUGUUCUCUGGAGUGUGUGCUCUAAAACCUAAAAUAAUAUUCACAUUUUAUUUCAUCUGCCAGCUGUACAAUUUAUUAGAUUUGAGAAGUCGUUAUGGGUAUCCAUACAGGGUUCAGGAGCAAGACCUCAUCUGCUGGAAAGGCCACUCUCGAUACAAUAAACGUUCACUUGAAACCUUUCACCGCAAAAAACGAUUCGUUUCAUUUUCUCCUGAACCCAGCGCACCUGAUGCAUUCUCGCUCAUCAAGGUAAAUUUUCUAUUGUACCCAUUGUAGACUAUUUAUAAUUAAUAAGAGUAGGCACUGUUAACUUUAAACUUCCAGAAAUAAUGCUACAAACCAACAAUCAGUAAUGUCCUCUCACUUCAAACCUGCAUGCAAUAUUCUCAUUUUUUGAAAGUUUUUGUAACAAAAUUAAUUCAUGAAGUAAAAUACAAUGUGAAACAAAGAAGUGCAACAUUUCUAAACUUGAUUUUAUCUCGUUAUCUCAAUUUACUACAAGACUUUCUUGCAAUUAAAUUUAAAAAAUAAAGAUAGCCCCAAACAACUCUACAGGCUUUGCUGAAUUAGUUUAAUUAAUAUGCAUUAUAUUUUACUUUAGUGAGAUAAUGAGAUGGUUUCACAUGAUUCAAACAAUGUUCUUUUCCUUGCUGCUUAAGCACGUUCAUUAUGGUUUGUUUGUUAAUUAGUGAGUGUACCCCAAAAGAACUUUGUAACGGAUCCACUAUACUCCGGCUGAGUAAAUCCAUUAGUAGUCUCCCGAAUCCCAAGUUCUGCAUUGAUUAUAGCUCUCCUGUUUCCAGCAGAGUAAUGAUCAGAGCUCUUCAAUCCCCCCAAACGUGAGCCAACACUCCCCUGACACUCCUACACAAACAGGAUCAUCCCUCUACUGGACCUGAGAUGGGACUAGUUACAAGUUAAAAACUCCUCCUCUGUGCCUGAGAGAUAAUUGAGUAAGGAACUAUACUAAACUCCAUUAUCUCCAGGCACAGAAAACACACAUUUUAACAACACCCCAAAACUACCCCCAAAACACAUGUAAACGCCACAUCCCCUGAUAGCCCCAAUCAUAUCCAAAAAUCACCCAGAUCGGUUCAGGGUUUCAAGAUUUCCAUGGAAGUCAUAAUUUGACCGACAGCACACGAAGCUCCUGCCCAAAACAGUUCCAGAGAAUCAGGGCUUGCGGUUGGUCUAGUUCAGUAGUUUAAAAACCGAACAAACUAUCAAACAUAGGAAGGUCACAGAACAAAAUAGUACAAUAAGGAUGCGCCCAAAAUAAAUACUAAAAUAUAUGAACUAAAAUAAAAUAUAAAACAAAGUGUAAAAUAUAGUAUAAAAGUAUAUAAUUAACAAAUGUCCAAAACUUAUCAAAGUCCGUAAUGAGUGAUCCCACGUAAAAACAAAGGAAGGUUCUUUAAAAUGUGGAGUAGGGUCAAAUCUUCAUAAUGGUAUGUACAGGAUUCAGUGGAACAUAUGUGGAAAGAAGAAGAAACAGGACUCCAAUGGUACAGUAUGUAAAUACGUUGAAAAUAAAAUAGUAGAAUAGGUCUUACUCACAAUUUUCAGAGCUGAAGAUCCAGCUCUGAUGUUAAGCACGUGAAGUGGAAUAAUCCCCACUCAAGGAUAUAUGGAGUAGACUUCAAAUGGCGGUUCUCUGGUACACGUACAACGUCCAAAGUACAGACCCAAAAGAAGAAAAUAAAAUAUAUAGUGCUCUCUGUGUUACGGUGAAAUAUAAAAAUUUGUAAAAGGAAUAUUACUCACAUUCUUUUGAGCAGGUAUAUACUGCUCACUAUAUGCGCUUGGGUGGUAUAAUCGCCACCUAUGGUUUCUUUAAGCUUCUUCUGAAAUUAGGCAAUAUACGUAGUCAGGUGAAAGACAAGAAAAGAAAAAGAAAAAAUGGCAAUAAAGUGUUUUAUGCCAAAAAUUCUUUAUUAUAACAUAAUAAAAUAAUAUCUAAACGCGUUUCGCCACAGGGGCUUCUUCAAGUAGAUAAAAUGAAAAAAGGGGGGGGGGACACCUGACAUACAAGGUUUAUAUAAGAUGCAAUAAGGCUAUGGGUUUAAAAUUCCCGCCAAAAUGACAUCAUCAGAACAUCAAAAAUAGUGCAAAUAGAGAAACAGUAAUUUUUCAUACAUAUAUAUAUAUAGAUAUAAUAAAUGUGAGGUAGAUACAGUACUUUUAAUUAAAAAACGAAGGUUUAAAACACUGGAAAUAACCUAUUAAGCGCUAUCACGUGACGCGCGAUCUCUAAACAUUUCCGCGUCACGUGAUGCGCGGUGGAACGCAUGCGUUCUGAUAGUGUGGAACGCAUGUGUCAUAGAAGGGGAGGAGGAUUCUCCCAAGUGCUCGGGGAGAAUUUGACCGAGCAGAAAGAAGGCUAUCUGCUGAGAACAGCAAGCAGAUAGCCUUCACAGUAAAGCACAACACCCACUGGCCGUCCACCCAGACAGACAGGCAGCAGGCUGGACCACAGGAUCACAACCAGCUGUGAACAAAUAAAUACAUAUUUGUGAUAAUAUUAAAUUGGACAAACAUAUAAAACAAUAUUCAGUUAGAUAUACAUAUAGUUGUGUAACAACAAUCUUAUAGAGAACAGUAUAUACAAAUAUGCUAAAAAAUUGAAUUUAUACAUAAAAAAAUAAUAAUACAUAAAAAAAUAAAAAAUAAAAGAAAUGGGAUAUGAAAAAAAAUAUAUAUAUAUUUUUUUUUUUUAAAUGAUAAAAAAUUAAAAAGAUCAAAAUCAAUAUUCAGACCUUUUGGAGCAAGGGUUUUCACAUUAUAUGUCCAUUCCAUUUCUCUUUUACCAAGAACUUUUUUAAUGUCACCACCUCUCCAUGGGACAUUACAUAUAUCUAUGCCUAAACACUUCAGAUAUUUUGGGUUCUUUUCAUGUUGUAAAAAGUGUUUUGAGACAGAGUGAUUCUCAUAACCUUUUAAAAUAUUCCUACAGUGUUCGGCUAAUCUUGUUUUUAAAUUUCUAGUGGUCAUGCCAACAUAUUGUAGUCCACAUGGGCAUUCCAGAAGAUAAAUCACAUUCUUAGUAUUGCAGUGGAUAAAGUGUUUUAUUUGAUAUAUUUUCUGUGUAAUUGUAGAUGUGAACGAUGUGGUUUUGGACUUAACAAUAUUACUCGUACGCUUGCAAACAAUGCAUCUAUUGCAUUUAAAAAAAACGCUCGGUUUAUUCAAAAAGGUGGAAGGACUAGGAGAUAAGGUGCUAUAAUCAUGUUUAGUGUAGUUACUUGUAAGGAUGGACUUAAAGCUGGGUGCCCCCUAAAUAUAACUUGUGGUUUUUCGGGGAUAAUCCCAGCCAAAGUCUCAUCCUCUUUUAAUAUAUGCCAAUGUUUCUUUAUAAUCUUCUUCAUAACAUUACUUUUGUUAUUGAAGUCGAAAAUAAUUGGCAAUACUGGGGCGGUUUUCGUUUCUUUAUUUGUUUUAUAUUCAAGAAGUUCAGAUCUAUUGGUUGUACCAAUAUUUUUCAAAGUUUGAUCCACAUUGUUUCUGGGAUAAUUUUUUUGAAGAAAUUUGUUGGACAGUAAUUGAGACUGUUCCUCAAAAUCUUGUGUGAGGGAACAGUUUCUACGUAGGCGGAGAAACUGGCUCUUUGGUAUCCCUUGAAGCCAUGGUUUAUGGUGACAACUGGAUACAUCAAUAACGUUAUUAGUGCAUACCUUCUUAAAAAAAGUCUUAGUAUGGAUUUGAUCAUUUUUAAUAAAAAUCUCUAAGUCUAAAAAAUUAAUAGAAGAUUUACUAAAAUCCCAAGUUAAAAUGAUACCUUUGUCAUUAUUGUUAAGAUGUUGUAAAAACUGAUUAAGAGAAUCUUCUGGGCCAUCCCAAAUAAAAAACAAAUCAUCAAUGUAUCUAAAAUAUGUAACCAGGUUCGCCCGCCAGCCAUGCUCGCCCAAACUGGCAGUGGAUUCCCAAUCCGCCAUAAAGAGGUUAGCAUAGCUGGGGGCAAACCUGGUCCCCAUAGCGGUACCCUGUUUUUGUAAAUAAAAAGAAUCUAAAAACCAGAAAUAAUUAUUAUUUAAAAUAAUAUUAAUACCUUGGAUAAUAAAAUCUAUUUGUUGAUCAGGGAUAUUCUUUUCAGCUUUUAAGAUUUUUUCGACUGCUAAACAGCCUUUUUUGUGACAAAUGUUCGGUAAAAAAUAAAUAACUGGGAUAAUGGGAUGAGAUACAUUGAGAUAUUCAAAUUCAUGUUUACUUAAAAUAUUUUGGUCACGACCGUUAAUUAAAAAAGAAGUUAAAAUUUGUUGAAUUUUAGAUGUAGGAUCUCGUGCUUAAAAUUUGUUGAAUUUUAGAUGUAGGAUCUCGUACUUAGCACGAGAUCCAACAUCUAAAAUUCAACAAAUUUUAACUUCUUUUUUAAUUAACGGUCGUGACCAAAAUAUUUUAAGUAAACAUGAAUUUGAAUAUCUCAAUGUAUCUCAUCCCAUUAUCCCAGUUAUUUAUUUUUUACCGAAAAUUCAUAAAGAUAUUAUUAAUCCCCCAGGUAGACCCAUUGUGUCGGGUAUUAAGUCUAUUUUAUCUAAUUUAUCUGAGUAUCUAGACAUUCUUUUACAACCUUCAGUGAAACGUAUGAAUUCAUACCUAAAAGACUCAAUGUCCUUACUCCGUUUUUUAAACGCUUUUAAAUGGAAAAAUACAUAUGUUUUAGUGACCUGUGAUGUGCAAUCUUUGUACACCAUUAUUUGUCACAAAAAAGGCUGUUUAGCAGUCGAAAAAAUCUUAAAAGCUGAAAAGAAUAUCCCUGAUCAACAAAUAGAUUUUAUUAUCCAAGGUAUUAAUAUUAUUUUAAAUAAUAAUUAUUUCUGGUUUUUAGAUUCUUUUUAUUUACAAAAACAGGGUACCGCUAUGGGGACCAGGUUUGCCCCCAGCUAUGUUAACCUCUUUAUGGCGGAUUGGGAAUCCACUGCCAGUUUGGGCGAGCAUGGCUGGCGGGCGAACCUGGUUACAUAUUUUAGAUACAUUGAUGAUUUGUUUUUUAUUUGGGAUGGCCCAGAAGAUUCUCUUAAUCAGUUUUUACAACAUCUUAACAAUAAUGACAAAGAUAUCAUUUUAACUUGGGAUUUUAGUAAAUCUUCUAUUAAUUUUUUAGACUUAGAGAUUUUUAUUAAAAAUGAUCAAAUCCAUACUAAGACUUUUUUUAAGAAGGUAUGCACUAAUAACGUUAUUGAUGUAUCCAGUUGUCACCAUAAACCAUGGCUUCAAGGGAUACCAAAGAGCCAGUUUCUCUGCCUACGUAGAAACUGUUCCCUCACACAAGAUUUUGAGGAACAGUCUCAAUUACUGUCCAACAAAUUUCUUCAAAAAAAUUAUCCCAGAAACAAUGUGGAUCAAACUUUGAAAAAUAUUGGUACAACCAAUAGAUCUGAACUUCUUGAAUAUAAAACAAAUAAAGAAAUGAAAACCGCCCCAGUAUUGCCAAUUAUUUUCGACUUCAAUAACAAAAGUAAUGUUAUGAAGAAGAUUAUAAAGAAACAUUGGCAUAUAUUAAAAGAGGAUGAGACUUUGGCUGGGAUUAUCCCCGAAAAACCACAAGUUAUAUUUAGGGGGCACCCAGCUUUAAGUCCAUCCUUACAAGUAACUACACUAAACAUGAUUAUAGCACCUUAUCUCCUAGUCCUUCCACCUUUUUGAAUAAACCGAGCGUUUUUUUUAAAUGCAAUAGAUGCAUUGUUUGCAAGCGUACGAGUAAUAUUGUUAAGUCCAAAACCACAUCGUUCACAUCUACAAUUACACAGAAAAUAUAUCAAAUAAAACACUUUAUCCACUGCAAUACUAAGAAUGUGAUUUAUCUUCUGGAAUGCCCAUGUGGACUACAAUAUGUUGGCAUGACCACUAGAAAUUUAAAAACAAGAUUAGCCGAACACUGUAGGAAUAUUUUAAAAGGUUAUGAGAAUCACUCUGUCUCAAAACACUUUUUACAACAUGAAAAGAACCCAAAAUAUCUGAAGUGUUUAGGCAUAGAUAUAUGUAAUGUCCCAUGGAGAGGUUGUGACAUUAAAAAAGUUCUUGGUAAAAGAGAAAUGGAAUGGACAUAUAAUUUGAAAACCCUUGCUCCAAAAGGUCUGAAUAUUGAUUUUGAUCUUUUUAAUUUUUUAUCAUUUUUAAAAAUUUAAAAAAAAAAUAAAAAAAUAAAAAAAAAUUUUUUUUUUCAUAUCCCAUUUCUUUUAUUUUUUAUUUUUUUAUGUAUUAUUAUUUUUUUAUGUAUAAAUUCAAUUUUUUAGCAUAUUUGUAUAUACUGUUCUCUAUAAGAUUGUUGUUACACAACUAUAUGUAUAUCUAACUGAAUAUUGUUUUAUAUGUUUGUCCAAUUUAAUAUUAUCACAAAUAUGUAUUUAUUUGUUCACAGCUGGUUGUGAUCCUGUGGUCCAGCCUGCUGCCUGUCUGUCUGGGUGGACGGCCAGUGGGUGUUGUGCUUUACUGUGAAGGCUAUCUGCUUGCUGUUCUCAGCAGAUAGCCUUCUUUCUGCUCGGUCAAAUUCUCCCCGAGCACUUGGGAGAAUCCUCCUCCUCUUCUAUGACACAUGCGUUCCACACUAUCGGAACGCAUGCGUUCCACCGCGCAUCACGUGACGCGGAAAUGUUUAGAGAUCGCGCAUCACGUGAUAGCGCUUAAUAGGUUAUUUCCAGUGUUUUAAACCUUCGUUUUUUAAUUAAAAGUACUGUAUCUACCUCACAUUUAUUAUAUCUAUAUAUAUGUAUGAAAAAUUACUGUUUCUCUAUUUGCACUAUUUUUGAUGUUCUGAUGAUGUCAUUUUGGCGGGAAUUUUAAACCCAUAGCCUUAUUGCAUCUUAUAUAAACCUUGUAUGUCAGGUGUCCCCCCCCCCCUUUUCAUUUUAUCUACUUGAAGAAGCCCCUGUGGCGAAACGCGUUUAGAUAUUAUUUUAUUACGUUAUAAUAAAGAAUUUUUGGCAUAAAACACUUUAUUGCCAUUUUUUCUUUUCUUGUCUUUCACCUGACUACGUAUAUUGCUAAUUUCAGAAGAAGCUUAAAGAAUCCAUAGGUGGGGAUUAUACCACCCAAGCGCAUAUAGUGAGCAGUAUAUACCUGCUCAAAAGAAUGUGAGUAAUAUUCCUUUUACAAAUUUUAAUAUUUCACCGUAACACAGAGAGCACUAUAUAUUUUAUUUUCUUCUUUUGGGUCUGUACUUUGGACGUUGUACGUGUACCAGAGAACCGCCAUUUGAAGUCUAUUCCAUAUAUCCUUGAGUGGUGAUUAUUCCACUUCACGUGCUUAACAUCAGAGCUGGAUCUUCAGCUCUGAAAAUUGUGAGUAAGACCUAUUCUACUAUUUUAUUUUCAACGUAUUUACAUACUGUACCAUUGGAGUCCUGUUUCUUCUUCUUUCCACAUAUGUUCCACUGAAUCCUGUACAUACCAUUAUGAAGAUUUGACCCUACUCCACAUUUUAAAGAACCUUCCUUUGUUUUUACGUGGGAUCACUCAUUACGGACUUUGAUAAGUUUUGGACAUUUGUUAAUUAUAUACUUUUAUACUAUAUUUUACACUUUGUUUUAUAUUUUAUUUUAGUUCAUAUAUUUUAGUAUUUAUUUUGGGCGCAUCCUUAUUGUACUAUUUUGUUCUGUGACCUUCCUAUCAUUAGGGAAUUGUAGGGGAUUCCCUUCUGAGGAGUGCAGCCUUCACAUAUUGUGGCUAUUUAAGCGCUGAUUUUUUCUGUUUUUUCUGUCAAACUAUCAAACAUAGUCUUACCCUGGAGCUUGUUCACCUCAUCCAGACGAACGAUUUCACCAAACAGUGCCCUUCUAAGUUGUACAGAACCAAACGCAGGCGAUGGUGGUAGUCCAGCGGUGUUCGGGAGUUUACGUGUCUGAUUUUACUUCCAGGAACUUGACGACCAAACAUCACUGCCUGCAUUCAUGCGAACAAGAUGGCUGCCACUUCGUGAUCGUUCAUGCGAACAGUGGUCACCCAAACAUACAAUUAGAACACUGCACUUAGAAUCAUUACUAAGUGUUAAUAGGGUUUAACAAGCUCCUGGGUGGUCUCUGGUUCGUGUGGCUGUUCGGUUCCCGAACCACACAACCCCAAUUUCAGAAACAGAGCCUUUUAAAAGUAUAUUAGCCAAGGUCUAUUGCAGGGGCCAUAGUCCUGAGGCAAGAGGCUGGCCAGCAGGCCCCUCCAAGAACCCGUGGCGAGGUUCAGUUCAUCACAAACUUCAAACAGUUUAAUGUAACUAGGCAUCAGAACUCUUACACAAUCAUUCACUAAAGUGAUAAUUCAAAGUAAAUUCAAAGUGAAUUUUAAAUUUAAGACCAAAUAGCUGAAUUGUAAAAAUUCUCCAAGUCAGCUAUGCUUUUAGUUCAGAUACUGUUGCCUUAAAUUUGAAAUGAAUUUUGAAUCCACAUUGAAUUCUCUUUUUAGUAAAUAACCCUGUUAUUGUUUGGCAGUCAAGGUAGACUUUUUUUUUUUAUUUGACCAAAAGACCUGCUCGCUCCAAAGUUCAACACUUCAGGAAAUUGCAGAAGAUACAAUAUCAGGCUAAUUUACUAAUGCAUUUUGGCAUCUUUAACAUGAAAGUGCUGUGUGGUAGUACAUCUGGUAUUAGCGCUGAUGCAGAAAUAUAUCAUCCUUUCUUUUUCAGAGACUGGGGAUUAAAAUUCUUUCAAAUGGCAUUAUAAGGAAGCCAGCUCAAUGUCUUCAUUCGCCCUUUAAGGCCAGUCAGUUUGGAUACGGCAGCUUUGGUAAAUAUAAUGUCUCUGAACAGGUUCCCACAAUAGCUAAUUUAAUUUAAGUGUUUUAACGUUCUCAUACUUUGCUUGUUAUCUUACUAGGAAUGUUUUUUGUCUAUUACUUUGUUAUUCACAUAAUGAAGAGAGGAGGAGAGGAUUGCUCACAUUUUACAUAGUAAUUACUUAGUAAUGUUUGUAGAGAAAAAGAUUGAAGUUGAUCAAGUUCUGCAUUUCAUAUAUCUAUGUUUCUGCAGUUGAUCCAAAAGGAUUGGAGAAAAAAAACGAAUUUAAAGAGAUUAACAGUUGUACAAUGAUAUGAGAAUAAAACACAUUGACUCAAAAUUGGUAAUUCAAUAUUACUUGGCUGAACAAGCUAACAACCACCCAUAAUUUAAAAUAUACUAGCUUUUCACUAAAAUAGAAUCUGAUAAAACCACUUCUUCAGACAGAGAAUUCUUGAUUUUAUUAUUUAUUGUACUUCCUGUCCAGAACACUUUCUAUGCAUGACAGCGUAAAUUCUACAAUUUAUCUUUAGGUUGAAUUAUAGAAUUAGCUGGUAAUAUUUUAUCUUUUUUUUGUCUACCCGUCUGUUUGCUCUGAGUGUGUUAGGGAAAAGUUACCAUUAGGAGAGAAUGAGAGAAUAGUAUUAGUCAUAUUUGGCUAUUAACACACAGAUGUACUGAAUUUACUAAAAUCUUAUACAAUGUCUGCACCAAUAUGUUAGGAUCACUAUGUACCGAGUUUAUAUUAUUAUAGGCUGAACCUGUUUUUUUUUGUCUCAUGGAUAUUUUUUUCAAUCCCUUCCGGCUCAUACCAUCUUAGAAGAGGAACCUCCACGGAUGGUAGAGAGACCUAGGGAUACGGCUUACGGAAAAGAUAUGUUUACUGAUAUAAAACAGACAAUUCGGAAAAAUUUACAGAAAACAUGGAUAUGGAAAUUGGUACCUGUCGGGUAAGUAACAUCAGAGUUAUUAGUGCUAAUUUCACAAUGACACUGUAUCUACAGAGUAACAAACAUCUCUUGUUUACAAAAUGAGAACAACCCAGUGUCACAUAUACAUAAUUAUACCCAGCUCAAUUCAUAUAUCUCCCAUGACAUCCAGUCCACAUCACCUAGACACAAUGGUACCCAGUCCAUCUUAUAUCUACGCAAUAACCCCCAGCUGGCCCAACCAACGAUACAAGAAACCCAGAGGCAGACAGAACAAAUUGUCAAUGCUAGACAAAAGUGUCUGCUCUGCCAUUAAGAUUACUGUGAAAGAGUAUGUUUUAGCAACAAUAACACAGUGCUAAAACAUGUCUGCCUUACACUGUUCUAGUGUAUUAAUAUAACUUGAUCUUGAAUGUUAGAAUUCCAUAAUGCUUUGUCAUGUUAAAUGCAUGCAAAGCAUCAUGGGAACUUUAGUUCUACCCCACCUGGGGAUCUUCCUUUUGGGUCCCCCUGAUUUAAAUCUUGUGCCAUAAGAUGAUAUAUUUUGUUUCAGUAUUAUGUCUGUGUCAUUUUAUUAUAUAGUUAUAUCAUGUUCUAAUGACUCAGACUCGUCUUCUAUAUGACCUUCAGAUCACAAAUAUUUCAUGUAUUUAAUUCUAUGCACAAAAUUCCUCUUGUUGAUAACCAGAACAAGUACAGAGUAAUGUACAGUAUAGAGCUUAAUAUAUAGUAUAUAGCUUAAUGUAUGGUAUACAGCUAAAUGUACAGUAUAUAGCUUAAUGUACAGUAUAUAGCUUAAUGUAUAGUAUAGAGCUUAAUGUAUAGCAUAGAGCUUGAUGUAUAGUAUAGAGCUUAAUGCUUAAUGUACAUUAUAGGGCAUGAUGUAUAGUAUACAGCUUAAUGUACAGUAUAGGGCAUGAUGUAUAGUAUAGAGCUUAAUGUAUAGUAUAGAGCUUGAUGCAUAGUAUAGAGCUUAAUGUAUAGUAUAGAGCUUGAUGUAUAGUAUAGAGCUUAAUGUAUAGUAUAGCGCUUGAUGUAUAGUAUAGAGCUUAAUGUAUAGUAUAGAGCUUGAUGUAUAGUAUAGAGCUUAAUAUAUAGUAUAUAGCUUAAUGUAUGGUAUACAGCUAAAUGUACAGUAUAUAGCUUAAUGUAUAGUAUAGAGCUUAAUGUAUAGCAUAGAGCUUGAUGUAUAGUAUAGAGCUUAAUGUAUAGUAUAGAGCUUAAUAUAUAGUAUAGAGCUUAAUGUAUAGUAUAGAGCUUAAUGUACAGUAUAGAGCUUGAUGUAUAGUAUAGAGCUUAAUGUAUAGUAUAGAGCUUAAUGUAUAGUAUAGGGCAUGAUGUAUAGUAUAGAGCUUAAUGUACAGUAUAGCGCUUGAUGUAUAGUAUAGCGCUUGAUGUAUAGUAUAGAGCUUAAUGUAUAGUAUAGAGCUUGAUGUAUAGUAUAGAGCUUAACGUAUAGUAUAGAGCUUAAUGUAUAGUAUAGGGCAUGAUGUAUAGUAUAGAGCUUAAUAUAUAGUAUAGAGCUUAAUGUACGGUAUGCAGCUUAAUGUAUAGUAUAGAGCUUAAUGCAUAGUAUAGAGCUUAAUGUACAGUAUACAGCUUAAUGUACGGUAUAUAGCUUAAUGUAUAGUAUACAGCUUAAUGUACGGUAUACAGGUACAGUAUUUAGCUUAAUAUACGGUAUAUAGCUUAAUGUAUAGUAUACAGUGUAAUGUACAGUAUACAGCUUAAUGAACAGUAUACAGCUUAAUGUACGGUAUACAGCUUAAUGUAGAGUAUACAACGUAAUGUAUAGUACAAAGCUUAAUGUAGAGUAUACAGCGUAAUGUACGUUAUACAUCUUAAUGUACUGAAUGCAGGUUAAUGUACAGUAAAGAGCGUUGUAAUGGCACCCCGGAUAUAAAAGGGGUUAAACGCAGUUUAGAGGAUAUUCCCCUUCCAGAUACACAGGCAGCUACCAAAGACACCAAUCUUCCGAACAGGAAACCAUGUGAAUGCCGUAAACAGCCGAGCCGGAACCAUACGAAUGCUGUAAACAGCCAAAUAGGAAAAACCAUACGAAUAGGUUUACACUCCUAGCAGUCAAACUGAAACAGCAUACAAUAAAUCCCCCCAAGAACGAGACAAGGCUCCGUUUUGGGGGUCAAGCAGGAACAGACAGAGCUGUGGGUUUAUUGUUUUUAUAUACACAUUCUUACACAUUAGUACCACCCACAGGCAGGCCCGGACUGACCAUCGGGCACACCGGGCAAAUGCCCGGUGGGCCGCGGUGGCCAUGGGCCGAGGCCGGCAGGGUAGGUCCCAGGAUCUCCCCUGCCGGUCUAUGCAGGGCCGGCACUAUCCGAGCGCCGGCCCCGCUGUAGUCCAUGGCGGGCCGGUGGGGAGAUCAAAGAUCUCCCUCACCGGCCCACAUGCUGCAUAAUGCGGCCGCCGGCGGGGAGAGAGGGAAGGAGACAGCCAGGAGAGAGGACCCGGCGGAGCUCUGACUUAGAGCUCCGCCGGGUUCCUCUCGCGAGAUCCGGCGCAUUGCCAUGACAAUAAAAUACAUAAAAAUAUAUAACUGGGCAGCUCUGGCAUAAAACAGGUACAUUCAACAUAUCCCCAGAUAGCUUAGAUCUGAGCGCACAUUAUAACUGAAUGGCGCUCAGAUCACAUGCAUGCCAUGGAGCCAUAGUCUUUCACAUAGUCUUUCGUUAUACGAAUGGGCUCAGGCCCAGACUGGCCAUCGGGCACACCGGGCAAAUGCUCGGUGGGCCGCGAUGGCCGUGGGGCCGAGGCCGGCAGGGAGAUCACAGGAUCUCUCCGGCCGGCCCCUGCAGGACCAGCGCUAUCCGAGCGCCGGCCCCGCUGUGUGCCUCCAUGGGCCGGUGGGGAGAUCACAGAUCUCCCUCACCGGCCCACAGGCACUGUUACAUGCUGCCGGCUGGGGAGUGAGGGAGGCAGGAGAGAGGAGAAGACCGGCGGAGCUCUAACCAGCAGCUCCGCCCGGUCCUCUCGCGGGAUUCUGAGCGUUGCAACGCAGGUUAGAGUUCACUCUCACCACUGGACCACCAGGGAAGCCAGCAUGGUCCCCCUCCUCCACACAGAACGGACCUCCCCCCCUCCCAGGCUAAAGGUAAGAAGGGGGGGGGGGGGACAUAACUUUUUUUUUAUUAUUAUUAAGAAUUAUUAAUUAUAAUAAUAUUAUAAUUAUUAAUAAAAUAAAAAAAUAUAUAUUUAAAAUAAUUUCCCUAACAGCCCCCCAGACACACACAGCCCCCAGACACACAGCACCCCACAGAUACACACACAGCCCCCCCAGACACAGCCCCCCAGGACACACACACAGCCCCCAGACACACACACACAGCACCCCCAGACACACACACAGCACCCAGACACACACCGCACCCCCAGACACACACAGCUCCCCCAGACACACACACAGCUCCCCAGACACACACACACAGCACCCCACAGACACACACACACACACAGAACCCCACAGACACACACAGCACCCAGACACACACACAGCUCCCCCACAGACACACACACACAGCCCCCCAGACACACACAGCCCCCCCACAGACACACACACAGCCCCCCAGACACACAAGGUAACCCCUUUCCACAGACACACACACAAAGUAAUCUAGACACACACAGCACCCCACAGACACACACAGCGCACCCCCAGACACACACAGCACCCCCAGAUGCACACAACACCCUCAGACAGACAGCACCCUCACUCCCACACAUAUACAGCACAUAUAUAUUAUAUAAAAUAACCCUCAGUGAGUUAACAGACAAAUAAACUUAGAAACCCAGAAUGUGACGGCAGAUAAAAACACCCUCACACACAGCACCCCUCUUACACAAACACGCUGCGCACCUCACACAUACAAUACGUCCAAAUAUAUUUUAUAUAUAUAUAUAUAUAUAUAUAUAUACAAAAAUCAAAACUGAGGAUGCACUCACAGGACUUGGUUAAAGUGAAAAAAGGGACUUUUAAUUAUUCCAUGUGAAAUGUACAGAAAAAUCAAUUUUCCAUUCACAUGGAAUAAUUAAAAGUCCCUUUUUUUCACUUUAACCAAGUCCUGUGAGUGCAUCCUCAGUUUUGAUUUUUGUAUAUUUCUGACGUUUGGGAUAUAGCAACCAGGCUAUUAGUUCUUUCUUAUUACUUAAAGGAGAGUGCCAAGCAUCCUGUUUUUUUGCUAUAUAUAUAUAUAUAUAUAUAUAUAUAUACACACACACACUACAGCACCCCUCACACUGCACCACUACACACAUUACGCUCCAGAUACAUGCUAGAUCCCUUACCCUAUAUGCACUCUUAAUCCUCUACACACAUACACACACACACAAUCUUCUAUACACACUCUGGGUCCUUUACACACUAGAUCUCUUACACACACACUGCACCACCUACACACACACUACAUUCUUUGUAAGCAAACACAUACAACACUCUAAACACACCCUCUCUACACACAGUAGUGUGUGUGUAUAAGUGACACACACUACGUCACCUAUACACACAUACUACUGCCCGUAUGCACACACUCGCUACAUCCCUAUAACACUAUGCCCCUAUACACGAACUCUGUACAGCCCCUAGCCACACAUAUUACACCACAAAAUUGACCUAUUUACACAAUACCACACCACACUCUACACACAGGCAAUCCCACAAGCAUGCGCCAAACACAUGCACCAUACACUUUCCUGGCCUUUUUGUCCUCUGGUAUCCCACUUGUGGAGACACCAGAGACAAUUUAAAAGCAAACACAGCGCAAGCAUGUUAUUACAUUUGCUUGCGCUGCGCAGAACAAAUACAGGGCCUUUUUCUAAUGCUAGAGCUCUUCAGCGGGGCUCUGCGCAUUGAACCAACAUGCUCACUUUCUCUGGCCCCGCCCCCCUUUUGGGGGGCCGCUCUAAUUGAAAAAUGCCCGGGCCUAAUUUGUUUCCCAGUCCGGCCCUGAAUGGGCUCCAUGGCAUAGCUAUCUGGGGUUUCACCGCUCAAACAGGGAAAGCACCGAAUGACCCGGCUUUCGUGUCUUUGCAGCGGAAAAUCAAGCGUUUCAACAUGGGACCAUAGUCCAAAGGCAGCAGGCAGGAAACCAGGCUUCUCCAAUGCACAGUGGCGAGAUUGGUCUUGUCACAAGCGUAAUGCAUAGUAUACAGCUUAAUGGUGUCUUUAGUCUGUCCCUGCAGGCUUUUCAAUGUAAACACUGCCUAAUGAGAGAAAAGAUUGUGUUUACAUUACUGCCUAGUAACACCUCUAGUGGCAGUUACUCUGAAGUUCAGCAUCUCCACACCGUGCAUGGACGCGUUGAACGAUGCCCAUAGAGAUGUAUUGAUUCAGUGCAUCUCUAUGAGGAAAUGCAGAUUGGCAUUCCUAUUGGAUGAGAUCGUCAAGUCUGAUGAUCUCCGUCUAGGAGGCGGAGCAGGGGUGGGGCCAACCAUGAGGAGACCAGCGCGGCACUGGAAUAAAGGUAAGUAAAAUCACCUUUUACUUUGCUGACAGGGGAGCCAUCCACCUAAACUGUCAUAUGAUUUACAUCUCUUCAUGCUGUAGUAGAGUAGAGAUUUAAUUACCGCUUCAACUGUCACAGCCACGCAGUGUGGAGGAGGCCAUUGUACCACAUUACCCAAAUAAAGAAACAAGUCAACAGACAAUAUUGUCACAAAUGUACCUGCAUCAGGCACCCGCGCUGCUCUCCUUGUUGGGCCUACGAGCUGAACUCUUCACGGGUCCGUGCUGCCCCGAACAUUACACGCGGCCAUGCGAUUUGAACAGGGAAUAUUAUACUUACCAUUUGGCCUGGCGAACAUCUCCCUCUAAUUGUUCACGCAGGAUGAAAUCCAUUCAGCAGUUUAUGUAUUCAAAAUAAUAAUUAAAUGUGAUGUCACACCUGCCCUUAAAGUGACCACAUCUUCCAGGCGACCCCAUAUUCUAUCAAUUUGGAGUCGCAAAGAUGGCGUGGACCACUCAGAAAGUAUGUUAGUCUAUAUAAAGUUAAUGUGGGUCCUUGUUCAUUGUCCUAUCAUGGCUUUUGCCUUGAUACUUUAAUAUAUGUAUUGACCUCGGCUUGUAUUUGACUUUCUGAUAACAGAAACAUGUUAAUUCCUUUUUAUUUAGAUCUUCUGGAGAGGCUGUCCUCAACACACAGAUCCCUGAUGUCAUCACUGAAUGGAAGACCAAGAUGUUCUGCAUGGGCGACAGUGGACUUGGCCUGUCUCCACCAGUCUCCAUAAAAACAUUCCAGUCAAUUUUCCUUGAACCUAUUCUCCCAACCUCCAUAGUCAGAGGUGAAAGUUUCGUUUUGAGAGCUCUGGCAUUUAACUACCUGAAUAAUAUAGCCAUGGUAUGUACAGGAAACACAUAAAACAUGCCUUUAACCAUCUAACAAUCAGCCUGUUUUAUUGCAUUAGAAAAGAUGUGCUAUUCUAACACUUGAAUUUAUUUUAUGUAUGACAGCACAUGCUUUUCAUAGGCUUUUUAUAUGUUACUGAUUACUGAUACAUCUCAUUUAAAUUACAAAGUAGACUACAACAGUUUUUACGGUAACACACUCUGUGAAUUCACGUGAGGCCAGUGGAGUGGAUUCUCAGUUGUGCAAAUUCCUUGUGACAGUUAGCCAAUACCCUCACUCCACCAGCCAAUGUCAAACCAAUAAAAACUGCUUUUCAGGUGAGCCGUAUCUAAGUCAGUAAAGAUUUUCAUGCAAGGGUAAGAGUGGUCUAGUGUGUCAAUUUUUGGCGAUGCAUUGGAGAGCAAUGGGGAGAUUGUCAGUUUGACCAUGCCCUGCUCGGGACUAGUCUGUAAUCUAAGUUGGUCUUGGUGUUGUCUAAAAAAAACUAUAAUAUAUAAUAUUUGUUGGCAGUCUAAAACGUGUUGUAUACCUGCACUUUUUCUGCCAAGCAGCAACCUGGUGUCACAUCUAAUCAAAUUCAACAAUUAACUAAUAAUAAAUCAGUUAUUCUGUAUUAUUAUUAUUAGUGUAUAUAAUGUGCCAGCAUAUUCCACAAUGCCGUACAAUUGGGGAAAGCAGACAGUGCAGUACAUACAACCCUGAACUGAGAUCUCGAAUUUGCAGUUCAUUUAGACCAAGUACUUUGCUAGAUAGUUUGUGAUAUUACUUUUAAUGAUAACAUCGAAAGCAGUGCUAUCAUUGCUCCCUAAACAUGGACAAGUUUAAAAAUAAUGCCAUUACAAAAUCUAUUCUUACAAGAAAACCAUGGUGCCUGAUUCUCAUACCUAUAAUUUAAUGAAUACACCAGAUACUAUAAAUAGGUAAUGGCCAAGCUCAUCAGAGUAGGGUGACCACUGUUUACUAAGACAUUAAACCUUCAUAAUCUGAGAGGGUAUCUUACAUGUGUGGUCAAAGAGAGAUGAAACAGUCUCACAAAAUAUUUCAUAUUCUCAAACCUUUCGGGCUCUCACCCCAUUCCUAUACUAGAAUGGUGGAGGAAAAUAUCCAAAAAGAAAGAAGCGUUAUGGUCAAGUUGAGGCCAAUGUCUUAUGCAACUCAAUCUUUGCUUUUGUGCGACACAACGCUCUUGAAGCAUUCAUCACAUACCUCUCUGCUGAACUCAAAAUGUUCUUAUCUUGCUUCUCUCUCAAGUUAUGGUACAGAUUUCCAUGCAGUACAUGUCACUCUUUUCCUGUGGCACAGAAAUAUCAUUUGCAGGACAGAAUGUUCUAUCAUGUUCCCUGCUUGACCACCAUGCACACAACGGUGAUUCUGCUGCCCAGUCCCGUCACAGAUUUCCUGUUCGUUAUUGUUAUGCCAGAGAAUGUAGUCAAUAACACCUGAAGUUUGUGGCACUAAAAGAUUCCUUUGGAAAUAAAGGUUGGAAGUAAUAAUUGAAGGGAUAGCAGGAAAUUUUGCCAUGUCUUACGUGACAUGUUGUACUAUUUAAAUUAACUUCUUCAUCCACUUUUUUUCAUUUCCCCAGAUUAAAUCAACAGCAUUGGCCUCACCUCAGAUGGAGAUUAUUCUGUGUGAAAACUGCAGUUACAGCCAAUGCCUGGCGCCUCACGAGACCAAGAUGUUUACCUGGAAAGUAAAACCACUACAUGUCGGUAAUUAAACCCUUCAUAACUCCCCUGUUUAUACAAUACACACAUUACCAGUAACUGCUAUUUAGCUGCAGGCAACUACACAUAUUUUUAUAUACACCAAGAUCAGCAGAUGGUAAUGGGGCAGUAACCUAUGUCAUCAUCUCAGGAUGACAAACACACAGUAUCGACUGACUGACCCUUUUAUUUACCAUUCUAUAUGUUGACUGCCCCUUAUAUAAUCCCCAAGCACUACAUUCUAAAUAUCGAACCCCCAAUUACAAUACAUACGUUACUAUAUACUGUCUGCCUCAUAUUGUCACGGCACAGGCUGAGCCCUACAGACAGCGAGCUGUGUCGUGCUGUCCAUAAGGGGGCUUCAGUUUCUGCCUGCAUUAUUCUGCUUCCUGACCCCUUGCCUGGAUUAAGCAGUGCCGACCCACCUGCAGCACAUUUCCAAUUAGGGUCAGCUGCACCUUAUUAGCAGGCUGUAAAAGCCAGCCCUGCCUGGUCAUUUUUGCCUAUUUGGUUACUCCACUGCCAGCCCUGACUUCUGCUUCUCCACUGACCCUGCGUUUGGAUUCCCCUUAAUCUGUACUGUGCUUUUGGUUUUUGCCUCCUUCCUGUGUCAUCUCCUGCGACUGGGCUCCAACUCCUGUUAAAUUGUUGCACAUAUAUAACCCACAAACACUGCGUCCUAAAUACAGUCUGCCUGUAAUAUAACCCCAGACACUGCAUUCUACAGACUGACUGUAAUAUAACCCACCAGACACUGCAUUCUAUAGACUGACUGUAAUAUAACCCCAGACACUGCAUUCUAUAGACUGACUGUAAUAUAACCCCAGACACUGCAUUCUACAGACUGACUGUAAUAUAACCCAACAAACAUUGCAUUCUAUAGACUGACUGUAAUAUAACCCCAGACACUGCAUUCUAUAGACUGACUGUAAUAUAACCCCAGACACUGCAUUCUAUAGACUGACUGUAAUAUAACCCACCAGACACUGCAUUCUAUAGACUGACUGUAAUAUAACCCCAGACACUGCAUUCUAUAGACUGACUGUAAUAUAACCCCAGACACUGCAUUCUACAGACUGACUGUAAUAUAACCCCAGACACUGCAUUCUAUAGACUGACUGUAAUAUAACCCCAGACAUUGCAUUCUAUAGACUGACUGUAAUAUAACCCACCAGACACUGCAUUCUAUAGACUGACUGUAAUAUAGCCCCAGACACUGCAUUCUAUAGACUGACUGACUAAUAUAACCCCAGACAUUGCAUUCUAUAGACUGACUGUAAUAUAACCCACCAGACACUGCAUUCUACAGACUGACUGUAAUAUAACCCCAGACACUGCAUUCUAUAGACUGACUGUAAUAUAACACCAGACAUUGCAUUCUAUAGACUGACUGUAAUAUAACACCAGACACUGCAUUCUAUAGACUGACUGUAAUAUAACAGGCACUGCAUUCUAUAGACUGACUGUAAUAUAACACCAGACACUGCAUUCUAUAGACUUAACAGGCACUGCAUUCUUUAGACUGACUGUAAUAUAACCCCAGACACUGCAUUAUAUAGACUGACUGUAAUAUAACAGGCACUGCAUUCUAUAAACUGACUGUAAUGUAACCCACCAGACACUGCAUUCUUUAUACACUGACUGACUGUAAUAUAACCCCAGGCACUGCAUGCUAUAUACUGACUGACUGUCAUAUAACCCCAGACACUGCAUUCUUUAUACACUGACUGACUGUAAUAUAACCCCAGGCACUGCAUUCUAUAAACUGACUGUAAUAUAACCCACCAGACACUGCAUUCUAUAUACUGACUAAUUGUAAUAGUUCAGUUUUGCACCGGGGCCCCAUGGAUUGUGUGUACGCCACUGCCCCAAGCACUGCAUUCUAUAUACUGACUGACUGUAAUAUAACCCCAGGCACUGCAUUCUAUAUACACUGACUGACUGUAAUAGAACCCCAGACACUGCCUUCUAUAUACUGACUGUAAAAUAACCCCAGGCACUGCAUUCUAUAUACAGUGACUGACUGUAAUAUAACCCCAAGCACUGCAUUCUAUAGACUGACUGUAAUAUAACAGGCACUACAUUCAAUAUACUGACUAACUGUAAUAUAACCCCAGACACUGCCUUCUAUAUACUGACUGUAAUAUAAUCCACCAGGCACUACAUUCUAUAUACUCACUGACUGUAAUAUAACCCCAGACACUGCAUUCUAUAUACACUGACUGUAAUAUAACCCAUUAGGCACUGUAUUCUAUAUACUGACUGUAAUAUAACCCACCAGACACUGCAAUCUAUAUACACUGACUGUAAUAUAACCCAUUAGGCACAGCAUUCUAUAGACUGACUGUAAUAUAUAUGCAUUCCAUAUACUGACUGUAAUAUAAUCCAUUAGGCACUGCAUUCUAUAGACUGACUGUAAUAUAACACCAGACACUGCAUUCUAUAGACUUAACAGGCACUGCAUUCUUUAGACUGACUGUAAUAUAACCCCAGACACUGCAUUAUAUAGACUGACUGUAAUAUAACAGGCACUGCAUUCUAUAAACUGACUAAUGUAACCCACCAGACACUGCAUUCUUUAUACACUGACUGACUGUAAUAUAACCCCAGGCACUGCAUGCUAUAUACUGACUGACUGUCAUAUAACCCCAGACACUGCAUUCUUUAUACACUGACUGACUGUAAUAUAACCCCAGGCACUGCAUUCUAUAAACUGACUGUAAUAUAACCCACCAGACACUGCAUUCUAUAUACUGACUAAUUGUAAUAGUUCAGUUUUGCACCGGGGCCCCAUGGAUUGUGUGUACGCCACUGCCCCAAGCACUGCAUUCUAUAUACUGACUGACUGUAAUAUAACCCCAGGCACUGCAUUCUAUAUACACUGACUGACUGUAAUAGAACCCCAGACACUGCCUUCUAUAUACUGACUGUAAAAUAACCCCAGGCACUGCAUUCUAUAUACAGUGACUGACUGUAAUAUAACCCCAAGCACUGCAUUCUAUAGACUGACUGUAAUAUAACAGGCACUACAUUCAAUAUACUGACUAACUGUAAUAUAACCCCAGACACUGCCUUCUAUAUACUGACUGUAAUAUAAUCCACCAGGCACUACAUUCUAUAUACUCACUGACUGUAAUAUAACCCCAGACACUGCAUUCUAUAUACACUGACUGUAAUAUAACCCAUUAGGCACUGUAUUCUAUAUACUGACUGUAAUAUAACCCACUAGACACUGCAAUCUAUAUACACUGACUGUAAUAUAACCCAUUAGGCACAGCAUUCUAUAGACUGACUGUAAUAUAUAUGCAUUCCAUAUACUGACUGUAAUAUAAUCCAUUAGGCACUGCAUUCUAUAGACUGACUGUAAUAUAACCCCAGACACUGCAUUCCAUAUGCUGACUGUAAUAUAACCCACCAGACACUGCCUUCUAUAUACUGACUGUAAUAUAAUCCCAGACACUGCAUUCUAUAUACACUGACUGUAAUAUAACCCAUUAGGCACUGCAUUCCAUAUACUGACUGUAAUAUAAUCCCAGACACUGCAUUCCAUAUGCUGACUGUUAUAUACCCCAUUAGGCACUGCAUUCCAUAUACACUGACUGUAAUAUAAUCCCAAAUACUGCAUUCCAUAUGCUGACUGUAAUAUAACCCACCAGACACUGCAUUCUAUAUACUGACUGUAAUAUAACCCACCAGACACUGCAUUCUAUAUACUGACUGUAAUAUAACCCACCAGACACUGCAUUCUAUAUACUGACUGUAAUAUAACCCACCAGACACUGCAUUCUAUAUACUGACUGCCGUUAAUAUAAUACUUUACCACUACAUCUGUAACCCCUUUCAUCUCCCAAGCAUUGUAUUGUACAGGGUGAGCAAAAAAGUAGGGUGUUGAGGAGUCAAUUACUUUUUUAGAAUGAACCAAUUUCGACGAUGAUACAUACAAUGAAUACUUAACGUAUGGAGAUUGGUUUGACUAGGUACAAAGAUGACAUCUUUUAAAUUCGCUCCAUUUGCUCACAAAGUCAGGCUCUUUUGAUUGGAUUGUUCAUAACAUUAGUUAAUGUUUGAGGCUCUAGCACGGAUAUUCUCCUUGAGCUGUUCAUGUGUAUGCGGUUUGUUUAUGUACACCCACUCCUUCAGAUAUCCCCACAGGAAGUUAUAAGGGGCUGAAAGGUCGGGUGAACGUGGUGGCCAGUUAAUCUGGAAAUUCCUUUAAAUUAUCUGCUCGCAGAGCAGUUGUCUCAGUUUAGAAAAUAAAAUUCCACUAUUUUUAAAAAUGUUUCCUUCAUAAAAUUACACAUGAUAUAUAAGUUAUAAUAUGUAACAGCAACAAAAAAAAUUUAACCACCAACAAAAGUUAUUUACCUGUGAAAUCCUACUCUGAAUGUUGGUCCACACUGUACAAAUAAUUGCUUGAUACAAUCCCCAGGCACAAUAUUGUAUAUGAUGAUUAAUCCAAGUUUGAUUCCCGAUUUAUCUCCAAAAUAUUGGAUGCUAUGCUGCAUAUUUACUGGUCAUGUUAUUUAAAAUUUGUUCUACAGAUAACUUUUCUCUAAGGUUUGUUGCAGCUUACUCUAAACAUAGAAGCCAUCUCUACAUCAGAGCUUUGUGAUGGAAAGACACCAGUGGUGCCAGAGGAUGGGGCGUCCGAUACAUUAAUCAAAUCUGUGAUUGUUAAGGUCAGUGCACAUUGUGUCAGAUCACCGCCCAUGUCCAAUAUGAGUAUCACCCAGCUGACAGUAGCUUCAUACAAGCUGUCUACGUUUUAACAUCACUCCAACUGGACUAGUGCUGAGUAAUGUCAACAUUCUGGAAAGGUUCUUUGUUUGGUCCAAUCGCAAAGCUUCAUUUCCCUCUAGCUUUUCAAAUACCUGCUUCUGCCACCCAUCUUCAUAGUGAUGGGAUGUUUGGUACAGUCAGGGCAAUAGCUUAUUUACAUAAAAAAAUAAUUUGAACUAUAUUGUUAAAAUAAUAAUUGAUUCUCUUCAUUGACACAUGAAGCAGCAGGUAAAAAAUGGGUAUCCUUUUGGGAAGAUAUAUAUUUUUAUUUAAAGGGCUCUUUGUUGUUGGUAUUUAAUUCUAAUACUCUACUAUAAAUAAUUUAGUAAAGCAUGCUGUUAUUGGAUAUUAAACAUGCACGGAAUUCAUAUUGGUAAACCCAGAAUUCCUUUUCUAGGUUGGCUAAUGACACCCCAAUGACACGGCCGGAGGUGGAGUUACACCCCCUUUAUACCAAACCCCUACACAUACAGACCAGAUUUCAUGAACAAAUUACUAGCGGUCAUGGUGCUUGUAGUAAACAUAUUAUUCAUGCUGUGUAAUAGUACAGAGUCAGUGGAGAGGAUUUUAAUCUAGCAUAUUAAUGUUUUGUUUUUUUGGAGCAGUUUGUGUGUUGUUAUGGUAAUAACUAAUGAUUUAAUUAAUCCUUUUGUUCUUUUGCCAUUUCCAGCCGGAGGGCAUGGUAGUGGAAACAUCUCAGAAUACAAUGCUCUGCGCUUCAGGUAACCUAUCACAAACACCAUCACUGACACAUAAAAACAGCCACAAAGUCAAUAAGGGGAAUGGAAGAGUUUAAGUAUAUCAAAGGAUUAAAACAUUGGAUUUGUUAAUACUACAAAAUAUGUCUCAUUUCCAUGUUCCUGUCGUUAAUGGAGCCAUUAAAAAACCCUAACGGUACUGCAAGUUUCAAAGCAUGCGUGGCUCCAUUUUACCAAGCUUGCACCGGGGCCCCAUGGAUUGUGUGUACGCCACUGCCCCAAGCAGCUUGGUAAAAUGGUUCAUUCUUGUGUUUAAUGUCUCAAGCUUACUUUUGAGAACUUCAGCGUGCUGAUAAGUAUUAACCAGUUUGUGGCUUGGACUUCCUCAAGAAAAAUAGAAGCAUUCUCCAAUUCAGAAAAUAAAUAACAAAAUAAAUUGCAUUUUGUGACUCUUAUAAAUCUCUAAGCUAACACUUUUAGCAGCCACUAACUGCCAGUCAAUAAACAUUAUAUAAUAGCACAGCACCUGGCAUUGCACAGAGCUCAGCACCCAUACCAACAACCAGUAAAAGAAUCAAGCCAGUACCCAGGCAGUACACAUGCCAGCUCAGCUAAUGAUUAAACAGCACGCUUUUCAUUGGAAAUUAAGUUCCAGAAAAACUUGAUAGUUUUAGCUUUGAGACUUAAAUACUGUAAGAUUGUAUAUGUAAAUUAAUAAACCAUCUAUAUAGCAGUCACCGGUAUGUUAAGAGAACAAAACUGCAAAUGAAAUAUAUAUAUUUUUCAUAAUCAAGAUACAACGUAUAAAAGAUAAACAUGGCGGCAUGUUGAAGAUCACAGUUUACAAAGAACAAAUCAAAACACAAAGUAACCCAUGUCUCCUUUUCCAUUCAGGAAACCUGUCAAAGGAAGUGAUAUCCAUUAGUUUACCACCAGAGGUUGUGCCAGACUCUGCAAGAGCCGAGGUUUCUGUAAUGGGUGAGGAGCUGAGCAGAGUAUAAAUGUCAUAUUAAAAACUUAGGAAAGAACCCACUAUGGAUGGAUCAAUCUGUAGCAACCCGAUAUGGAGUUUAUUAUUCUGUUUAUAUGACUAUCUUCAUCCCCUUCACAGGAGACUUGUUGGCAGUUGCUCUUCAAGGCGCAGAGGAUCUCCUCAACCUCCCUUAUGGAUGUGGAGUGCAGAACAUGAUGUCCUAUGCCAUAAAUGUGUAUGUACUGCAGUAUUUAGAAAAAACAGGCCGACUGUCAGAGUCUAUCAGAGCCCGAGCGGAGGACUUUAUGAGACAUGGUGAGUGGAAGCAGGUUAGGCAUGGUCAGUAGGUAUUGGGCAGGCAUGGGUAAUUGGGAUGGGCAGAUAUGAUGAAUGGAAACUGGGUAGGCAUGAGAUGUGGGGCUGGGUUUGGAUCGUCCAAAUUGAUUCAUCCAAAAAUACUAUUCAGAUUUUGUCCUUGUGGCAUUUUGGUUCAGACAAAUUUUAUCCAAUUGUUUUUUUGAAAACGAUUUAGACAAACCAAAAGGAAAUGAAACAUUUACAUUUUAUUGGAUGCACCAAUAAAGCAUGUUCAGCAGGAAAUAAGUAAAUCAUGAACAAAAGUAUAGUAUGCAAACCAGGAAAACAGCUGAACAUAUGCAGCAGGUAACCAGUAAUGCAUACUCAGCAGGUAAUCAGCAGAUCAUUCUCCACAGAUAACCCACAGAACAUAAUUAGCAUGUAACCAGCACCAGUGGCGGAACUACCAUGGUCGCAAGGGUUGCAGUUGUGAUGGGCCCGUCUCUCCAGGGGGCCCAGCCACCCUGCUGACACCUGCAAUUGUGAGUCUCUGAAGGUGUGGGUUCUGAGAAGAGCCCUCACACAGGGGGCCCAGGAGGUGGACAUCUGGCCACCUUAGAGCACCCCCAAAUCUUACUUGGAUUGCAGGUGCUUACUUUGCCGAUAUAUACUGCGAGGACAUGAUGCAGAUGGGGGAGGCUGAUCUGGUCGUUUCACUCUCCUCCCUUGCAUGCCCUCUGUGAUGCUGGGAGCCAGAAUAUGUCAUUCCAGCCCCGGCAUACUAAACAGUGCGCAGGAGGAGAGAGGAAUUGCCAUAUUACAGCACAGCCCCACACUGGACGCCAGGGAGAGGACCCACACCACCUCUCCAAAAGGCUUGGUGGGCCUCAAAAAAAUUAAUUGUGUGUGUGUAUCUGUCUGUCAGUGUGUGUUUCUGUCUGAUAUUGUGUGUCUGUCAGUGUGUGUGUGUGUCUGUCCCAAAUGUAUGUGGGUGGGUGGGACUUGGAGGGACACAUGGGGGCUGGGUAAGAAACAUUGAGGGACUAUGGGGGAAAUUGAGGCAUGUGGAGGGGCUGGCAGAGGGAGAUGAGAUGUGUGGAGAGGCUGGCAGGGGGAGGGGAAAUUAGACACAUGGAGUGACUGGCGGGGAGAUGAGACACAUGGCGGGGCCCCAGUGCAGUUUUCACACCAGGGCCUGGUGGUUUCUAGUUACUCCUCUGGCCAGCACAAUAUACUCAACAGGUAUUGUUAUUCUAUUCACAAAAGUAAUCAGUAGAACAUGCUAUGCUGUUUACAUAGGCGAGAUGCAUGCAAUAAUGCAAGGUUGCAAUUCCAACAUGGACCCAGUAAACUGAGUCUGAGAGACAAGGAAAUUGUGGUAAAACUGAUGAAUCCGGUUAAAGUUCGGUUGCCUUGCAGUCACAUUGUUGGUAAACACAUACACCAGAUAGUGAGCAGUCUGCAGACAUGGAGAACAAAUAUCAUCGUAUUUCUAUUCAUCAUAGGUUACCAACAGGAGCUGAAAUUUAAACGAAUAGAUGGUUCAUUCAGUGAAUUUGGAGAUAAAGAUAAAGAAGGAAACACAUGGUGAGUUUGAAUUAUUGCUGUAACAAUGAUUUUUAUUCUCAUUACCUUGUGUUUUAUCCACUAAGUCCCAUUUAUAGACAUCUUUGAUCACCUUACAUAUUUUGUUUUCCUUUCUUCUGACAUGCUUGUGUACCUCGUUUCCAUUAUAGCCAGUGGUUUCAUACAUUUAAUUUUGUUGAGGACCAUAUAAUCUACAUAUACAGCAACAUGCAGUAGAGUACUGUAGCGAAACCGACCUCCUCACUGGGCAUUGGAGAAGACUGAUUGCCAGCCUCCUGCCAUGUGACUAUGGCCCCUGGGAUGUAUUGCCCUUUAAAGACAUGAUUUGGGCAUAAUGGAUUUAUGUGGGGACAUACUGUGGAGUUACUGGGUGGCCACCAUUUCAUGUAUCAGAGGCACAUGGUGAGAACAAUGGAUGAAGCACAUGGUGAGAACAAUGGAUGGCGGCCAUUUUAACUCCCAGACACUGUUUGGACUUUUCAGCACGAUGCCAUCUCGCCGGUAUUUGGUGCACAGAGACAUCGUGCAGUGGUUUUGGACUAUACAACAGGGGACACAUUAUACAGUAAUUGUUUUUCAUUUAGCCUGCAUAUGUUCUGUGGAAUCUGCAUUAAACUGUAUCUUCCAAAGUACUGAAUGGAUCUGGGUGAAUUUUGGAUAUGUGGUUCACCCAGAUCCCCCGGUUCCAAGGAUAUACCUCCACUUUAUGGGGUUAUUGCAUGUUUUGGGGUCCCUGUGAUGUGUUUUAUAAUACUGUAUUUCUCUGCCUGUGAUAAUUAGAUUAACCAUUGUGUUCAGUAAUCAUAUCACAGGCAGAGGGGAGGAUUUUGUGUGGGAGUGUCUGUGUAUAUUGUACGGAUUGAUUGGCUGUGUUUCAAAACCCUGUGGGCAGUACUAUAUUUGUGGAUUGUGAAUAAAAGAGGCUGUAUGUGCCAGUCCAGUCAGUUCCUGCUUAACCCUCAAAAUGAAGUGUUGUCUCAUUAUUGGGGGAGGAUUUAUUGUAUGCUGUUCCAGUUUGACUGCUAGGAGUGUAAACCUAUUCGCAUGGUUUUUCCUAUUUGGCUGUAUACAACAUUCAUAUGCUUGAGAGCAUUCAUAUGCUUCUCCGGUUCGGUGGUUGUGGUGUCUGCUGCAGUGCUUGGAGUCCUCAGGAAGCGCUAGGAGCAUCCUUCAACGGAGGUACCCAGUCGGGGUGCCAGGUGAUCCGUUACAUUGGUGGCAAGCAGUGGGAUGGCUUCCUAGCCUUGGGAAAACUAGCACUAUUACAGAGAUGGAAGGCCGUGCAGCAUCUCACUUUGACGCCAGGCUCCAGCAGCGACUACAGGAUGUGAUGCACAGUAUGGAGUAUCCUAUCCCAGAGGAAAGAGAGACAGAGUGGAGGGUGGCGCUUCGUACCGAUCUCUGGAAGGAGGACAUUGGCGAAAUUCGACCCUUCUGGUGCGAGGAAAUCCUGACCACUAACCAGCGCCAAGCAGAACAACUAGAGCUGCGGAUGCAGUUAUUGGGAAACCAGCCCUCAGAGGAAUGGGUAAGCGAACUGGAGAUGCUAGUUGAGACUGAGGUGUGGCUGGAUGAUUCCUAUCGGGCCCUGCGGUGGCAUGCUUACCACCUCUACCCAUGGCUGAUCGAGUACAAGUGUAUUGAGGUGGAAGACUACGAUGGCCCUGGUUUGUUGUGGGAUAUUAUUGAAACUAGUCUCUGGUUCGGAGACACUGACAUUGCCCGCUUCUGGUCCAUCCGAGCUGAGCGGGCAGACAACUGGAACCUUACGGAGAUCGAUGCCAUUCAGCCAGAUCUAUCUUUUCUUGCCAACCGGGAGUGGGAACUAGAACAGGAUUAUGUUUGCCUAUUCCAACGUGUAACGCCGCCUGUCUCUGACAUGAUGGGGCUUAUUGACUGUAUACCACCGGAAGCAUUGAGUUUAGUUCCUCCUCCCCAGCAACCAAGCCUGUUAUCAGGGGACCUUGGUACUGUACCACAUACGUCCCAACCAGCCCCAGAGAUGGAAGACCUGAUUGACUUGUCCUGGGAAGACACCCAGCUGGCAGGUGGAGAUGGGACCGAGGUCUCUCAACAGGCCCUACAGGGAUGUUGGGCAGUUGGCCCAGAUCCCCAGCGGCAGUAUGUAUCCCAGGGAGCUAAAGGUGCCGUCCUUCCUCCCCAGCGGCAGUGUGUGUCCUUAGGAGAGGAGACAGUUGGUCCCUCUCCCCAGCAGUCCAGUGAGUUACAGGGAGCCGAAGGUGCCGUCCUUCCUCCCCAGCGGCAGUGUGUGUGUUACAGGGAGCUGAAGGUGUCGUCCUUCCUCCCCAGCGGCAGUGUGUGUCUUUAUGAGAGGAUACAGUUGGUCCCUCUCCCCAGCAGUCCAGUGAGUCCCAGGGAGCUGAAGGUACUGUCCUUCCUACCCAGCGGCAGUGUGUGUCCUUAGGAGAGGAGACAGUUGGUCCCUCUCCCCCGCAGUCCAGUGAAUUACAGGGAGAUAAAGGUGCCAUCCUUCCUCCCCAGCGGCAGUGUGAGUUCUUGGGAGAGGAGACAGUCGGUCCCUCUCCCCAGCAGUCAAGCGAGUCCCAGGGAGCCGAAGGUGCCGUCCUUCCUCCCCAGCAGCAGUGUGUCCGGCAGGGAGCAGAGACAGUCGGUCUCGCUCCCCAGCAGCGGGACAAUAUAUUGAAAGGGGAGACAGUUGGUCCCCCUCUCCAACAGCAGAGAGAGUGUCAGAGAGAGGAGCUUGUUAUCCCCUCUCCCCAGUGGCUGAAAGUAUGUAUGGGAGAGGAGCUUGUUACCCCCUCUCCCCAGCGGCAGCUUAGCCCACCAAGGGGAGACAGUAAGCUCCACAACAGUGCAGAUGGGACCGUGGUCUCUGCACAUGCACCACCAGGGGGUAGGGACAGUCGGUCUCCCCCUCCAGCAGCAGGGCUGUUUAGCCAAAGGGGAGACAGUCGGUCUCCCCCUCCAGCAGCAGGGCUGUGUGUCCAAAGGGGAGACAGUCGGUCUCCCCCUCCAGCAGCAGCCCCAGAUCCCGAGAGAGGAGCCUACCAACUCUUCUUUUCAGCAUGGCUCCAACAGGCUACUCCCGUGGUAGCGCUGGCACCAGGGCAGAGUACCGCGGGUCUCUGCCCACUCAGCAACCCACCAAGGCAGCCUAUCAGUACCCCACACAGCCGUGGUGAGGCACCUGGACAUGGACGAGCUAAUCUUUUACCCAGGUGUAGUAACCAUGUAUUGUGGGUGGGCUGUAUUACUGUUUGUGCUUCGUGGGUGGGUUGCUGGACUAACCAGGGCACUGACCGACAGGAGGUCAGAUACCCUGUUAGUCUGUUUGGAAAAGGGGAGAAAUGUGGCGGAACCAGCCUCGCCACUUGGCAUUGGAGAACACUGAUUGCCAGCCUCCUGCCAUGUGACUACAGCCCCUGGGAUGUAUUGCCUGCUCUCCUGUACUGCUGAGGAACUAGGUGGAUUUGGCUAUGGAGCUUGUGUAGUGCCCUCUGUUGGUAGCAACAGUAAUAUGCACUACCUGAAUAGCAAGACUGGUAAUUUGCAUAUUCGGGUAGAUUUGCAUAUCGCUAAUUCUGCAUGCAGGAGAGACAUUGUGUUAAUUAUGGUCUUCCCCACCCAUUUAUAAAUAUGUAUUUAUGUUAUAAUAAGUCACUGUAUGUUGCCUACUAUGAUUUGACUGUUUGUAAUUUUAUUGAAUUUUCACAGCAAUGUUAAUGUAAUGACCAUAUGGGCUAGUCCGAAGUAAAAUAAAGUUUUAGACAAUUCUACUUCAGCCUCAAUUUGGAGUGCCAUCUCUUAUUGGGGGAAUCUGCUAUAAUGGAUUGCUAUGCUUGUCAUACUCCCUUGCUAAAUCACUACUAAGCUCUUGUAAGGGCUUGUUCCUGCAUUGCUCUCUGGAGGAGUCUGUGGUGGUUAUGGUGUCGGCUGGAAUGUUUGGAGCCCUCAGGAAGUGCUAGGAGCAUCCAUCAAUGGAGGUACCCAGUCGGGGUGCCAGGUGAUCCGUUACAAGUACCUUUUUUCAAAUGUUUGUCCUGGCUAACUGUAAAGGAUGGUAUAAUGAGAAUGCUAUACAGAUCUCCAAUAAGAGCUCCACAGGAGUCCAGAGAAGUAUACUCAGUCAUAUUGUGUAAAUCCAACAUUGGCUGGAGAGUCAAUAAACUUGCCUCAUUAGGUCUGUGGAGCAGUGGUUUGAAUCACACCACCUCUAGUGGUCCAACCAACCAGUUUAGGCAUCAAUUUAAUAUUGCUAUCAUGUUGAUAUAUAGGUUUUCAAAUUAUUGAAUAUUUAUUAAUAAACAUUUAUUUAUUUUGAAAUAUUAUAUCAAUAAUAUUCUUCUUGAUCCAAGGAGAAAUCUGUCUGCCAUUCUGGGGUCAAGAAGGAAUGUUUUCCUUGUAUGUUACAAAAUUGGAAAGCGCUUUAAACUGGUUUUUUUUGGGGGGGGGUGCCUUUUUUUUUUUUUUUGCCUUUUUUGGAUCAACAGUAAACAGAUUUGAGAAAUAAUAUUCAAAAAAAUUUACAUAGUGGUUUGGAUGAUAUACUCUAAAACACUCCAGUGUAUCUCCUUAACCCACACCAACAACCAUUAACAAACCAUUAACAAACACUAAAAAUAUGGGGUGGAGCAAAAUGAGCAGUAUAUGUAUACAUACAUACGUGUUUCAAAUAAUAAAUCUGCAAAAUAUGAUGGAGACAAGAUAAUAAGGCAAAUAAGUCAGUUUAAAAUUGUUGUUUCCAAAACGCAUUUCACCUUUCCAACUGAGGAAGCCAAAAGGCGGAACGCGUUUUGGAGACAACCAUUAUCCCUAAGUGGACUUUGCUGUUUUUAUCUAUAAUUUUUGUUUUUAUACUGUGUUGGUAAUACAUUACGGAUUAUUAUAUCCAUUUGGUCUUACUUCGGGAAUAUCCAGUUGCACAACUACCAAGCCAAGGAUAAAGAAACAGAGAGCUGGAUUCCCUUUAAAGAUCCACAGGCACUUUUCCAUCACAGCCAAGUGAGUUUUUGGCUCCAUUCUUGUGUGUGCUACAUAUCCCCAUAUCUAUAGAUCUAUUUUAAACUGACAUAUUUGCACUAUUAUCUUUUCUCUUUUAUCUAUUUUGCAGAUUUAUUAUUUUAUACACGGAUGUAUGUAUACAUAUACUGCUCAUUUUGCUCCACCCUAUCUUGUUAGUGUUUGUUACAGAUUUAAGAGAAGCUGUGUAGCAGACUUGUUCCCCUCUCUGUUUGGUUGUCCGUACCCCCCAUGUUUGUUUCUCGAACGAAGACACGUUUCCCCCUUUUAUACUCUCCAAACACCGACCACCCCCUUGUUAACUUCAAAUAAUUAAUUAGCUCAAGUACUUUCCCUGGGUGGCAGCCAUUCGAAUAACCGCUCACACGUGCUCUAGGUCAAUGGCGGCCAUUUGUCUCCCAAAAGCAGGCAGCGGUACAUGGUCGGCAAGCGUCUGGAACUCAUUUCUGCUAGACGAUCCCACGAACCCUGGGAAAACUGUACCACUGCCUGCUCUGCUCACAGUCAGGAGAGUGAUGUUCAGGAGAAAGAUACUACCAACUGUAGGGAGCAUUCGCUCUCUAAGAGCCAGGGGGAGCAUUCGUUGGUGUUCGCACAGGAAUCCCAAAAGUUGACCGGACGCUGCCUCUUUUUCCCUGGACUGAUUUGGGCUACCAUCUUGUGGCUGGAUGGUCAGAACCCAAAUGGCGAUUCCAUUACACUGAAUGAAUCUGAGCGCUAUUUGGACAACUUGGGCGCUCAGAUCCGGGUUAUGCAGGGAUAUAAGACUUGUGGGAUUCCUGUGUAGUUUGUAGUUUUGGGGUGUUUUGUAUAUUUUCUGUAUGGUUCCCUGUACCUGAGAGCUAAUUGAGUUACCGGUCUUUGACUCAAUUAUCUCCCAGACACAGGGAGACCUGAGAGGGGUUUGUGUUAUUUUGUAUGGAAACCUCAUGAAAUGGGGUCUGUGCGUAAGUAGCCGAGUUUGACACAAACUUUGGUUGUACACCCAGAACUGUGUGUUGUCCAGUUACUGGUGAGGGAUAGAGUUAUUCACACUUCCGCACCUUGUUCCAAUUACCACAGAUCCAGCGGAGAAAAGUCCUUGUCAGGAUUAGAGCUACGCUACAGGCUGAACUUGAUAUCUCUUUUCAACAUAUGUAAUAAAGAUAUAAAUAUAUAUAUAAAAAUCUUAAAAUAUUUUACAAAUAAAUACAUUAUUUAAAAAUGUUUUCCAAAAAAUAUUAAAUCGAGGCCUUAGUUUUGUAGACCACAGGGGUGAAUUGAUACAUUGUGAAAACUCUAUAUAACUGAUAUAUAAUGAUCCAUUGUUUUUUUGGGGGGGUUGUCCAUUCAUUCCAGGGCAUAGUAAUAUUAACACUAAUACAAGCAACACUAUUCCAGAUUAUUUAGUUUCAGCAAGCUCUUUUUUGGUGUCUGCAAGACAAUGCUCCCCAUGCGUUUUAUGCUCUAUACUAUCAUUUGACAGUAGUGCGGAAAAAACUUGACUGGUUGCACUAAACUUUGAUAUUGAAAGAUGUUACUUGUAUUAUAUUGUAAUACUCUAUAUUUCCCACUAACAAUCACACACAGAUCACCUGUUUUCUCUCAUUGCACUAGGCUAAACGCACUUGUGAUGAAGACAAUGUACGCGUCUUCCCGAUACAUCUCUGUUGAGCAGAAGCACAUUAACGAUAUAGCCAAAUGGCUCAAAGAAAACCAGCUCCCAAGUGGAUCCUUCGCUUCCAAGGUAAAGCUUUUCAAGGAGUCUCUAAAAGUAAGUUUCAUAAUAGUGUAGCAUAAUAAAAUGAAAGGUAUAGAGAAGCAUGGAAAGUGAAUCUCACACACACAAAGCAGUGAGGACAGUGAAUGACACACAGAGCAGUGAGGACAGUGAAUGACACACACAGAGCAGUGAGGACAGUGAAUCACGCAGUGAGAACAGUGAAUCACACGCAGACCAGUGAGGACAGUGAAUCACACACAGACCAGUGCGGACAGUGAAUCACAUGCAGACUAGUGUAGACAGUGAAUCACACGCAGACCAGUGCGGACAGUGACUCACACGCAGACCAGUGCGGACAGUGAAUCACACACAGAGGAGUGAGAACAGUGAAUCACACGCAGACCAGUGAGGACAGUGAAUCACACGCAGACCAGUGAGGACAGUGAGUCACACGCAGACCAGUGAGGACAGUGAAUCACACGCAGACCAGUGCGGACAGUGAAUCACACGCAGGCUAGUGCGGACAGUGAAUCACACACAGACCAGUGCAGACAGGGAAUCACACGCAGACCAGUGCGGACAGUGACUCACAUGCAGACCAGUGCAGACAGGGAAUCCCACGCAGACCAGUGCGGACAGUGAAACCCACGCAGACCAGUGCGGACAGGGAAACCCACGCAGACCAGUGCGGACAGGGAAACCGACACAGAGCAGUGAGGACAGGGAAUCACACACAGAGCAGUGAGGACAGAGAAUCACACACAGAGCAGUGAGGUCAGAGAAUCACACACAGAGCAGUGAGGACAGGGAAUCACACACAGAGCAGUGAGGACAGGGAAUCACACGCAGAGCAGUGAGGACAGGGAAUCACACACAGAGCAGUGAGGACAGGGAAUCACACACAGAGCUGGGACCACACAUAAGUUUUGUGUUCCUGUUUUACAGUGACUGUAAUUUGUUUCUUUUUUUUUUUAUAUACUAGCGAGGAAUUCAUGAUGACGUCAGUAUUACUGCAUUUGUGGUUGCUUCUCUACUUGAGUCUGAUUGGCCCAGAGAGGUAGACUUCCUUAUUUCUGCUUUAUGUCCGCUUUGACAGCUCUCCGCUGUCCGAAUAAUGUAUCUAUGUGCAUGAUUUCCUUUGUUCUCAUCAAUUCUUCCUUUUGGAGACUAUCCAGAUUACUGUUUUAUUUUCCUACGGUUUAUCUGCUAUCACUUGGCCUGCCCUUGUUUGUCUUAUUUGUCUUCAUUGCUACAUAACAUAAUAAUACUCUUGUUGUAAUGAUCAGCCCUUCAGCUAGCCCUUCUCUGACAGUCGCAACGUCCUCUCUCUCUCAGGAUGAAAUGUUGAAGAAUUCAAUGCGAUUCCUGAAGGCAUCACUACCACAGGUGGAACAGCUGCACACCAAGGCUCUCCUUUCCUACCUCUUCACUAUGUCUGGAGAUACAGAGCUAAGAGAGGGGCUCCUGGAGGAACUGUAUGAGAAAGCUGUUACUAGAGGUAAACAGUUAAAAUUAAUAUUACUGAGUACAUUAAGAACAAUCAACCUCUAAUGCACUUCUCCCGGUAAAGUCAUGUGUCUAACCCGAGCCAGGUUAAGAUUACCCAGGGUCCAGAACAUAGCCCAGUCUCAUUGUUGAGCUCUGGGCUAUGUUCUGUAAAUAGAGGCAGUAUUGUUAAUGUGAUGGCUGAGCAUUGUGUAUGGAGGUGCCUGAGAGCUGUAUGUAGAGGGUGGGCUGAGUGUGCCUGUGUGUGUUGUGGGGAGGAGGGGGAGUGUGUGGGGAAUUGUGUGUAUACCCCAGGGGUCAAGUCCUGGGGAAAAAAGUGUGGGAACUCACCCAAGAUUCUACCUUUAAAAUUACACUCCUAUGCAUAUAGUGCAGUGUAGGGUGUGUAUAAUGAAUGUAGUGUGUUUGUAGUGAAUGCAGAGUGUGUAUAAUGAAUGCAGUGUGUUUGUAGUGAAUGCAGUGUGUAUAGUGAAUGUAGUGUUUUUGUAGUGAGUGCAGUAUGUAUAAUAAAUGUAGUGUGUUUGUAGUGAAUGCAGUGUGUAUAGUGAAUGUAGUGUUUUUGUAGUGAGUGCAGAGUGUGUAUAAUGAAUGCAGAGUGUGUAUAGUGAAUGUAGUGUGUUUGUAGUGAGUGCAGAGUGUGUAUAAUGAAUGUAGUGUGUUUGUAGUGAGUGCAGUGUGUAAUAUAAAUGUAGUGUGUUUGUAGUGAAUGCAGUGUGUAUAAUGAAUGCAGAGUGUGUAUAGUGAAUGUAGUGUGUUUGUAGUGAGUGCAGAGUGUGUAUAAUGAAUGUAGUGUGUUUGUAGUAAGUGCAAAUUGUGUAUAAUGAAUUUAGUGUGUUUGUAGUGAAUGCAGAGUGUGCAUAGUGAAUGUAGUGUGUUGUGAGUGCAGAAUGUGCAUAAUAAAUGCAGAGUGUGUAUAGUGAAUGCAGAGGGUGUAUAAUGAAUGUAGUGUGUUUGUAGUGAAUGCAGAGUGUGUAUAAUGAAUGCAGUGUGUUUGUAGUGAAUGCAGUGUGUAUAGUGAAUGUAGUGUUUUUGUAGUGAGUGCAGUAUGUAUAAAUGUAGUGUGUUUGUAGUGAAUGUGCAGAGUGUGUAUAAUGAAUGCAGUGUGUUUGAAUGUAGUGAGUGCAGAGUGUGUAUAAUGAAUGUAGUGUGUUUGUAGUAAGUGCAGUGUGUAAUAUAAAUGUAGUGUGUUUGUAGUGAAUGCAGUGUGUAUAGUGAAUGUAGUGUUUUUGUAGUGAGUGCAGAGUGUGUAUAAUGAAUGCAGAGUGUGUAUAGUGAAUGUAGUGUGUUUGUAGUGAGUGCAGAGUGUGUAUAAUGAAUGUAGUGUGUUUGUAGUAAGUGCAAAUUGUGUAUAAUGAAUUUAGUGUGUUUGUAGUGAAUGCAGAGUGUGCAUAGUGAAUGUAGUGUGUUGUGAGUGCAGAAUGUGCAUAAUAAAUGCAGAGUGUGUAUAGUGAAUGCAGAGGGUGUAUAGUGAAUGUAGUGUGUUUGUAGUGAGUGAAGAGUGUGUAUAAUGAAUGCAGUGUGUGCGUGUGCUGGAUGAUGUGUGUGUGCGCGCUGGGUGACGUGUGUGUGAGUGCUGGAUGAUGUGUGUGUGUGCUGGAUGAUGUGUGUGUGUGCUGGAUGAUGUGUGUGAGUGCUGGAUGAUGUGUGUGUGUGUGAGUGCUGGAUGAUGUGUGUGAGUGAGUGCUGGAUGAUGGGUGUGUGAGUGCUGGAUGAUGUGUGUGUGAGUGCUGGAUGAUGGGUGUGUGUGUGCUGGAUGAUGGGUGUGUGUGUGCUGGAUGAUGGGUGUGUGAGUGCUGGAUGAUGGGUGUGUGUGUGCUGGAUGAUGGGUGUGUGAGUGCUGGAUGAUGGGUGUGUGUGUGCUGGAUGAUGGGUGUGUGUGUGCUGGAUGAUGGGUGUGUGUGUGCUGGAUGAUGGGUGUGUGAGUGAUGGAUGAUGGGUGUGUGAGUGUUGGAUGAUGGGUGUGUGAGUGCUGGAUGAUGGGUGUGUAAGUGCUGGAUGAUGGGUGUGUAAGUGCUGGAUGAUGGGUGUGGGGGGGAGCAUUUUUUUUAACUUUAUGUGUCUAUAUUUUUUUAUUUUAUUCCUCCCUCCCUGCUUCUUACCUUGUCAGGGAGGGGGGAGAUCGCCUGGUGGUCCGGUGGUAUGCUGGAGGGAGCCAGCCGCUGCACAGAGAGGCCAUCACACGCUGUGUUCCCUCUCCAGCUCUAACUCUCGCGAGACUCGCCUGUGCGGAGCGUUGCCAUGGUAACAGCCGCGGGUCUCGCGAGAGUUAUAGCUGGAGAGGGAACACAGCGUGUGAUGGCCCCUCAGUGCAGGGACCAGGGCCGGUCCUGCAGGACAGGUAACGGGAAUGGCGUUCCUGCUGUGGAAAAAGUGCGGGAACGCCGUUCCCAUGCGUUCCUGCAGGACUCGAGCCCUGGUAUACCCCCUGUUCCAAAUUAUUAUGCAAAUGAUAUUUUUCUCAUUUACCUAAAUAAUUUAUGUAAAUAACAGUCAGCAUAAUUCUCAUGUUACCAACUAUUAAGAGUACAAUUCAAAUUUUAUUGAACCAACCUCCUAAUGAUAACAGUAUUUUUUUUAAACAUAAAAAUCUUACAAUGCACUGUUCCAAAUUAUUAUGCACAAUAAGUUUCAAAACACUUUAUAGGUUGUAAAGAACUGAAAAUUGGCAUUUGUUGUGUUUGCAGCAUAUUUACUGAAAUCAAAAGCUAUUUCAAUCAAAAAAAUUUUAACUUUUUAAACAUUUUAACACGUCACGUUACAUUUUAACAUAGGACCCCCUAUUUGAUAGCAGCUUCACAAAUAUUGCAUCCAUUGAACUUGUGAGUUUUUGGACAGUUUCUGCUUGAAUUUGUUUGCAAGAUGUCAGAAUAGCCUCCCAGAGCUGCUGUUUGGAUGUAAACUGCCUCCCACCCUCAUAGAUCUUUUGUUUGAGGAUGCUCCAAGGGUUCUCAAUAGGAUUGAGGUCAGGGGAGGAUGGAGGCCUCCUUUUAUCCCCAUAGCAGCCAUUGAUGCAGAGGUAUUCUUUGCAGCAUGAGAUGGUGCAUUGUCAUGCAUGAAGAUGAUUUUAUUCCGGAAAGGAUAGUUCUUCCUUCUGUACCAGGUCAUCUUUACACCUUCGGGGAACGUAAAGGGGCCGACCAGCUCUCUUCCCAUGAUUCCGGCCCAAAACAUGACUCCACCAUUGCCUUGCUGACGUCGCAGCCUUGUUGGAACAGGGUGGCUGUCCACCAACCAUCCACUUCUCCAUCCAUCUGAUCCAUCCAGGGUUGCACGGCACUCAUCAGUGAACAGGACUGUUUGAAAAUUAGUCUUCAUGUAUUUUUCUGCACAAUGCAUCCUUUUCUGCUUGUGAGCAUUGGUUAGUGGUGGCCGAAUAGAAGGCUUAUGCACAGUUGCAAGACUCUGGAGGACUCUACACCUUGAUGUCCGUGGGACUCCAGAGGCACCAGCAGCUUCAAAUAUCUGUUUGCUGCAAUGUAAUGGUAUUUUAGCAGCUGCUCUCUUGAUCCGAUGCAUGGAUCUGGCAGAAAUCUUCCUCAAUGUGCCUUUAUCUGCACGAACCCGUCUCUGAAUCUCAAUCAGCCACAAAUCUCUUAAUAGUCAUGCUUACGUUUUCGUGAAAUAUCUGUUUUCAUAACUCGUCCAAAGUAUUGAACUAUUUCACUCUUUUCGGCAGCAGAGAGAUCCUUUUUCUUACCCAUAUUGCAUGAAAAUGGUGCUCUGCUUAAUAAUGUGGAACACCCUCCUUUAGUAAUUUUUCCUUAAAUUGGGCUCACCUGGCAAUCUAAUUAUCACAGGUGUCCGAGAUUGUUUUCAGUGAUCAAAAGAGCCCUGAGACACAAUGCCAUCUAUGAGUUAAACUGAAAAACAAAAUAUUUAAUCUUUGUGACACUUAAAUAGAAUUUGCAUAAUAGGAACAGGGUGUAUAUAUGGAAAGGCUGAGUCUGUGGGCGGAGCCUUAGUUGUGGGAGUGGAUAUUGCUAUAAAUACACAGGUCGCCCCUCCCUCUGGGCUGAGACUGUCUGGGUCAGUACAGAACCAUCUACUUCCAGUUCAAAGGUCAUCAACACAAACUGCCUCCAGGCAAGCUGGUCUUGGCCUAGUGCAGUCCAUGCAAGUAUUCAUUUUACCUCACUAGUAAACAACAGCCUCCUACCUCAUGGAGCACCGCCGUGUCCGGCCCAGGCAGGUAUUCAUUUUACCACACGCUAGUAAACCACAGCCUCCUCCCUCCUCCCUCAUGGGGCAUCGCCGUGUCCGUCCCAGGCAAGUAUUAUUUUACCUCACUCUAGUAAACAGCCUCCUCCCUCAUGGAGCACCGCCGUGUCCGGCCCAGGCAGGUAUUCAUUUUACCACACUCUAGUAAACCACAGCCUCCUCCCUCCUCCCUCAUGGGGCACCACCGUGUCCGGCCCAGGCAAUUAUUCAUUUUACCACACUCUAGUAAACCACAGCCUCUUCCCUCCUUCCUCAUGGGGCACCGCCGUGUCUGGCCCAGGUAAGUAUUCAUUUUACCACACUCUAGUAAACCACAGCCUCCUCCCUCAUGGGCACCGCCGUGUCUGGCCCAGGCAAGUAUUAAUUUUCCCACACUCUAGUAAACCACAGCCUCCUCCCUCCUCCCUCAUGGGGCACAGCCGUGUCCGGCCCACGCAAAUAUUCAUUUUACCUUACUAGUAAACAGCCUCCUCCCUCAUGAGGCACCGCCGUAUUCUGCCCAGGCAGGUAUUCAUUUUAUCUCACUCUAGUAAACAACCUCCUCCCUCAUGGGGCACCACCGUGUCCAGCCCAGGCAAGUAUUCAUUUUACCACACUCUAGUAAACAGCCUCCACCUUAGAAGCUCAUGGGGCACUGCUGUGUCUGGCCCAGCCGUGGCUGUCACUACUCACACAUUUUUAUUUUUAUUUAUUUUUUUCUCUACAAACUUUGUUGUUCAUUUUGGAUAUGGCGAAUUUCACUACUAAUGCAAUUUCAGCCUAUUUCAAUGGUACGUAGCAUUACAGCGAUGCCUCAGUUAGGUUCAUGCUUUUACUUAUUUAUGUGGCAAGGUGUUGCAACAGUCCAAACUUGGGCCUGUACAUGUUGUUGAGGAAAAAUAAAUAUAAUCUUUUUAUAUGCAUUCUCUGUAUACUAAAAAAUUUAAAAAGUCCUUAUCCUGUUUCAAGGGGAAUAUCUUCUAAAUGUCUAAAAAAUCUUAUUACUAGACAAACUCAAACUCUUAAAAUUUAUCAUAUGCAUUUCAGUUGCCACCCUGUUUUUAGUUUAUUUGUUGCAACUGACUGCCUAAAUGUAUGUCAGGCCCAAACUCGGGCCUAUACAUGUGGUUAAACAAAAAACCAACAAUGUGUGAGCGCUAUAGAAUAUAAAACGUUCAGUAUGGCGGCACUCGACCACAGUGAUACAAAAGUGUACACAGAGUAUAGACAAAUGUUUACCAAAAAGAUUGCGCUAAACUGAUGGAAAAGAUCUGCAAAUAUAAAAAACACAUAGAAUAGUGCAGACUAUCUGGACCAGACAAUAUAUGUGAAUGGAGGGUGUGGAAGGAAAAUUCACAUUUACCAGAGCCCUAUCACCCCUGGCUCUGGGUUUGCAAUGCUCCACUUAAGAGGGAAGACUCCCACACUGUAUCAACUCCAAGUAGUGUGCACACUGGAAGCUGGUAGUACUUUGCAAUAUAGGACAAAGAGAGGCAGUGUAGCGGAGAGCUGGUAUUUCACAGGUUAUCUCCACUAAAGAUCCCAGUGAGGCUCAGGAACAAGUAAUACAAUCCCAUAUAGCAAUAGUCACCACGAAUAUCCCAAUAUAGAUCCCAAUGACUGGACGACACACAGCAUCAGGAGCAGAACUAAACUUUUAAUCACACAACCUCCUUUUAAAGGUUUCUCCCAUGCAAGGGAGGGAUUCACAUUAAUUUGUACACUAGCCAAUAGUGUAAUGGUUACCUCCCACACAUCUCCUACCCUCAGUGUGACACAUAAUCCACUUAUACAUAUUGCUGUUUUACCCGAUUUCUGGAUGUACCCCCAAAACAGGGGUACCCCCUGGUAGCCCUGAUCUGGGUGACCAACAUAUUCAAAAUUCACCCAAAUCGGACCAGGGGUUCGGGAGUUAGGUAGAAGAGGCAAUUUGACCGACCGCACACGAGUUAGUAUCCGAAAAAGGCUCUAUGUGUUUUGGCCUUGCGGUCGGUCUUUGUUCGGGAGAUAAAACAUAUAAAAUUACUUGCCAUCCAACGUUAAAUCGGUAUUCGUAUGAAUUCCCUUAUUUGGUACAAUUAGUUCACCGAACGAAGGGCUGGUUGGCCCAUCCGUUUGGGAGUUAUGGAGCUCUGGAGGUCUCAGCGGUGUUCGGGUGAUUGAGUGUCCGAUUUGAGUUCCAGACACUCGACGACCAAACACCACUGAGAUUUUCUUGCGUAAAAUGGCUGCCGCCACACGGUUCGUAUGCCGAAUGGCGACGACACAGAUAUGUAUACAAAGUACCGAUUGCAUGGUCAAUUAGCUUGCGGUUACAGAGUGUGAAAGCCUAACGAGGUGCACACUUCUCUCUGGGGUGGUCUGAUGGUUCGGUAGUUUUAAUUCGUAUGGAACAUGGACUAAAAACUACCGAACAAUUGUAGAGGUGAAUACAGUCUUUUGUAGUGGGGGAUUCUUCAGAGUGGUGUAGAUGCGUCUUUGUACAUCAUAUGAAAUGAGAAAAUAACAACUGAUGGAAUAGUAUGUCCUGAAGGGAGUAGAAGCAAUAAAAGAAUAUAUGGUCCUACUCACGUUUUCAAGAGCUAUGGACUUAGCUGUAGUGUUGAUAACGUACAGUGUUAUAAUCCCCACUUAUGGGAUACGUGAGGUCUUAGUAUUCUUUCUUGAUUAGGGAACCAUAUGUGGAAAUAAAAGCGGGAACAACAAUGGUGCUCAAAGUAUAAAAUGCCAGAGGUGAGAAGAUAAAAAACCAAGUGGUUACUCACAUUUAGUUGAACAGACUAACUGUUCAAUGAAUACAGCUUGAGUGGUAUAAUCCCCACCUAGGAUUCUUGGGAGUAAUAUCCUCACUGGAAAGUAAAAACACUUCUGGUGCCGGAUAAAAGGAUGGUAGUAGUAAAAAAGUAAAAUGAUAAUAGUAAUAAAAAGUAAGAUGGCUAACUCACAGUAAGAAAGUGGCCAAAAUAACUUUAUUUAAAACAACAUAGUUUAAAAAACCACAACGCGUUUCGCCCUUAGGCUUUAUCAAGUGGAGAUCAGAAAGUACAUCCUGUUACAUACAGGUUUAUAUAGGCAGUGAACAUAUUAGAAAAUGGCGCCAAAAUGAUGUCAUAAUUUUAUUUUUUUCUUCAAAAGUGCUAAAUGUUAUAUGUGUAAGUGAGUACAUACCUAUAUGUGAAACAUGUGAUAGUUUAAAAUUAAAAACAAGGUUUUAUACUCACAAUACCUUACAUAUUAUAUUUAGAUAGAACAGUCACAUGAUCGGUUGCCAUUUUUUUUAUUUAUUUUUUUCAAAAGUGCUAAACUUUAUAUGUAUCAGUGAAUACAUACCUAUAUUAGAAACAUGUGAUAGUCUAAAAUUUAAAUUAAAAACAAGGUUUUAUACUCACAAUACCUUGCAUAUUAUUUAGAUAGAACAGUCACGUAUAUAAGUCACAUUAUAUAAAUAUGUACUUCAUGCACAAAAUAAUUAUAGAAGAUAAUAAAAUAUGAGAAAUAUAUUAUAAAAAAUUAAUUAUAAAAAAUUAUAAAAAAAUAUUAAAAAAUUAAGAACUCUACAUUAAGACCUUCGGGGGUAAGGGUUUUUAAAAGGAAGACCGAGUGCAUUUCUUUUUGUCCCAGUAAUUUUUUGAGGUCACCUCCCCUCCAGGGUAAUUUACAUCUUUGGAUCCCAGUACAUUUUAAAAAUUUAGGGGCUUUGUUGUGUUUAAUAAAAUGCUUUGAAACAGAGUGAUUAAGGUAGCCUUUGAUAAUAUUUCUACAAUGUUCUGCUAACCUUAUUUUUAAGCAUCAUGUGGUCAUACCCACAUACUGGAGGCCACAUGGGCACUCCAAUAGGUAUACAGCAUUCUUAGUAGUGCAACAUUUUAAAUCUUUGAUAGGGUAUGUAAUACCUGUUUUGUUUGAGGUGAAUUGUGGUUUUUUUGAUGUGCUGUUGUGGUCAGUGGAUCUGCAGACAAUGCAUCUGUUGCAUUUGAAAAAACCUUUAGAAUUUGAUAAAAAUGAUGGAUUGCUUGUAUUGGCUUUUUUUGUAUAAUUUUUAGUAAGCAUUGUCUUUAGGUUUGGGGCCCCUCUAAAAAUGAUAUGGGGUUUAUCUGGGAUGAGUGUCUUUAAAAUUUCGUCUUGUUUUAAAAUGUGCCAAUGUUUUUGAAUAGUUUUUUCACAAUUUUAUUCUUAUUGUCAAAGUUAAAGAUGAUCAGCAUGGAUGGUGGGUCUUUAUUUUUAUUCGUAUUAUAUUCUAAGAGCUUGAGUCUUUCUUUUUGUUUCACUGCUUUGAGGGAUUCUUCAAGCUUUUCUUUUGGGUAAUUUUUACUGAUAAAUUAAGCUUCUAGUGUUCUAGCUUGUUCGUCGAAAUCUGUAUUAAGGGAACAGUUCCUGCGAAGACAUAGGAACUGACCUUUAGGGACCCCAUCUAACCAUGGUUGGUAGUGGCAGCUUGAUCUGUCAAUGACUGUGUUGGUGCACACUUUUUUAAAAAAAAGUUCUAGUGUUAAUAUUCCCAUCCUGGAUAAAAAUUUGGAUGUCUAAAAAAUUUAUUAAAUCUUUGCUGUGUUCUGAUGUUAAAAUGAUGCCACUAUUGUUGUUGUUUAGAUGGUUUAAAAAAAGUUUAAGUGAGGUUUCAGGACCUUUCCAGAUAAAAAACAAGUCGUCUAUGUAUCUAAAAUAGGAUACUAGGUUUGCUUUCCAGGGGUGAUCUCCCCAGAUUGCUUUAGACUCCCAAUUGUCCAUAAAAAGAUUGGCAUAACUUGGUGCAAACCUAUUACCCAUAGCUGUGCCUUGUCUUUGAAUGUAAAAAGUGUCUAAAAACCAAAAAUAGUUAUUUGUUAAAAUAAUUUUUAUCCCUUCUAAGAUAAAAUGAAUUUAUUUUUCUGGAAUUUUAUUAUCCGUUUUUAAUCUAUUUAAAACUGCUUCACACCCUAAUUCGUGGGGGAUUAUGGUGUACAAAGACUGGACAUCACAAGUGACUAGAAUAAAAUCUGGAUGCCUGGUAAAAUUUUCUAAAAAACGUAAGAGAGACAUGGAAUCUUUUAAGUAUGACCUCAUAAGUCUGACUGAUGGUUGUAAUAAAAUGUCAAUAUACUCUGAUAAGUUUGAUAAAACAGAAUUGGAGACCAUAGGUCUACCUGGUGGAUUGAUCUCAUUCUUGUGUAUUUUUGGUAAAAAGUAUAUAACUGGAAUUUUUGGAUGAGGUAUAUUUAAAUAAGCAAAUUCUUUUUUGUUGAGGAUAUUGGAAUUUAAGCCUUUUGUUAAAAAUGAUAUAAGGGAGUUUUGGAUGGUAUGGGUUGGGUCUGAUAGUAGCUUGUCAUAUACUUUGGGGUCAUUAAGCUGUCUACAUGCUUCUUUGAUGUACAUUUCUUGUUAGAGUAUAACUAGGCCGCCCCCUUUAUCGGCUGGUAUGAUGACUAUUGUGUCAUCUUUUUUAAGAUCUGUGAGAGCUUUUCUUUCUUGAAAGGUUAAGUUAUAUUGGUUAUAUUUAUGAUAUUUGUGGUUGGUUUUUCUGGAGGUAUUAAUUUUUUCUAAGUCUUGCUUUACCAAAUUCUCAAAAACUUCUAUCGGGCCAGAUUUGAAACUUGAUGGGUAAAAAUUAGAGUUAUUCUUAAGGGUGGUGUUUUUCACUGGUAUCUCGUCAUUAAUAAAUGGAGGUGUGGGGGAAUAGUUGGUCUGUCCCUGGUUAAUAGAUUGAUUCUCAAUUCUGCUGGUAAAAAAUAUUUUUAGUGUAGCUUUCCUAACAAACUUAUUUAAAUCUAAAAAGGCUUGAGGACAGCCCAAUGCCAUCCGCUACAGGCAGGACCUCUAAUUGAAUAGUAUCUCAAACAAUUUAUUAUAACACAAAGGUUAAAAACUCUUACUUAGCGAGUUGUGGGUUAUGCUGACAUAGCUACCCACAUAGGAGCAUAAAUACAGCAAGCAAAAAUUUUGUAGAGUCACUUCUGGGUUUCGUCCGUCCCGAUCAUGUGAUUACUUCCAGGUCCGCCUCUCCAGUGACGUAUGUGUGACGCCUUUUGCCCGCAUACCCAGGCUUCCUCUGACAAUGUCAUGGUCAUCCAGCCCCUUCUGUUCUUUCAUUGGUCGGAGGGCAUGGUUUCCUCGUGGGGUACUCACUUGAUUCCUUCUUUAUGGGAGUGUAAAUUAGGAGCUAAUGUCCAACCUACUAUUGCACAUAAAUGCUUAAUCUAGCAAAAAAACAUUCAGUUAGGGGCUAAUGUAAAACCUACUAUUGCACAUAAGUACUUGAGCUAACAAAUAGGAACAUAUAUUUGUUCCCUUCCAUACUGAAACCCUAUCAAAAUAGGCAUAUUAAGGGGCUGUGUUCCAAAAUUCAAGAUAAAUUCACAUUUGGUAUUUUUAUACAGACAUACAUUUCAGGUUCUUAUAACUCCAGGUCUAUAUAGUGGAUGAGAGGUAAUGAUCGCCAUCUAGAGCUCCACAAAUCAAAAUGAUGAAUUAAGUAUAAAAAUCAAUCAUUUAAAAAAACAAAUAAGAAUACAUGUAAUAAAAAAUAUUGCUCUACUACCACUACUUACAAUGUGCGGUCAUAUGCCCCACAGUGGGCUACAUGCCAUGUCCUAAUUCGAAACCUCAUUUGGGCAUUUCAUUUGCAUUACAUCGAUCUUACAGGGGUUGCAUACUACCCCACUACAUGUUACUGGCAACAUAUCUAUCCUGAAGAACCUCAUUUGGCCAAUCUCAUGGGGUAGUUGUAAUCCCUCCAUUAUGUACACUAUAUUUACCUCACAUUAAGCACUUUGGUUCACCUAUAUCUAUUUAGACAAGUUUAUUCUAUCAUAUAUCCUUCAUAUUGAAACUGCUUACAGAUAGCAAGGUUGUGAGUAAAUGCUCUCUUGGUCUUGUUUCAGGUCCAAUGCCUUCAGACGCGGCUGUGCUGGGCCUUCAUUUCAUUCCCAUCAUAUGACUGAUAUGCAUAAGUACCUUUCGCUGCAUGGGGGUUAUAUGUAUAUACCACUCUUUCUUACAAAAUUUAAUUGCACCACUUAUACUCACUAGGCCUAAAUAGCCCUAACUCUGCCUGCAAAACUCCAUGGUACGUUAAUCCCUUAUUCUAUACAUUGUAUCUUUACUUCACAUACUGUCACUUUGUUCUUGCACAGUAUUAGCAAUUUUAUGUCUCAAGUCAACUACAUUGAGACACCAUAGAAUCUAUUGUGUUGGUUGUAUACUUGCCAUCCUUUGCCAUGGGCCUUAUAGUCGGCCUCCACUGCAUGCCAUGUCAUCAUCCUUCUAGCCUAACUAAUAAUUCUACCUUUACAAAUGGACCGGACCAAAAACUAGGUAUUCACUAUUGGCCAUUUCACAACACCCGCACCUUGGCAUGCUUAUACUGCUUUUGUUCAUUCCAUACAUCCGUACCCCUCAUGCAGCCCUAUUUCUCCAUCCAGCAGCUCAGGACUAACAUUGAGCACUCUGCCUUCCACUACAACACCUCUACACAUGGCCCUCACUAAGCAUUCACUCGAUAUGUUUACACAUGGCCCUCUACGGGCACUAUGGCAAUUUCGGCCCCUCAUUUGGGCAAUUACAUACAUAAAUUUUAGCCCCUCAUUUGGGUAAUUACAUACAUCAAUUUCCUAAUAUACGAGGGUCAAAGAAAUACAACCUUUCAUACUACAUUCCAAUAUUACACUUGGCCUCGUUAGGCCCACACAAGUCUUUUCCCUCUCUUGGCACACAUCCGAGAACCUGAUACCUAUCACAAUGCAUUUAACAUAUCCAGGCUUCUUCGGUCUGUCACUAUUUUAACUGUUUAGUACCUCCACCUUAAGGCACUUGCUAGUUCUGGUAUUUCACUUCCUGCAGUACGCUAUGGGAUUUGAUGUGAUGGCUGUGGGGUUUUCAGGGUGUUCUUUCGCAUACACACAUCAGGUCCUUCUAGUGGAAGGAUGUGCAGAGGGAACUCAUGCCUAAAUUCGGUACAAUCAGGUAUCUGGUACCAGCUUUUGAUGAAAACUGUUCAUUUUCAGUUACUCCACAUAUCUGCACUGUUAUGUUUUAUAUUAGGCCUUUUUGUCACUAUGCCACUUGCGGCUAGUUAUCCUCAACUUGAUAAUUUGGGAACCGUACCCUCACCUCCUGACAUACUUCACAGGGGUCUUGUUGUUCAAUUAUUCUGGUCACCUCCUUAAUGACCUAUAUCAUUAUAUAAUGUCUUACCAGGUAUACUUUAUGGCAACCAUUGCAUAUCUGGGGGCAUAGUCAACUAAGUCAUUUAUCACACUGUUCAAUUUCCUUUGGAUAGUUUGGUAACAGAUAUUAGUAUUUUGGGUUCUGGGCUCCUUGCACUUACUUUACCUACCUUACCGGCAAUCUGUUGCAUUUUCACUGGUGUUGGUGUCGUAGUUCUGAAUUAUGAACACUAAGUUCUUGGGUCUCUCUCUCUCUGGUUGGAUUUUGGUUUUGAAUCUUGGCAAACCUUUUUUCUUUUCCCCUUUACUUUCUAUUCACCUGUUCUGACCAUCAACUUCUAGCAUAGCUUUCAUUUAUCUGCCAGGUGUAAAUCUUAUCAUGCCACAUUUAUUAUUUUCAAUUUACGUUUUUUUAAGUCACGACGUAAGUGACUUGCUUUACGAUACUACCUCCCUUCUUACAACCACCACUUGCUCUGCAAAACUUGUCUUUAGCUUGGUCUGGCUGUUAGGGUACCCUAAGUGGCCAUAAGUAGUUUUUGGCUUCUUGUGCUUUGCACUCUGGGCUCCAUGCUAUUAUGCUGAGUGCAGCAAGCCAAGGGCUUCAAUAUCCAGAUAGUUCAAACAUACAUAGGCUAGCACUCAGUCAUUCAAAGAUAAAAAUUUCCUUACUUUUUUAAAAAAAUGAUUAAAACGUGGAUCGAUGUUUCAGUCCCAGUUCGGGGCUUUUCUGAGGAUCAAAGACCCAAAUUCUUCGAUUAAAACCUUUAUAAAGACGGUUAAAACAGACAUGGAAAAAGCGAUAAAAAAAUCCUCCCAAACACCAUCAUAAUUAGACACGGGGAGAAAAGCUGGCCCUACAAGAUCUAAUGCAAGAUUCAAACACUAUUAUCCGGCCUGCGGAUAAGGGAGGAGCCACUGUCAUCCUAUCGUACCACAAAUAUCAAAAAGAUUUGUCGCCAAUUAAAUGACACCAAUAAGCCAAAUGGCAUAUGAUUUAGGUGAAAUGGCAAAUGAUUUAAGCCAAAUGGCAAAUUAUAUAAACUGGAAAAAUGAUCAGAGUUGUGGCAAUUGACAUUUAAUGUGGAUAAGUGCAAGAUAAUGCAUCUUGGACGUAAAAACCCAAGGGCAGAGUACAGAAUAUUUGAUAGAGUCCUAACUUCAACAUCUGAGGAAAGGGAUUUCAGGGUGAUUAUUUCUGAUGACUUAAAGGUAGGCAGGCAAUGUAAUAGAGAAGCAGGAAAUGCUAGCAGAAUGCUUGGUUGUAUAGGGAGAGGUAUUAGCAGUAGAAAGAGGGAAGUGCUCAUGCCAUUGUACAGAACACUGGUGAGACCUCACUUGGAGUACUGUACGCAGUACUGGAGACCGUAUCUUCAGAAGGAUAUUGAUACUUUAGAGAGCGUUCAGAGAAGGACUACUAAACUGGUUCAUGGAUUGCAGGAUAAAACGUACCAGGAAAGGUUAAAGGAUCUUAACAUGUAUAGCUUGGAGGAAAGACGACACAGGGGGAUAUGAUAGAAACAUUUAAAUACAUAAAGGGAAUCAACACAGUAAAGGAGGAGACCAUAUCUAAAAGAAGAAAAACUACCACAACAAGAGGACAUAGUCUUAAAUUAGAGGGGCAAAGGUUUAAAAAUAAUAUCAGGAAGCAUUACUUUACUGAGAGGGUAGUGGAUGCAUGGAAUGGAUUCCAGCUGAAGUGAUAGAGGUUAACACAGUGAAGGAGUUCAAGCAUGCGUGGGAUAGGCAUAAGGCUAUCCUAACUAUAAGAUAAGGCCAGGGACUAAUGAAAGUAUUUUGAAGAUUGGGCAGACUAGAUGGGCCAAAUGGUUCUUAUCUGCCAUCACAUUCAAUGUUUCUAUGUGAUAUGUAUUCUAAGCUCACCUUUGAUCCGAUGUCAAAAUUCCAGAAAAUAAUUAAAAACCACAUUGAUCUAGGGGUACAAUGUGAGUACCUGGAUAUGAAAACAGUCCAAUUCUUAUUCGUUGAACAUCCUAAACACCCGGUGAUGUACACAUUACCCAAGAUUCAUAAAGACCCGCAAAACCCUCCAGGAAGACCUAUAAUGUCAGCCAGAGAAAGUCUACUAGAACUGAUUGUCAAAUAUAUUGAUCCCUUUAUCAAGGAAAGUGUCAUGGCACUGCCCACCUGCCUACGAGACACAAGACCUUAUUACUAACAUCAAUCAAGUGUCUUCUAUAGAAAAAAAAUUCCUCCUUCUAACUAUUUAUGUGCAGAGCCUGUACACUAUCAUACCACAUGGUGAUGGUGUGCAGACUUUGAGGAACGUUUUAAGUGAAUCAAAACUAUAUGAAAGACCUCCCAUCAAAUAUCUCAUGGAUUUCUUUAUUGCUCUUUCAUGCAAUUAUUUUAAGUUUGAAAAUAAAUUAUUUCUCCAACACUCAGGGACGGCAAUGGGAGCGCCAUGGCACCAUUGUAUGCCAAUGCGUUCAUGUACAUAUUUGAGCUUACAUAUAUCUUACAGAAAUAUGGUAAACAUAUCAGGCACUAUCAUCGGUUUGUGGAUUAUAUCUUUUUGAUCUGGACAGGUACUUCUGAGGAAUAAGAACAAAUGGUAAUGGAUAUCAACCAACAAACACUUUGUAGUGUUUUAGCAUGGUUGACACUAUUAUGUUUUAUUUUUUGAGACCAUUGCUGAGGUUGAAUACAUGACACAUUCCUAAUGCAUAAAUUUGCAUGAAAUUACACAGUUAAUGUUAUGCCGAUACUUUAAUUUGUAUGUUUAUCAGUAUCCUAGUAACAACGCCAUCACGUUCAGAUAUGUCACUUCAUGUUGAACCGUCGAUCGAAUAUAUAUGUAACCCCUUCUAUGGAUUAAAUACUCAUUUAUUAUUGGAAUACCACAGAGUGCAUAUCUUUUCUUUGUUAUCAGAUAUAUCUACAAUGCAGGAUUGCACCAGGGCAAAAUCAUACCCAUAUACUAAAAUAAAAGGUUUUUAAUGAUAAAAGGUUUUAAAUCAUUUAAAAAAAACUUUAAAAAAAUUAUUGGAAAGGUCAUAAAUGCAAAAUUGUUAGCUCCAAAUAAGGCUUUCAUCAGUUCAGAGUGAUUUAUUAUAAUCAAUUUUAGGCUUAGAGGGAGUAAAUACAUUUUGGUGGCUUUCACAAACUUUAAAAACCACUGAAAAUAUCAAAUUUGGAGAUUCAAACAUUUAGCAAUCCUGAAAUGAGAGCAUGUCUACCAAACAGUGAGGACAUAUCAUAUCAGACAUUCUACAUCAUCGACACAAGAGCACCUCCCAUCACAGACCUAAAAAACAGCAUAGAUUUUGGCCUCCUCAAACUGAUACUAUCCUUCGCAAGCAGUCUAAUGUACCAUUCAUUGAGAAAUUCGUAAGCGUUGUCAAAGGAAUCAUUUUUUUUGAUGGCGAAUGUAUCAGUCACUUAAACUCACAGGCAACCUCAAUAGUGCACCCGCCAAGACACAUCCCUGUCGCAUUAUGCAGUCGCCUUUAAGAAGGACUUGAAAGCGUGGAGAGGCAGAGUCUCACAAUCAGGUUCGGGUACAUUAAAUGUUCUGUAAAUCUUUAUAAAUUGAAUAAUACCUAUAAACUUAGGGAAAUAAACAUCCAAUCAGGGGAAGUGUACCUCAAUCAGAAUGUAUAAAAUAAGGCAGACAGUAUCUUGGUUCGAAUGGCAAAAUGAACAUAGUGAAAAUAAAGUGGCCAUUCAUGGACUCCCUUCCUCAUUUCUUAUACCAGUGGAGCUCUCCUGAUGUAAGUAUCCCUUUGUGGGAUUCUUUACACCCCUUUCUCCUAUUUCCUGCAUAUUUUGGAGGGGUACCCCCUUAUUGGAGCUCCCUGUUAGGUGGUUACAGUGGUGCAGCUCACGGCCCCUUGACUAGUAUCCGGACUCCUGACCUGCACUCUGUUUACUUUAUCUCUCCAUUUUGUGUUAUUUGCAUAUGUAAGUUCCCACCAAUCACAUAGCAGUAUUAGAAUUCUGGGAUGAGUGUUUACCCCAUCUAGUUUCAGUUGAGUCAGACAUCCUCUCUGUGAGCAACAGUUAUUUUCACCUCUCUGAUGUAUUUGAUAAACCGACACCUGUUUACAUACACCAGGCACCCGGGCUUUACUGCUAAAUAUGCUGCAUUAACGACAACAAAACAUUACAAAGUCCCUUGGUGUGCCGGUCCUAUUUUUUUUAAAUUGGAGUGUGUAUGUUGGGUAUUCUGCUUAUUUAUGGGUGCUGCAGUCGCUUUCUAGAGUUGUAACUGUGUGUAUGUGGACUGUUCUAUUAGAUGUGUUCAUGAAUAUAGUGUGGUAUUGAUGUAUGAUAUCUAUGAAUGUGGGCUGGUUGUGGUAUUGUAUGUGUGGAUGAUAUGACACAUAGUGUGUUUGUUGGUGUGUGUAUUUGUGAGGCUGCUUGUGGUAUUGCAUGUGAGCCUGUUUGUGGAAUACAGGGAACUGGUGGUAGGCUUAACACAAUAUGACCGUGUUGUGGAACUGAAUCCCAAUAGUUGUUUGCUGGCAUUGGCGAUUUUAAAUAGCCUUAUAACAUUUAGAAAUUUAUUUUAUGAGUGUGCUGUUCCUUAAUCUGUAUUAUUAAAACUAAUUCAUGGUAUUUAUUUUCCAGAUGGACAGGUCUACUGGUCUUUUAAAACAGACUCAUCAUCAUCCAAGCCAAAUUCGUUAGAAGUAGAGGUAGCAUCCUUUGUGGCCCUUGCCCAUCUUUCCAUGGAAGCCCCCACUAAGAAAGACAUCUUCAAUGCUUCAAAGAUAAUUUCUUGGCUGUCCUAUAAGCAGAAUCCACAUGGGGGCUUCGCUAGCACACAGGUAAGCAGCGUAUAGAUUUGUAACCUACAGUUCCACUGGCAUGUCUGUUACAUCUUUUAUAUGUUGACAAAAUUAUGUAAACACAUUUCCUGUAGUCUUUCCAGACCCAGGAAUAUGGUAACAUUCCCAAUGCUAUAGUUUUCUCUUCUUUAUUUAAAUUCAGGGCCCGUUAAAUCUAAAUAAAAAUUUUGAGAAAAAGAGUAUUACUUACCUUUUUUCCAGCGCCAAGAUCAAGUUCUGCAGCCAAUUGUCCUGCCUCUCGCAAUAUCACAAUAUGCAUAUAAUGGUCCAAUUUAAUGUUCCUUAUAGAGGAGCACUUGAGUUGCUUGGCGUUUUUAUUGGAGACUCAGUGGGAGAACUUAGUUCCCACAGCAAAUGCACCUCUACUGGAUGUCAGGUAGAGAUAGAGGCAAUUUUUUUGUUUUUCCGGAAAAAUUGUUGAAGCACAUACACAAGUAAGAUGGUACAUAUGAGAUCAAAACAAUACAGAAACACUAGGACUAAGAUGAUAAUUGUGUUGUGACACAAUGCAUUGUGCCAUGCUUAGUAAAUACAGGCCAUAAUGUAUCUCCUCAUAGACAAAGCAUAGAUAUCUGAUUUCUGAAGGUCAAUUAAGCCCACUGGUUAAGAAUAGAGAAAGAGGUGGAAAGUAAAAAAAGAAGGGUGGGCGGUGAGAAGUACAUAGAAUACUCUGCCACAGUCUGCUUGCCAAUUUGUCAACACAGCUUGAAAGCGUUUCAAGUUUCGUAGGUUUUAUUUGACAAAUCUUCAUAUUUCUUAGUGAUGCAAAGUAUGUCAGACAUGGCUUGGGUAUGUGGGGGUUGCAUCGAUUUCCAUAUGUGUGCAAUAGUUGUGAUGGCUGCUGUGAUAAUAUUGAGGAUAAGAGAUAUCCUCACUCCCUCUACCUCUGCUUGGAGCAUGUUCAAUGAAUAUAUCUCUGGUUCUAAAGGGAGCACAUAAGUGGUUGUGUUCUGGAUCUUUUGAAUCUUCAGCCAGAAUUGUUUUUCAAGAUUGGACAAGACCAGAAGAUGAGAGGGAGGAGUUAUGCCAGUCAAAGGGAUGUUGUUGCUCUUGCUGCUUCAGUGUGUCAGUACCCCAACUACCUCUCCAUAUUUCCUAAAGAGACCCUUUAACUGUUGUAGGGUUAUGUUAUACUGAGGGUGAUGUCAUCAGUAAAUAAUGGCAACUUGUUUAUCGAAUCGUUCAGAGUGGCACCUUGAAUUUCUGGAGUGUGUGUGAUUUCUGAGAUCUGUGAUUCUAAUGCCAGAAUAAACAUUAAGGGAGAGAGUGGGCAUCCUUGCCUAGUAACAUUUUGAAUUGUGACAGACUUAGAGAAGAAUCCGAACUUUAAGACCCUUGCAGUUGGGGAUUAGUAUAAUAACUUGACGACUUUUAUAAAAGGUUCAGGUAAGCCAAAACGUACAUGUAUUGCCAAUUUGGCAUCCAAUGCAAGUAAUUGCAUCGGAGUGACUCUAUUCCUACUUGCCUCAACCAAGGAUAAAUCUCCAUGUGUUAUCUGAGACUUGCCAUCCAGGGAAAAAUCCCACUUGUUCCAGUAAUUUAAUGUUGGGUAAUAGGUGGCUGAUUAUGAAAGCCAAUAGUUUGGCAUACAGUUUCAAGUCUGUAUUUAAAUGAGAUUUGGGUCUGAAAAUGGGGAAGGAGGUGGGAGGUUUACCCGGCUUCGGUAGGGUAAUAAUAGUAGUCUCAAACAUGUUGUAAAGUUCCUUCUCAGGCAUCGGAGCAUACUCUGAAAGCUAGUUGAGGCUCUCUGAGAGGCAGUUUCAGACACAGGUGAGCUUGCCCUCCAGUGGACACCAUCUUGCCUAGCAAACAUUUUGUCAAAACGCUGAAACACGUGCCUUUUUCCCCAGGUGUACUCGGGGGCUUGUGGGAAGACAUUAUGGUCUCAGCUAAUUUUAGCUUGCAUCUACAAAAGUUUUAGGAUUGCCGUUCAUUUGGAAAUCUGGGUCUGUAUUUGUACGGAGUGAUACUUACAUGUGUCUGCUCUCUGUUGCACUUUUGACACACCCCCCCACCCCCCCGACUACCUGCAGGGUAAACAUUGCAGUAUUUACUAAAUGAUAAUGCUUUACAUUGCAGAGUUAAAGGUAACAGACCACUGCACCCAUACCAUUUUAUUAAGAUCUGGUCUGGCUUUUGGGCACAAAGCAAAAGCAAAGCACUAUUAGAGCUCACAUUAUCUGUUUUCAGAAUGAUAUACUAAGAUUCCUAAAAAUAAUUUAUUACUUCUACAGUUUAUUAUCGUAUGAACCAUGUGGAAUAACACGACUAAUUUUUUGUAGGACACAUUGGUGGCAUUUCAGGCUUUUUGUCGUUAUGCUGAACUAACCUACACUGGACAUAUAGGUUUAGAGGUGACUGUAACUGGAGAUGAUUGUCAAUACAAGUUCUCGGUGAAUGACACAACUCGACUCCUGCUGCAAAAAGGAUCUCUCCAGCAGAUACCGGGAAACUACACUAUACAGCUCAAAGGGGAAGGUUGUGCAUAUGUACGGGUAAGGACAUGUAUGGAAUAGGUUUCAUUUUUACCAUUUUCUUUGAGUGAGGAUUUUUAGCUGAUCCAGCUUACUCUUUGGCAUAUUUAUACAUUAACAAAAAGGCAUUUUACUCUAAGCACCAAAACAGCGUUAGUUUAAUAAAGAAGUUUUGGUUUAUAACUCAUUGUCACGGCUGCUAGUGUGGUCCAACACGCAGAAACUAUGUAAACAUAUACAUGCAAAAGGAAAGGAAAUAAAAGGACAGAGCGUAAACCGAACCUUAGAAAGGCCAGACUAAUACACUAGAGAUAGAGAAUGGUCAAAGGGAAAGCCAUGGUCAAGGAAGCCAGAAAUACUCAGAUACCGUUUAAACAAGCCAAGUCAGGGGAACCAGAAUUCGGAAUAACCAGGGAAAAACCAAAAUCAGGAUACCAGGAAGUAAUAUUCACAAAGAUAAACACACUCUAGGGAACCAGGAACAGGAAACCACGACAGGGCAAGGUACUGGGGAGAAUUAGGGAUUAAAAUAUCCCUCCCUAGGCUCUGAUUGGUCAGAGGGUGACCUCUGACCCCAGAACCUGCGCUGACGUUGUGACAUCACGCGCGCGUUCGUAUAAUUUUGGGGGGUGGAGCCAUGGAUGGACGCGACCUCAUGGUCAGCGCCAUCUUGGAUUUCCCCGAGUGGCAUGGAGGAACUGUUCCCGGCUUGCCGCUGUGAGUUGGUGCGGUCGUGCCGGUCGGGCACGGACGCACAUGGUGGCGAGCCGGGGGCCGUGACACUCAUGCCCGUGCAGUCUCAUUGUUUAAUCCACUGCUGUUUAUGAGUUACAGUACUGUGAGUAUGCAGGCUGUGUCAAAUGGCCCUUGACUUUGACUCACACAACCUCCAUAAAAAAAUAGAAAAUACAGCAUAGUUUGUUUCCUUUAGUGAACACACAUUUUAUUUCCUAUCUGUUAACUGUACUCUAAUAAAAAACAACCGGGCUGCUGCAGGCUCUAAAAGGCAAAUCACAAAACAGGAGAUAAGAAAUUCUGAUUUACACACACUGCUCAAUAAGAGAAUCCAGAAAUGUACACUCUUUAAGGAAGAGAGUAGGAAGGCUGUGUGAGUCAAAGGCAGGGGAGGUGUGACUAUAUGGACGAAUAGAGGGACACAUAACGAGACAGGUGGAUAGAUAGAUGGAUGGAUGGGUGGCUAGAUAGACAUAUGUUUAAACACACAGAUAUAUGGACAGAUGGCUAGAAGGAUGGAUAGUUGGAUAGACUUGUAUUUGGUGGUUGUGAUUAACUUGUGUUCUUUUAGCAAUUGUUCAGACAAUGUGUGUUAUCGAGCACCUUAUUAACUAUUACAAAACUCUGCAGACCAUGCUGAAAUACAAUAUGUAUUCUGCCGAGACAAGCCCAAUGUUCGACCUUCAUGUCAAUACCACUACGGCAGCCUGCAAGGACCAAACUAAACUAUGUUUCCACAUUAACAUUUGCACACGGUAAGUUACAGUGAAAUAGUAAAACAUCAGUUUUGGAAGAGCUCACACUGGAGACAGUACAGUAUGAUCUAAUUCUUCAUUCAUUGUUUUAAGCUAAAUUUUAAGUAAAUCGUCUGUUAGUAUUUGUCUUGUUUACUGCCCUAUGUUUUGCUAAAUGUGCCUGUUCUAGGUAUAUUGGGCAGCGGACAGAAACUGGCAUGGCGUUAAUUGAAGUUAAUUUACUCUCCGGCUGCAGCGCCGAUAUAGAAACCAUAGCCAAGGUAAUACAGGGAAUGGGGAAUAAUACAGGGAAUGUGGGGUAAUACAGGGAAUGGGGGAUAAUUCAGGGAAUGUGGGGUAAUUCAGGGAAUGUGGGGUAAUACAGGGAAUGGGGAAUAAUACAGGGAAUGGGGAAUAAUACAGGGAAUGGGGGAUAAUACAGGGAAUGUGGGGUAAUUCAGGGAAUGUGGGGUAAUACAGGGAAUGUGGGGUAAUACAGGGAAUGGGGAAUAAUACAGGGAAUGGGGGAUAAUACAGGGAAUGUGGGGUAAUUCAGGGAAUGUGGGGUAAUUCAGGGAAUGUGGGGUAAUUCAGGGAAUGGGGAAUAAUACAGGGAAUGUGGGGUAAUACAGGGAAUGUGGGGUAAUUCAGGGAAUGGGGAAUAAUACAGGGAAUGUGGGGUUAAUACAGGGAAUGUGGGGUAAUUCAGGGAAUGUGGGGUAAUUCAGGGAAUGUGGGGCUAAUACAGAACAUUGGAACAGUAAAUGAGGUAUCUAGCACAGGAUAAAUAUAAAUGCAUGGCAAUGGCCCGGUGUAAUAUAGGGUAUAAAAAUGCGUGUGGUAACCAGUAUAGUGGGUAUAAUGAUGCUGUGUGGAGGGUUGUUAUCCAGUUGGGUUAAUGAUUUUUGUCCAGUACAGAGGGUGCUAUUAUAUGGAAAAUGACUUACUGUUAUAAACCUUGUCAUGUAAUAUUUUAAUAUGAAUCUGUUUUAUAUUUCAAUCAUUUCAGCUUGAGAUGAACAGUUUGGUAAUGAAGACUGAAGUCAAAAAGGAUAAAGUUAUCAUUUAUAUUAAUGAGGUGAGCUGGUCGGUGACAUGGAAUAUCGAGACACAGACAGACACAGAGACAGACACAGAGACAGACAAGAGACCAGAGGCUAAACCAGAAACUUAAGAAUUUGCUGUCCCUUUUCAUCUUUAUUUAUCUCUAAACUUUUCACAACUCUCAGUUUUUAACCCCUUAAGGACUGAGCCAAAUGUACACGUUGUGAACGAAACAAAAUGUAAACAAAACCUGGAAUUUGCGCUACGUGUCUGUCCAACCGUAAUUCACCUCUUUCAUAUUAAAUGCACCCACCCUUAUUAUGUAUCAUUUUAUUCAGGGGAAACAGGGCUUUCAUUUUAUAUCAAAUAUUUAGCUAUGAAACAUAAUUUAAUAUUAAAAAAAUUGGAGAAAAUAAGAUUUAUUUAGAUUUAUUUUUAGUUCUACAUGACAUUUUAACUGUCAAUGUCUUAAUACUGUUUGCUUUUACUGCAAUAAAAUACACAUAUUUGUAUUCAGCAAAGUCUCACGUGUAAAACAGUACCCACUAUGUACAGGUUUUAUGGCGUUUUGGGAAGUUACAGGGUCAAAUAUAGCAUGUUACAUUUGAAAUUGAAAUUCGCCAGAUUGGCUAUGUUGCCUUUGGGACUUUAUAGUAGCCCAGGAAUUAAAUUUACACCCAUAAUGGCAUACCAUUUGCAAUAGUAGACAACCCAAGGUAUUGCAAAUGGGGUAUGUCCAGUCUUUUUUAGUAGCCAUUUGGUCACAAACACUGGCCAAAGUAAGCGUUAGUAUUUGUUUGUGUGAAAAAUGCAAAAAAAUGCAAUUUUGGCCAGUGUUUGUGACUAAGUGGCUACUAAAAAAGACUGGACAUGCCCCGUUUGCAAUACCUUGGGUUGUCUACUAUUGCAAAUGGUAUGCCAUCAUAGGGGUAAUUUUCAUUCUUGGGCUACCAUAGGGUCUCAAAGGCACCGUAACCAAUCUGGCGAAUUUUAAUGUGAAAAAAUGAAACACAAGCCUUAUAUUUGACGCUGUAACUUUUGAAAACACCAUAAAACCUGUACAUGAUGGGUACUGUUGUACUCGGGAGACUUCGCUGAACACAAAUAUUAGUGUUUCAAAACAGCAAAAAGUAUCACAGCAAUAAUAUCGUUUGUGUAAGUGCUGUUUGUGCAUGAAAAAUGCUUUUGAAACACUAAUAUUUGUGUUCAGCGAAGUCUCCCGAGUAGAACAGUACCCCCCAUGUACAGGUUUUAUGGUGUCUUGGAAAGUUAUAGGGUUAAAUAUAGUGCUAGCAAAUUAAAUUCACUUUACUUUCGGCAUGUGUUGUCAGGCAGGUCCCGCUAAUUGUAAUUAAUUAAGAUACCUAAUUAUGUAAAAAUAUUACAUAAAUAUAUAUGUAGAAUUAAUAUAUGUAUAUAUAUAUAUAUGUAUGUGAAUCUAUAUGUGUAUAUAUAUAUAUAUAUAAUUUUUUUUUAAAUAUUUUUAUUUAUGUAUAGGUAUAUAUAUAGUGAUAUAUACGUAUAUAUUUAUGUAUGUAGAUAUAUAUAUUAUUUUGUUCUACGUGUAUUUUGAUAUAAAUAUAUACAUAUAUAUUAAUAUCACAAUACAGUUAGAACAAAAUAACACACAUCUAUAUAUUUUUUAAUAAUUUUUUUAAUUAUUUUGUAAAUUUUAUUUUUUAACGUAUUUACAUAUUAAAUUUUUUUAUAUUAUAUAUAAAUAUAUAUAUAACAAUAAUUAUAUAUAUAUUUAAUCAGUAUCAGUCUACGUGUAAUUUGAUCUUAAUAUAUAUAUAUAUAUAUAUAUAUAUAUAUAUAUAUAUAAAAUUAUAUAUAUAUUAAUAGUAAAAUACACCUAGACAGUGUAUGUGUGUGUAUGUAUAUGUGUGUAUAUAUAUAUACUUAGAUCAUAUAUAUAAUAUAUAUAUAUUUUUUACACUUUUUAAUUUUAUUUUAAUUUUAUCUUCAGCCAGCAGGGGGACCACCUGUCAUUACAGGCAGCCCCCCUGCUGGCAAUGCAGGAGGCAGCCUACCUGGCCAUGUGAUUGUGGGGUCCUCGCAAGGACCUCACUCUCACAUGGCCGGGGGGCAACGGAGGAGGAGGAUCUAAUGCGGGGGGGGCUCCCUGGGAGUCCCCCCCACCGCGAUCGCCGGCGUGGGACCGCCGGCGACCGGGUAAGUAAGAAAAGACCGGAGGGCGUACAAUUACGCCCGGCGGCGUUUAGAGCCACCUAAAAUAGGGCGUAAUUGUACGCCCUCCGGUCUUAAGGGGUUAAAAUGUAAAUUGCAGAUUUUAGGCUCAGACAGUUUAAUUAGUAAAAUUCAUAUAUAUAACUUAUUUAGUUAUAACUUAUUUAGUUUUAUAUAAUAAUUUAGUUAUUAAGGUAUUAAAGGAACACUAUAGUCACCUAAAUUACUUUAGCUAAAUAAAGCAGUUUUAGUGUAUAGAUCAUUCCCCUGCAAUUUAACUGCUCAAUUCACUGUCAUUUAGGAGUUAAAUCACUUUGUUUCUGUUUAUGCAGCCCUAGCCACACCUCCUCUGGCUAUGAUUGACAGAGCCUGCAUGAAAAAAAACAAAAAACUUUAAUCACAUACAGGAGGCUCUUGCAGGGUCUAGCAAGCUAUUAACAUAGCAGGGGAUAAGAAAAUCUUAAUUAAACAGAACUUGCAAUAAAGAAAGCCUAAAUAGGGCUCUCUUUACGGGAAGUGUUUAUGGAAGGCUGUGCAAGUCACAUGCAGGGAGGUGUGACUAGGGUUCAUAAAAAAAGGGAUUUAACUCCUAAAUGGCAGAGAAUUGAGCAGUGAGGCUGUUGUUCAGGUGACUAUAGUGUCCCUUUAAGGUAAAUGUGCAACUUUGUAAUCAAUUACUGACAAUUCCUGUAUUGUAUUUAGUGAAUAUCUCUAUAGAUCUCUCUGUCUCUCUAUGAUUCCUGUUCCUUUUACACUAUGUCUCUAUAUAUGUUUUUGUGUGUCUGUCCAUAUUCACAUUCACUCACUGUCUCUCUGUAUUUUUAUGCAGCUCUCUCAUCAAACUGAAUGUUUCUCGUUCACCAUAAUUCAAGAUAUCCCAGUGGAAAAUGUGCGCCCCCAGCUGGUCAAGGUGUUAAAUUACUAUAUGCCAGGUAACAAAAUGAUUAUUAAAACUCCUAUAUACUUACAUGCUGACUUCUAUGCUGCAAACGAAAAACAAAAAAACUAAGAUUAAAAACAAACAGGAUUAUGGGGGAAUUGGUGCUGUGUUAAUAAACCCAUUUCAGCUACAAUAAACCAAAUGUAAUGUCGGCUUUGCACUUCACAAAAUAUCAGCAAACCCAGGUGAAAGCAUGCAGUGAUUCUAUUUGCCAUACCCACAUUCUAUGCUAUAAGAAAAACAUGAUAACAAAUCAUAGUGUAGUGUAUAGAGCACAAAACAAAGAUAUAACACAUUAUUCAGAGCCUUGGAAAAAUUGUCUCUAAUCUAUAGCAGCGUAGAAAAUUAAAUACUCCGACAGUAUAAGUAGCCAAGACAGGAAUACUGAGACCAGGUCCUGCUCCCUCUUCUCCGUGAUUUGACAAACAACUGCUCAAAUGACAGCAGAAACACAGAAAAUGUAUUGUGGAAAUGCAAUACUUUACAAUGAAUAAAUUUAGCCACAGCACAAUGUGUUUCAACCAUCCAUCUAGGGCAGGGAUAGUCAACCUUCGGCACUGCAGAUGUUGUGGACUACAUCCCCCCCAUAAUGUUCUUACACCUAUAAUGCUGGCAAAUAAUCGUGGGAGGUGUAGUCCAAAACAUCUAAAGUGCCAAAGGUUGCCUAUGCGUGAUCGAGGGUCUUCCUCGGGUAAAUAUGAAGUACUAAGUUCCAUUUUUUUACUCCCCCAUGCCAAAACUACUGCUUCCCAGAUUUAUGGUGGCCAGUAUCAUCUAGACAAGGCUAGUAGGUUAGAUCCUGGUAUUCUGAGUCCUGGUCAGAGCUUGCGACAAAAGCUCAGUGAGGGCCAGUGACAGGUUAACUAUAGAGCUGCAUUCAUUAACAGAUUGUCAUUGCAUUCUUCCCUUGCAGAUGAAGAGGCCUACGCAAUGUAUAACCUACCCAACUAAGAGGUAAGUGGAGUCCAAUUUAAAAAGUUAUUAACAAAGUAUGAGAUCGCAAACACUGCAUUAGACAAUAAGCAAAGUAUUAGAGCGCAAACACUUUGUUAGAGUAUAAUCACAGCAUUAGUGCGCACACACUGCUUUAGAAUGUGUACUCAGUGUUAGAGUAUCUACAUUAGAGUUAGUAGCCAGUAUUAGAGUGUCAAUAUAAUAUAUAUACCCACGUGAAAUAAGUGAACUAUAAUAAAAACAUAUACAAGAGUACUUAACUUCAAAUCGAAAACAGCUUCCCAGGGGGCCUUCCCAACUAGCACCCCCUUAUAUGACAAAAUAUGGAAAUAUACAGAAAAUGGGAUACAGCUGUAUAUCUGCUAAGAAAAUGAACACAUAGUGAUGUACUAUAAUGUACAAAUUAUCACUUUACUACUGAUAGCAGUCACAAGAGGUCGGAAUAUAGAGCACCUCGAAUCAAUCCUUGAGGGACAUAUAGCUGUUAUCACGUCCACCUCCUUUGUAUCCGGGAAUCACUGGUCCCCCCACAGAAUACUUCUCAAAGAUCAGGAUAACGAUUAUAAAAAUAUAUUUGGGUCACAAUCAGCCGAUAAAAACACAAGUCAUAUAUAUGAAAUUUGUUAAGAACGGUCCAAGAUUUAAUGUAUAUUUUGUUUUCUGUUGUGCAUUGUUACAGAUUGCACAUUGCAUUAACUCAUUGUGGUAAUUCAAGUCUAAAACACUCUGCUACAUUGUGUUUUAUGUGUUGAUAGGGAGAAGGGAUGUCUCUUGAAUAGAAAUGGGAAGCCAACAGGCACGAACACGUUGGUGUCCAGAAUAACAUCAGAGUAAAUUACAGCUUUUAUGUUUAUUUUUUGGUAAAGCAAAAUAACAAAUUGUACAUGUUAUCACUUUCCAUGUCGAAAUAAAAAUAUAUUUCUAUUCAUAAUAAAUCGGUAACAAAU